UAUUAAAACACUGACUACAUGAGAAAUGAUGCCUAUGUUCACACAACUAAAGAAUUACUGUUUCAUUACAAGGUGGAACACAUGGACAAAUGUGAUGAGAAGCCCAAACAAAUGUAAUACUGUAAAAAAACAGGUGAAAAUGAGCUUGACUGAUGUUUAGAGUUUUAUACAAGUAUGUCUGCAUUUCAAAACCAAACUUAACUUAUUAAAACCCUUACUUACUUAUAUAUUUUUAUUUAUUUUUUAUUAGUACUUUACUUAUUUAUCAGUAUAGUGCUGCAUAAGACUAUGCACAAAUUUGUCAGUGAUAUCUACUAAUCGGGUAGCUGUGGCUCAGUGGCAGAGUCAGUCAUCUUUCAAUCGCAGGUCCCAGAGUCAAUUCUUGAGUGUGCUGGGGCCCCAAGCAUAAAUUCUUGAGGGGCCCCUCUGACAAGCACUAAAUAUAUAUAUGAUAUGAAACCAACAAAGGAGGUCAGAAACAUAAACUUUUAAAAACAGUGAUCAGUAUUACUACAUAACUUGAAAAAUGUUGCUUUAAAAUAGCUACAGCUCUGGUAUGUUUUUACCACAAUAGCCGGCACCUCACCCUUGUUCUAAGAUUUGAUGUCUGAGAUAUACUUCAGUAUGUGAUAUGCUGCAAAAGAGCAGAAAGCACACCGUCUAACUUUAGUUCUAAAUUUCAAAGCAUCAAUAGUGUAAGAGUUAGACUAGUUAAGACUCAACCUUCAUUAAUAGCAUUUAAUUAACAGUGAAAGCUGUUGUCUGGGUUAGCCUUUUUUUUUCUCGUCCAAAUCACUCCCUUACCGGUGUUUCUAGUUACUCUGGUAAAAUUUCAGUAUUGUACCUUACAAGCGCACUUUCUCUCUGUCGGCUAACCUUGCAAGACAGUGCGGGUGUGUCAACACACGGUAAUAGCGAGUCAACGAAGCAGGAACCCCAGGCUAACGUCUCCCGCUCCACGAACACGGCGAACUAACUGUUAAACGAUAAAAGCCACCCUUAUACCUAACGCUAGUAAAAGUGUUUGCCACACUUUGCUAUCUGCUCUACUUACCGCUGUGUUGCGGUAAGUAGAGCAGAUAGCAUCCUUAUUUAUUUCUCUUUACUUUUCUUUUUUUCUCACUCCCUGAUACGUAGCUCCUUACGUAGUUACUUUGAUUGACACACAUCAGUAAAGAUGGACAUAAGUCAUGUAGCAGUGUGACAGGGAUGACAUGGAGCCCCUUUAGGGGGGUAUCCAUCUAAGAUGUCAUUGCAAAUUUGACCACUGGUUGUUUAAUGGGGUUGCAAUAUUUUAGGACAGGUUUGUGGAGUUGGGUUUGUCAGCCCUUGGGGACCCCCUAGUGGCCUGGGGCCCCAAGCAACUGCCUGUCUUGCCUGUUGACAAGCUCUGGCCCUGGCAGGUCCUGAUAUCCACAUCCUGAAGUUUCCUUGGGCAAGACACUUAACCUCACCUGCCCCCACUGGCUGAGUCCAGUGGUGUGUGAAUGGAAGUCAAAACCUGAUGGACUCUGCUGCCUCUGCCAUCAAUGAGUGACUGUGGUGUGAAUGGGUGAAUGAGACUUGCAAUGCCAAGAGCUUUGAGUGGAAAGAGAAAGCACAAAAUGAACACAAUCCAUUUAGCAUUCACUGAUGGUCACACUCAGGUCCAAACAUACUGUGUAAACUUUUCAUACACUGCUAACCUGUACCACCACCAGGCUGCUACAGCAUGAGUGCCAAUUUUACCUAAAAAAACACUUGGUCUGUUUCAAACAGCUGUUUUCCAAGGUUUGUUGUCUUUACUAAAAUCUAUGACGUCCUUCAGAAAAGUUAUUGAACUCGACAACUCUGAUCUGUUUGGAAACUACCUUGAUUAAAAAUGUAAAUGACCUUCAUGGAAAAAAGAAGCACUAGGAUGGCAGCAAUGCUAUUAAAGGCUAUAUGAAGUAUAAUGACAUACAACAACAGUUCUUGAAAUUACCUGUGUUACAGUAUAUUUUCAAAAUAUCUUUAUGAUAUAAAGUUAAAACUUAAAGUAUCUCAAACAAAUAAAUUCUAGAUAUGGUGCUUGAAACAGAAGAUAGAGGAAAGGUGUGAUAUAAAUCCAGUCUGAGGUUCCUCAUACCUCAGAGUCAAUAUUUAGAUAUUUAGAUUCGUUGCUCGAGCUCAUGAUAUGUUGCCAUGACAGAGAGACAGCAGGAAAUAGAGUAAUGGACAAAUGUACUGUGACCCAGGAGAGUAAACCACAUUUCUGAUCAUAUUUCACUUCCUCUGUGGGAAAGAGACCCUUCCUACUCCAGUUUGUAAAAACAUAAGGAUCCCAAUAUUCCUUAUAUAUACACCCCAAAUUUGAUAACCAUGGUGCAUUGUAUUUUACAGUAUAGUUUCAUAUAUCCUUGAAUGAGAUGAACAUCAUGUUACGUGCAGAGCUUGAAUUACUGAAACAACUACAGUUUGAGGUUAUUUAUGAAUGAAGCCGGUCAAAGAGGAGGAGUGAGGCUAAGGUAACAUUCACCCAAGACUCAGAGAGUCAUAAUAUUUUCAAACAUAGUGAAUAAUUCAUGAGAGAAAGACAAUUACUCCCUUACACUUGCCCGAGGUUUCAUGCUUUUUAUUAACCACCCGAUUUUUUGACCCAAUCCAGAGAGAUGUUAUAUUAAUUAAUAAAACAGCUGUGCUCUCUCUCUGCAUGAUGUGAUGUGCAUGUAUUACACUUUUGUUUUUAUACUUGCAAUUGGACUGUUUAAUUCAACAAGGAAAGUUUUCAUGGAAGGAUUGAAUUAACAGUCAUGGCUUCUUAUCAAACAAAGCACUCUUAUAAAAAUGAUAACAUUUUUAAAGGAUGAAAGAAAAAAACUGUUUGGGUUCAUAAGGGUCUGUGACUGGGAUCUUUCAAGUGUACACUGGCUUGAAUUAACUUAGCUGCCAUACAGACACAAACAGUGAAGUGCUGAGACGGGUUAUUUUAAAGGUUACAUGACAUAACUCUAGCUUUGAAUUUUGGAAUUGAGCCUUGCUUUAAUUGCUGUAAGUCUCAGGGAUGAGAAAUGAAGUGAAAGCUUGAAAAAGUAGUCCGUCACACAGAGACAUGUCUUCAUGAGCGACUUCAUUUCUAUUGAGUGCGGAAUGAAAAUGCCCUACUUUACAGAAGCUACAAACAAACCUGUCUGCAGUCCAAGAGAGGGUCUCCAAAGAUAGUUACUCUGUUCAUGACAGCUGUACUGUAAAUUGUGUAUAACUCCACUGCCUCCAGGUUAACAUGAAAAGCAGCAAGGUAGUUGUGGAUGAACGUUGCUUCUCUGAACUCAACCUCUCACCAGCAGAGCUUGUCGACUAACCCAGUCAUUUUUGGGAGGUGCCUGAAGCGACUCAUUUUAAUGGUCACAUUGAUGAAAAUUCAAAUUUUGGUCAACUAAAGGUAAAAAAAAAAAAAAAGAAAAAAGAAAAAAAAAAUAACACAAAAUGACAGGGCUAAGGGUCACAGAGUCUGCCAAAGUCUUGGUUAAUGUUAGCCUUUAAAAAAAUUCAUCUCUGUUUCUGAAUCAAGGGACAGUUUGCUCAUUUACUUGCUAAUGAAUUAGCAAUAACUGGAUUAGCAUUAGGUUAGACUUGCAUAAGUCAGAUGCUAAUAUCCAGCUCCUCUUUAACAAUCACAGUUGUGAGUGAUAAAUUAUUCUCUCAGCAUAUCUAAUUUGCUUCAAAUUUAUCAAUUCCAUUUUGUUUUUACACAAUUGUUACCGCUAAGGUGACUUUACAGGUGAUUUUAGUAGAGUGCAGUAUUAGCAAGCUUGGACAGCUUGGAUUUAGGAUAAAGACAUCCUGAAAUGGUGGUUAAUAGUUUGGGUGAACACUUCCUUCAUCCAUUUGGGGUUGACAUGAGCUCCACCUAAUAGCUUACUUUGAGUCUGAUUCACUGACCCUGGCGCAGUUAUACCCUUAUAAUGUCAGUAUCAUACUAGAAAACGUCUUCUUUUAAAUAUACACUGUGAGACAGUAAGGAGUUCCCAUUGUCCUUCCUGUGAAAAGUCAAUAACUGACCACCUGGCCCCGACGCCAACAGUCCUCAUCGCUGAUCCGGGCUCAGGCUCGCUGCUGUCCGUAAGAGGGCGGCACUGAGGCGUGGAGGGGCUGGGCAUUGAGGCAGUCCCAGGCAGGCUGUAGUGCUGCUGAGCCGGGCAGAGCAGAUAGACACUGUGAAGGUUUGCUGGAGGAAGGAAUGCCACCUCAUGCGGCCGGGGUGUUUUCACAAUUAACAAUCUGACGUCCAGUGCUCCGCGGCGGACUCUAUCCAUUCUGGAGGAAGGAAUAAUUACCCUACAAAAUGCAUCUAUUAGGGAUCUGGAUGCUGAUGGCGGCUCUGCAGGUAAAAAUAUUUCCAAUUUUACAUCGACUCAAUUCUGAUCGGCGGAGGCUGCAGUCGGAUAGGGGAGCGAACUGAAGCUGGUUUGUGUUUAGACCGGAGAGACUGACGAGCACUUUGCAUGGCAGGUGGAACAAUGCAAAUAUCGUAACUGUGCGUUUGCCUUUGGUUUUUCCAUUAUGACUCAGUUUUAUUCUCCUCUAGCUGUGUCUCUGUGACAAGAUAGAGGCCGACAAAGGCAGCCUCACAUCGUAACUAGCAGUAAAACGCUGCUGAUCCCAGACCUGCCGCGGGUCCACUGCACACUGACUAAAACAGUCAGGAGAAACGCAGUCCGAGUCUUAUGCUUCACCUGGGGAUAAAAGGCAUGUUUCAGCUGAAAUGGAGCUGUAGCCUAAUUGUGGAGGAGUCCUGGCAGAUAACCUCCAAACGUAGCGAGGUUUAUUCUCCCUCAUCCAUCCAUCCAUCCUUGGAUGACAGGCUCCUUCUGCUGUCGCCUCUAUCGGCACCUCUUCCACUGUUGUUGCUUUCUGUUAAAAUCAGAAGCUCGACUUUCGUUGGGCUAUAAUCCACUUGGGGUGGACCAGCAUCCUGAUAUGUGUCAUUUUUUUCCUUGUGGGGAGCAGACGCUGAUAUCCAUUUUAAAAGAUGGCAGUUUCGUCUGUCCUCCCUUUGCCGGACUCAGGUGGUGUAACGAGGUUUAAGACGGUUAAUAGGUUGUGUCUGCUCGUCUGCAUUGAUGAGCUGUAUUCAAAGGCUGCAUUUAGCUCCGAGGCUGUGGAUCCUCUUAUCUUGUUUCCCGGUGCAACAAUUCUGGAUAAAUUCGUUCAGUUGUCCCCUGCUACCGAACAUUUUGAUGUUUGAGGCUCAGCGCACAUGAAACUGUCCGGAAACAUCCCAAACCGUGGCCUAUUAUGCGAGAGGAACAGCCAGCCUACUGCAUACAGUUGAAUGAUCACUGUAUGCAGUAGGCUGUCUUUGGGCAACAGGAGACUGGACAGACCACGGAGGGGCUUAUAGAGUCCAGACUGUGAGGAUAAUGAUGUUGGGUCUCCUGCUGGUCUGCCAUUUCUUUAAUUGUGAAAGGCUCCUUUCACCGUCUUUGAUGGUUGAGUCAAUUCGUUUCAGACCCUGAUUUUGGGUCAGUAUAUGUAACCUAAACCCACAGGCCUACAUGAUUGCUGUAAUUUUCAAUUUACUGAAAAAGACACAGAUAGACUAAUCUUUUUUAUUUUUAGGCUCUGGUCAUUAUAUCUGUUUCCUUAUGAUGUCUUGUUAUUGGCUUAGUACUCUAAAGUAUUAGAGUAUGACAUGCUUUGAAUAGUGAGCAGCAGCAGCAGCAGCAGCAAUGUUUUGGCUGUGUUAUCUGUAUCACAGUAAAAGCACAAGCUCUACAUCAUAUAUUUUCCUGUGUGAGCCUCAGGGGUAUGUGGACCUUGUAAAUGCUUCUGGAGCAGGUUUUUAAGACCUUGGGGAAAGAAGGGCUUUACUAUGUGGGCAGAUCAAUAGAAAAGACAGUGCAGUGCCAAAGUGUCAAAGGUGAUGUCCCAAAAUAAAUCCAUCACCAAUGCCUAACCUCCCAAACAGCUGGGUCAGCGCUUUCAGAGGCUUAUCUUAAACCUUGGUAAUGCCUUUGCUUUUGUUACUUGGUAGCUAGAGUUUGGAGCCUGUGAUAGAGACUUUGAUUAUAUGAUCUCUCUUUGUACUUUAGGGCACAUUUAUUGUGUGGAUACAGCUGCAGGUUUAAAGUUAGAGGGUGUCUUUGAUGGUUAAUCAUAUUAUACAGAGGGAUUUACCCUUAAAAACAUACAGAUGGGUAAACAUCAACAAGCAGAACAUUGUUUGGUUUGUGGAGAUCAAAAUCAUGGUCUCCAGACCAUUAAAGUAAACUGCACGGAUAAAAUUGAUGUUGCAAGUUUAGUAUCUCAGACUGCUGCAGUGACUCAAAAUACUGUCUUCUGUUCAUGUCUCUGUUUGUUUGGGAUUUUCAAAGCCUUGGCCCUUUAGUACACUAAAACCAAACAACACAUCCCAUUGAAUUCUCUAUUACUUAUCAAUUUACAACCCCAUAAUAGACACAUUAAUUUAAUCAAUAUCGCUGCUUAGAUUUAAGAACUUGUCAGUGAUUUGAAGAACUAACUAAACACUUAAUCUACAAUGACAGCAAAUGAAAUAUCUUGGUGUGAUAUUACAUCAAGCUCUCUUUAGUCCUCCUGAUAUUUUCAUAUAAACUGUAAGCUAAAGUCUGAUUUCAGCACACUACUUUCUUACAACAUUUUUAGUCAAUAAGCCUUUCUUUAAAAAAGAAUCAGGUUGCAAGAUUACCCUAUAUGUUAAAAACAGUUUUACAUAAAGUUUAUUUUUAAAUAUUUUUAUUACAUGUAUCCACGACCUUGGUUUUGGUACAUCUCUCAAAGACUCGGCUCUGUUAAUAAAAACACAGUUCCUGAUUUUGCCCUCCAAAAGACAGGCCAGGUUUGCUUCCAGAAUAAAGCAUCAGAGAGUUUCAGUAUCUCAGAGAAAGCUUUACCUCAAGGCCACCCGUGACAUUUUUAUGUGGUAUGGUGCUGAAUUUGCUCAGUGAAUAACAAGUUUUAGCUGGAAAAGAUAAUUAGUCUGUUGGCUGCUAUUAGCUUCAAGGUUAAGUUUUAUUAUUUAAUAUUUCCUUGUAUAUUGGCAUCAUGAUUAACCUGCUGCAGCAAAACAUGAGACCAUCAGGGAAAUAUGGCUGAAAAAAAGCAGUGUUAUUGACAUGUGAAUCAUUGAGACAGUGUGAUGAAGGACUGCCUUUUACCUUCUUUGGCUGUGUGUAAUGAAGGAUUGACCCCACUACACUUGUUUUCUGUGUUAUUAGUGUAUUUGUCUUGAUAUGCAUCAGUAAACCAGUCUGUUAUUGGGCAAUGGAAAGAGUUCAGAUGAUUAAUUUGUAUUCAGUUUGAAAAGAGUGAAUUAAAACAGCAAAUGUUUUCAUGGUAAACAACUGUAAAAAUUCAGCAGUUGUAUCAAGUCUUUCAUAUUUCCAAUGUCCUUUCUUCUACGGCUGGCCGGGACUACUGAUCAGAAACCUCAUUACCAUUAUUAAACGUGAGAAAAAUUCUGCCUUUGCUUUGUAUCUACUUAAUGGACCUUACAUUGGAAUAUGUAUUGCUAUAUUUCAGAAUACAUAACCUCAACUUAUAUAUAAAGCAGUAUGUCUAGAAAUGUGUGUUAUAAUACACCACCAACCCUAAACUGACAUCAAAUUUGUCUCACUGACUGUUUGGCCUCUAAAUGUCACGACUGUAGUAUAACAGACACACAGCAUCACAACAGAGUCUGACUUUGUGUGUUUACCUCCUCCUCCUUUAUGCUAAUCAGGAGAGAGAGAUGAAAGUCCCCUACUAAAUACAUCAGGAUGGGCAACAAGGACGUGAGGGUUUUAAGAUUUUGGGUGAAGUGAAAACAAAUCACAACACCCCUCUUAGUUUUAUUACUCUAAUCACAGCAGAACAGCCCCACACAUUCACCCGAACACUAACAGACACACAAACAAACUGCGGAGGAGCACGAAUAUGUGCCACUGUGUGUGUGUGUGUGUGUGUGUGUGUGUGUGUGUGUGUGUGUGUGUGUGUGUGUGUGUGUGGUAGGAGUGGAGGGAAGUUUAAGCUGGGCCAGGGCUGAAACAACAAGAGAGACAAAAGUCUAGACGCUAAUUAUCAUCAAAAUUAAUUGACCCAGUUGUCUGCCCCCCUCCCCGUGGUGAUUAAUAAUGGUCUAUUGGUUAGGAAUGGAGCUGAACUGGAUUUCAUUUUCCCUGUAACUCAACAAUUUCCCUUCACAUUACUGUUGCAAGUUUGAAAAUGUGGAAUGCCAAAUCACUGACCAAUUAGCUCUCUGCUUGUUUCCUUUUACAUGUUUCUUUUCAACCUGAACAAUGGCAGAGGAUCACAUCUGUGGGACUCAGUUCUCACUGCUUCAUUCAGAGAACAUAGCUUUAGAAAAGGAAGUGUUGAAAUUUGCAUUUUCUAGUCUCAAGAAAUGGUGUUUGGAAAGGGGAUUUCAGUCUGAGUUAUGGCUUCUGAUGAAACACUUGUAAAGCAAACAGGCGAGAUUGCUUCAACCUUCUGUUGGAAGAAAAGUGAUCUGGAAGUUAUUUAAAAAAAUAGCCAUAAGGUUGCAAAAGCAUUGAGAUGUAAUGGAAGAUUUAUGCAAAUAUCUAAAUAUUUCUACACCCUUUCAUUGUUGUUUUUCCCCUCUCCAGGUUGUUAUUCUGGGCCAAGAGGCUGAUCGUCCGUUGUCAAGCAAACAGGGGUCGUUGCCAUGCAUGAGGGGCUUUACUCAGAAGGAAUACAUCAUCGAAAUGGACCAAGAGCUGGCAAAGGGACAGGCUGUCUUCAACGGUCAGCACACACACACACACACACACACACACACACACACACACACACACACACACACACACACACACACACACUUGAAGCUGGGGCAGCUCCAGCAAUAAUCCCCUGCUGUUGGGUGGGGGUUGUUUAAGAGUCCUGCUGAUAUUUGAACCAUAAUAAAGCUUCAAGAGGACUGACCUUUGCAAAGACUGAGCCUGGAGUAGAGUGUGUGUUCCUGUUUGUGUUAUUGUGAUGACCCUGGUUGAAAUGCAGUGAUGAAAAAUCACUGAGAUUUGUUUGUGGAGCAUCUUGUGAUUGCUUUGGAAAAGCUGUAAUAAUUACUUCCAUCCUCUCAUGUUGACAGGGUUAGACAUUGGAUGGAGACCUCAGUGCCAUUAAGUCACCAGUGUGGUAUUCUCAGUGAGUCUCUCCAUAUUUAAGCCACAGGGAAAAAUUGAGCAAUUAAAUAUUGAUUUCAGCAGAGUCUUAACUGCUCUGGAGAAACAGAGGAAACUGGUGAGCCGUAAGAGGAUCAUCUUUUUUUUAACUUUAAUUAAUUAAUUGAUCCCGUGCAGAGUGGCAGCGUCUCAGUGCCAAACUGCUGCCCUUACAGAGAAAGGAUGGGAGAGAGAAAUAUUAGAAUGUACCAGAGUUUCCAGACUGAUCAUCAUUCCCUGUACAUCUUUUUGUCAAUAUUAAGCAUAAGUUGUAGGUGUCCAUAAUUUUUCUUCUUUUAUUCCAAAUUUGACUGAAAGCCCUCAAACCCCAUGUAGGUCAAACCCUGAGUUAAAAAUACUUGAACAUUGGUUAUUAGGCUGCUGCCGUUUACUUGAUGGACCAGAAUUGAUGAGUGUGAUAUUUCCCGAUGCUGUGUGUCAUAGGGGGGAAGUUAUCAGUAUCAUUGAGCGGCAGGCUGAUCAAUGAGCAGUGUACAUUUGUAGAUAAAGUGUAGAUGGGGAGUGUGAGCUCUGCUGAGCACAGUCAGAUGUCAAGUAGGGGUCUCAGGUGAGGAGUAAUGAAUGUGUUUUCAUCUUUAUUUUACUCUUACAGUAACGAAUGACUUAGCCUGAAGAAGUCUUCCUCUGUGGGCCUUUACAGCCACAUACAAACAGAUGAAUGUCAUAUGAAUAUAUCAUCUAAAACAUGUCCUACACACUUAUCAGAUAUUGGUUAGACUUCAGUCUGCAUGUUUUUUUAUGUAAAUGUGUCUACAAUGGAAAAGGAUAAGCGGAUAUCCUGCUUCAUUACACAAAGAUCUGCACCGGUGCAGCCUGUGCUUCAAUUUUAAGCUCUGUACACCAGGAGGUGAACCCUGUGAUGCCCCUGAAUUAGCACAGUCUGCUGUUUCGUCAGUGAAUGGGUGCUGUAUGUGCUGUCUGUGAGCAGACUAGAUAACCAAACACAGACGGUAAAGCUUUCGUGCUCUCUGAUAAAGGUUGUGGCUGAGUUUUCUGACUGAAAAGUUGCUGUUUCAAACCCCUGGACGGUGACAUGUCCCUCUACAUCUCCUGCUGGGGUAUUAUUCAGUUCAAGAAAAAGCCUGAGGGUGUACAGGGACAUGUGAAACUGUAUGAAUAUAAAGUAUGGUUUGGCUGCCCAUUUCACCUCAAGAUGGAAGGAAAUGAAAUCAGCACUUUUGUUUUUGUGAUUUUGAACAGAGCUGUCCACCUUAACAGGCUUUGUCCAACCACAUCCAAGCACCAGGCAAGAAAGCCUACAAUAAUUCUGCGCUGAGAACGAGUGUGUGAGUGUGUGUGAUCACAUGUUUGUGUGCUUCAGUGGACUUGUAUGGGCUCUUUGAAGUGUAACAAGGCAACAGUGACUGAAGCUGACAGAGCGGCGAGAGGAACAAGAAAGGAGAGUGUUUCAGUGUGUUUGUCUGUGCUGAUGCUCGUGUUAUGGGCUUGUUUGGGAGUGUGUGUAGGUGAGAAAACAAAUUACGUUGUUUAUACAGGGGAACAAUAUUAUUUUCUCUAUCAUAUGCAGCCAGACUGCAGGUGAGAUGAAGACAGGUUGAUGUGUUGUCUUGGUUUACCAUCAAAACAUACAAACCUUUUCAAACCAAACUUUACAUUAAGAGUCAGAAGUUUAUAAUAAAGUAACCCGACUGGAAUCACUAUACAACUAUGAUACUGGACUUUUCUUUAUACAAGAUAUUUACAAUCGUCACAAUGAUACAAUUGAAUACUAUUAAUUAAAUAUAAAUUAAAAAAAAUAUUUAAAUGUAUUUAUUAUUCUAUUUUUUUAUCUACUGAGAUGUUAAUUAAUUGAUUUAUUUAAAUUUGUUUUAUUAUUAUUAUUUUCUUUCUUUGUUCUAUUAUUGUAAUUAUUAUUAUAAUUGUUUUAUUAUUGUAAUUAUUAUUAUGUCAUAUUGCGGACUUUUUCUUCUUUCAUUCUCUCUUCAACAAUUAUUACAAUUUUAAAGAGGGGAAAAUGAGGGACAAUCACACCCUCAAACACACACUCCUCAACACACAUACGAACACCCACCCACCCACCCACCCACCCUUAUUUAAACACAGCCUUGCAACACCUUCAAACUUUGACAAAAGGAAAAAAUAUAAAAAUAUCUAAAUGUUAUAUGUUUCUGCUUAACUUCAUAGUUUCUUCUCCAUUGUCUGUUUGUAUUACAUAUAUAUAAAAAAAAUAUAGUAAUAAUAAACUACUUUUUAUUAAUUGUAAUUAAAAAUGUCCCUUUGGGGAUUAUAAAUUCUUAUCUUAUAAAGUAAAACUGGCAAAUAUUCCUUUACAUUGUAGUUAAGUGGUUUCCAGUUGGCCUUGUCCUUUCAUUGAGAAACUGCUGGAGAGUCAGAAAGAAGCUAAGCUACAGUUUUCUGUUAACGAGAUCAAGACUGCCACACAGAUUCUUUCAGCACUUUGCUCUGCCUUUCAGAACGCUUUUUUUGCACCAUUUGUAGAUGCAAUACAGGGUCAUGGUCUUCAUACAGGUUCAUGGUCUUUGUAUAGGUACGUGGUCUUCCUGCAGGCUGCAUCACUGACCAUUCACAAGCUUAUCAGGAGGUCAAUCUAAAGACCCAGAUGACCAGCAUGAAAGCGCAUCUACUGUACAAAGUCUAUGUUCAGCUCUAAUUGUUUCUGUUUUUAUAAUAAUGACGCCCCCUAUUUUCCACAUGAUAUUUUUAUUACUUUUGUCAAUAUAUCAACGAUUUGUACAGAACUCACACCUCCACCAGGAGAGCUGUGGUCAGUCUCUCUGUUAGCUGGUUAUGGAGCAGACUUUGCCUCUUUUGCAGAAAAUUGUAGUGUAGCUUGAGACCGGUUCUUACAGCAAUUCCAGUGUUGCUAGUACACUUAGUAGGGACAUGAAACCAAAAUAACCUCAUUUAAAAAUACAAAACUCUUUCUGUAACAUACCAGGAAUGAUGACUAAACCAACAUGUCAGUAAUAGAUGUCUGCAGUUAGAACAGCAGCAGCUUAGUCUUGAGACCCGGGUUAUAAAACUCACUCUGUGUCAGGUCUUAUUCUUAUUUUAUUCUUGUUUGUAACACUUGGUUAUCUAUUUUGAAAAUUUUUAUGUUUUUGUGUCAAGAUGUGAGAGAUUCAUUUGAGGACCAGUGAAGGUGUCUUUGCGAGGUUAUGUUCUGAUGGCUCUGGGCACUGUUAAUUUUUUAAUUAGGGCGGCGGAAGAGUGAAUUAUUAAUGAGAGGACGGCAGAGAAGACAUAAUUAUAAACAGACAGAUAAACAGAGUAUCUGGGGGAUGGAAUGUGAGAGAAAGGAGGUUAGAGGUGGAGAUCAGCAGACGGGUCAGACUGAUAGAGACAGACAGAAAGAGAAAACAGGAAGCAGCAGUGACGGUUCAAUGAGCUCAUCCUUUGUUUUUUUUUAAGAAGAGCCCUCUCGUUGCUGGUCAACUGUUUCGGAUUUUUAUUCCAGUUAAAAUCACGACUGUAAGGAUCAGCUCUGCACUUUGAAUGAUCAUUCCAGAGGGACUGUAAAGUUCCUGAUCAAAAUCUUGUGACUAUUAUAAACAAUAUUUCAUCCCUUUUAGUUUUUUUACAGCUUCCCCAGAUAUGGGGAGGUUAAACUUGAUAGACAGAAACUUUGAAAUCAGUGAUAUUAGUGCUGAUGGUCUGAUAGUCUUGAUAUAACUUUGAAGAUCAUUCAAUCACACAAACUCUGCUUUUAACGCUGUGGUCUUGCUAAAUGACAAUAAAUUAGCAUUUAGGCUAACUCAGUCAUUUUAACAGGACUGCUAAAAUUCAGUUUUCAGCUCUUACAGGAAACAGUUACAUGAAGAAUUGGUCUGAGUCAGGUCUCUGUUUCUGCAAACAAAAAUAAAUUGGGGAAUUGGAAAGUUGAUUCAGCUGGUGCCAGACCAUUGUGUGUGUGUGUGUGUGUGUGUGUGUGUGUUUCAGCUAUCUAACUUAAACAAAAAAGUUAUAUGUGUGUGUGUGUGUGUAUUGCUUCUCUCUAGUGCUGUGUUUUUAUGUGUGUACAGUAUUUGUGUGUCCAUGAGUAUGUGUGAGUCAGGCCGAGGUCAGUGGCUAUCCUGCACUUCCUGUGGAGUGUAGCAGGACCAUAGACUGUAUAUAGAAUGGACAGCGUCUGCCUCCUCGCUGGGUGAAGCCACUCCGAGAACAGCACCCACUGUUGACGGGCUGCAGUACAGAUCAUAAAUCCCGCCUCCGCCAGCAAAGCUUAUGGGACUGUGGAAAACUUUAGAAAUUUAUUACACAGAACAUAAAUUUUUUCUCCCCCCUGGUUGUGAUGUUGACAUGUAGUAAUUGUAAGACUGGUUUGUGCUCAAGUCCUCUUUUUUCUGUACAGCUCCAUUUUUAAAAGUUAUUAGGGGAUUCAUGUUUUCUAUGAUUGACACCUGAUACAGCCUAUGGGCGUUCAGGGAUUGCAUCGAUCGCUCAUCCGGGGGGGAUACGCUGUUUGACUCGAGCGUCAUCACAGUGACUCUCGGCGACUGCGCGGCCAAAUGCGCGCAUCGCGCAUCUGACUUUCCUAUUUUCCCAUCCAUCCUUCCUAUUAAGGCAGUGUGUGUGUGUGUUGGGUGUGUGUGUGUGUGUGUGUGUGUGUGUGUGUGUGUGUGUGUGUUGGUCAGUGCUGUGGCCUCAUGUAGCCAAGUGCUGGUCAGCUCAGCCCUAAACAGGCGUGGAAACCCCCAUUUUGUGAACCAGACACUGACCACAUUCAUCUCCCCAUACCCUUCCUUUUAAUCCCCCUCUCUUUCUCACUUCACUCCCUCUCUCCCUUUCUGUUCCCAUUUCUCUUUUUUCUCUUGUCAUGCAGAGGAUUGCCCUACUUUAGUCCUGCCUCAUACAUCACUGUCUCCCCUCACAGUCGGAAUAGGGAAGGGGCAGCAGAGAUAUAGAACGAGACCUCUCUCCCUCUCUGUUGCUCUCUCUCUCCCUCUCUCCCUCUCUGUAUAUGAGUCAGCCCAGCAACUCUCUCUCCCUCUCAGCUGAUUUCCACUCAUGCCUUUUUUGUCUCUUAGGGGCUUGUUAACAUCUUUGCGAUGAGAUACUCAUUGCUCCUCUAUGUUUUAGAUUCUGAAUGCAGUGUGGUGUUUGUUACUUGAAUUUUGUAGUGGAAAGUACUCAAUUUGUACCACUUCAAGGUAUAAAUUAUUCAUUUCUUUUAAAGGGUAUCUGGAUGGAUGUCAGCUUUCUGUCAAAUACUGUGCCCUCUGCAUCAGCAGCACUUUCAAAUAGAGAUCUCGCUAACUAUACGUUUCCUCGUAGUUUGAAUAGAGACAGAUAUCUGAACCUCCUGAAAUGUAUUUGAGUACGAGAUCAAUUUGCUUGAUCAGAACUUUCUGCUCAGACAGUUCAGUCAAUAUCUCAUACAUCAGUAUGUCAGUCAUCACAUAUGAAGCUGCAGCAAUGUGUGAAAUCUGGCUCUUGAACAGGAAAAUUACUGCACUGUUUAGCUAACAGUAUGUAGGCAGAGCUUCAUUACAGCCCUGUAGCAGACUGUCAGUGUAAAAUGGGCUGAUGUUAUAUUGUAAGUGGCCAAAUGUAAUGGAUCCAUUAGAUUUCAGUGAGCAUGAAGACUUCUGCUAUCAGAUCAAAGUCUAAACCAAUCAACUGUCUGCUCUCCAAUUAACAGAUGGUAAUUAUCAGUAAUUAAAACUUUUUUCCUGUAAUUGACAGAAAGUUACAGGAAAAUCUCAUGGUCUGGUAAGGUUGUAGGGGUUCAUAUAAAAGUGCUUUAUGACACUGAGAUAAAUGUGCAGCACUUUGAUGAGAGUGUUGUGGCUGUGCUUAUUAUUAUAGUCAAGAUAAAGAUAUUGUAUUUGAAUUGUCGACAUUUGUACAUUUAUUUAAAAGAUAAAUUUGCUAAGCUGUAUUGUGGUUGUAAAGUUUGUAACACAAGCUUACAUGUGAGGAGUUUUAUCUGGGGUGCAGAAACUCUUCCUUGUGAGUAUUUCCUCCCUGAGUUUUAUCACAGGAAUACAGAGGGUUGAAAUUACAACUUUGCAGCUUUGACGACUGACAUCCCAGCACAGCCAACUUUUGUGUUGUGUCAUGCAGGUGUCUUUGCUGUUUCUUCUUCCCCUUCAAGUCACUGGGAUAGCCCAGUUAUUCCAGUGUAAGUGUGAGGCUUUAAAGUGGGUCAGUAAGUAGAGGUGUAAAUGAGUCAAGUCUUUCCCAUCCUGAUUUCUUUGGCUUAACUUGUCUGUGAACGCUUCAUCAUGAGGAGUGAAAGAGAGGUCUGCCAAGGUUAGUGGAGAUAGAUGUGUACCUGGCACACGAAGGAGUGCUAUCUGAGUGAGGCAUUAGAGCUGUUGCAAUGCAACCAUGAAGCAUACACAUACUUUGUUUAAUUUGUAAACAUGAGUAAAGCACUGUCCAAUGAACUGUGAUGGACAGACAGAGCAUCAACAAAAAAAAUGUCCAGAAUAGUUUCAUACUCGGGGUAUGUUAGAUCUGCCCCCUGCUUGAAGUAAUAUAACCGUCUGUCUGUGAGUGAACCAUCUGCCUCUAUAGAAAUCUGCUAAAUUGGAUUUAUUAUUGAGAUUUUUGAGAUUGAAAUGAAAGGGUGAUGAAGUUACAACUGGAUAUAAACUCAAAAGCAGGGAAGGAUGAAAGUUUUCCAAAGACAUUUGAAAUAAACACAAGAGUUAAAAACAUCUCAGCUUCAGCCUUGUCGACAUGACACACAAAGAUGUAAGUAGAUCAGUCAGAGGCCCAAGUUAAACUGCCGACAGACGCAGCCAAACUUUACUCACAGGCUGUUUCCUUUUUCUUAACAUACAGAAUUUCUUGGACAGCCCACCACCAGACAAACUAAACGCUUGGUUAAGAGGAAAGCUGAACAUGUUGAAAGUGUUUUCUCAGGAGUUAGUGGAGGCUGCAGCUUUAUUUAACACUGAGUGUAGCCUUCACAGUGCUAAUGUGUGAAGACUUUGAGUCAUGCACAUGUGACUUUCAACAGGUCUUGCAUUUUACAGACAUUUCAGACAGUCCUAAGAGUCCUUUAAAUUUUUUCCCAUGACCGAUUGUGGUGCGAGUCAGCUACCAGACGUUUACAGAUGUACUCGAUGAUAAGUCCAUUUUUUUCUCCCCAGAUUCAAACCAUUUCUGCUGACGCUAAAGAGAGACUAGACCCCCUCUGCUCCUCUAACUCUCUUCAUCAUAAGUCAUAUUAAAAAGCCAGCUAAAGACAUUUAUGGACCUCAGACUGACCACACUAUGUGGGCAGGAAAAGGCCCACUUUCUCCAAAGUGUGUUUAUGGACUGUAUUUUUGUGUGUGGAGGAGGAGAUUGUGGGUCUGCUUCUCGUUAUAACCUACGUAUGUUCAACUGACAAAAGCCAGGCACUGCCACUCUCUGCUUUACAGAUAUGGCUGGAAUGUGUGUGUGUUGGAUGUAUGUGUGUGUGUAUGUGUGUACUCCCACGGGUGCUCCUCCAGUUGUGGUUGUUCGUGUUCCACUAAAUCCUGUCCGCCCAUUUGUCUUUCUCUGCCUCACUCCCAUCAGCCUCUCCAUCCUUGUCUCUCAGCCAUUUUCUGUUAAAUGAAUGAUGGCUGUAUGCCUGACCUCACAUCUGACUAAUGUGUGUGUGUGUUUGAGUAAGUGUAUGUGCACAAGCGUGAGUGUGUGAGUGCAGAAGCUCAGGCCGGUGUGUGUAGGCACCCCAGUGUUAGUUAAAAACAGGAAAAUGCUGCUCAUCUGCCAUGUGCAGGAAAAAUAUCCUAUUCAGAGCUGAGAUACAGAACAGAAACAGAGGAGGAGAGUUUACUGAACUUUUUUAUUUAUAAAACCAUUAAAUCUGUAGAAAAAAAGAGGCACUUUUUUGAAAAAAAAAAACAAACAUUAUCUAAAGCAUGGACAGCCCAUGUUUAAAAUGAAGCUGUGACAGUGUCCUUAUCUUUCUGCUUUCUUUGUUUCCAAAGCUAACAGCACGUUCAUUGGACCCAAUUUGAACUUCAGACAAACCAGGCUCUUGUUUUUUCUUUUUUUUCCCAUGGACAAUAACUUAAGAUUUUGUUCAGAAAAACAUUUUAAUAACCACAAGUUCAGAGAACCUCCGGAUGGCGAAAUUAGGGACAAAGUGGAUGACUCUGUUCUGCAAAAAAAAUCUACAAAUUAUUCAGUAAAAUGGAAACAUAACCUUUUUGCAGUUCUGCCUUUUCACAACCUUUACUUAGCCAUUAAACAAGCAGACUACGGUUAAAACACAGCAGCCUGUUAAGGCUUUUAUACCAAAACUGUCAAAUGCUUUAUUUGGCUUUUGCACAACUUUAGCUGCUUUUCCAGUGGAGUUUAAACAAAACCUUAAAUUCUGAUAAGCUGAUUUAUCCAAAGUGAAGAAAACAGACAGAAGUCAGCCAAACACACAUCACUGUUUCUCUGUGCUGCUGACUGGGUCAAAUUGCUCUGUCAGUCUUUAGUCCUCCUGACAGGUAGACGCCCACCUGCCUGUGCAGGUUCAGUGCUCUGGUCAAGUGGUUAUAACCCAUAUACAACUCCACUCUCUAGAUCACCAGUCUGCCAUACUCUGCAGUAUCUUUGCCGUCAGUCAGCUACACUGGUUAACAUCCAGGUAAAAGAGCAUCAUGGUACUGUUAUCAAUGCAAAGUCCAAAAGCCAGCAUCUGUGAUGGUAUGGGGGUGCAUUAGUGCCCAAGGCAUGGGUAACUUACACAUCUGUGAAGACAACAUUAAUGUUGAAAGGUACAUACAGAUUUUGGAGCAACUUAUGCUGCCAUCAAAGCAACGUCUCUUUGAUUGGUGCCCCUGCUUAUUUCAGCAAGACAAUGCCAAGCCACAUUCUCCACAUGUUACAACAGCGUAGCUUCGUAGUAAAAGAGUGCGGGUACUCGACUGGCCUGCCUGCAGUCCAGACCUGUCUACCAUUGAAAAUGUGUGGCGCAUUUUGAUGCGUAAAAUACGACAACAGAGACCCAAGACUGUUGAACUGAAGCUGUACAUCAAGAAAGAAUGGGAAAGAAUUCCACCUUCAAAGCUUCAACAAUUAGUCUCCUCAGUUCCCAAACAUUUAUUGAGUGUUGUUAAAAGGAAUAGUGAUGUAACACAGUGGUGAACAUGCCCCUGUCCCAACUACUUUGGCACGUGUUGCAGCCUUGAAAUUCUGAGUAAAUUAUUAUUUGCAAAAAAAAAUAAAUAAAGUUUAUGAGUUUGAAAAUUGAAUAUCUUGUCUUUGUAGUGUAUUCAAUUGAAUAUAGGUUGAAAAGGAUUUGCAAAUCAUUGUAUUCUGUUUUUAUUUACGUUUAUCACGAUUUCCUUACUUCAAUGGAAUUGAGUUUUGUACAUGAACUCUCUAUGAGGGAAAGUCAGCUAUGCUUAUGUCGGGUGAUAAUGUGGAAAAAUGACCUUCAAUGACUUCAAAUGGGAUUAACUGUUUAUAUCUUUUUGUGUGUUGAUAUAUGUUCAUUUGGUCAGGCAACAUUGAAAGAGUAAGAAAAUCAGAACAAAGGUGAAUAUAUCCUUUAGCCCCUGAAUGCCUCUGAGAAAGAGCGCUGUCACCUCAAAGAGCACUGUCACCUCCUCUUGCUGGGUUUAUUCAGAUGGAGUUAGACACUGUGACUGACUGACUGAUAGCCCCUCUGUCUAUCUUAGCCCACUGGACUCCAGGCUCCUACUAACAUUCACCUGUGUGUGUUUUUUGUGUGUGUGCGUGCGUGCAUGUGUGGUUGUGUAUAUGCUCUGAAGUAUGUUCUUCUGUAAAUGUGUCAGUAAAUGGUGGGCUAAUACAGUCAAACUUGUCAUAGUCUCUCAGGGCUUUGCUGCCAUUGUUCUUAUCAUCGUCCCGCCUAAUACUAACAUCAGGAAUGACACACACACUCCAACUCUGCCUUACACAGUACAGCUGUCUACAAACAAUUAUGGUAAUGAAUCAUUCACUGGUGCACAGAUACAGUAAAUCAGCUGAUAACAGCAGACUGAGUUCUGGUGAAUCCAGCUCCUAGAGGACAUGGCUACAAUUGUUUCUGUUAGGUGAUUGAUAUGGACGGUGUGCUUGAAGUGAUCAUGUGUGGAUGAGUAUUGGAAAACCCAUAGUCAGGUCUUUUUCAUAGAUUCGAGGUCAUGGUGGCAACAACUCUUUAGUUAUCACAUGAGCUUCUUCAUCAUCAUCUUAAUUGGAACAUGAAAUAUAUAUUUAUUUCAACUAAUAAACAUCCUGAUGUUGUUAAAAAAAACACUGAAUGACAGCAAAUUCUUCAGUUUGUGUGAAAGUUACUUACUUCUCAGUUCAAUUACCAAAUCAGUGAAGAAUUAACUGAACUAUUCUCUUAUCAUCGCCCCCUGCUGCCUGUUAGAUAUGAUGCAGAUCUUUGGACAUCUCACUUUGGUUCUGACAAAUAACACUUUCUAUAAUCUAAUGAUUAUAGAACUGAUGAAGUAGACAUGGAAAAUGAGUCAAAAAAUAAUCUUGUUAACAGCAUCAAACAUGUAUCUAAAAUACCUUUGAUGUCAUUUUGUGUGCGUCAAAAUGUCUGUCUGUACUGACCAUAGACUGUAUAUAGAAUGGACGCCGUCUGCCUCCUUGCGGGGUGAAGCCACUCCGAGAACAGCACCCUCUGUUGAUGGGCUGCAGUAUAGGUCAUAAAUCCCGCCUCCGCCAGCAAAGCUUAUGGGGCUGUGGACCAACUUUAGAAAUUUAUUACACAGAACAUACAUUUUUCUCCCCCCUGCUUGUGAUGUUGACAUGUAGUAAUUGUAAGACUGGUUUGUGCUCAAGUCCUCUUUUUUCAGUGAAGCUGCGUUUUCAAAAGUUAUUAGGGGGUUCAUGUUUGCUAUGAUUGACACCUGAUACAGCCUAUGGGCGUUCAGGGAUUGCAUAGCUCUCCCAGGGGAUACGCUGUUUGAGCCGAGCGUCAUCACAGUGACUCUCUGCGAAUGCGCGGCCGAAUGCACACAACGCUACUGCACAGCGCUGGUUUCAGGAAAUGAAGAAAAAUCCCGGAAAUACCAAGAGCUUUUUGGCUUCAAAUCUGUAUACAGGCGGAAGGCGGAACUAGGUUGUCCAUAGUAUAUACAGUCUAUGGUACUGACAGGUCAGAUCAGACCUCCUGAAGGACAUUAGUCACACUGUGGUGUUCCUGAUUGUACCCCAAUGAACAUCCUGCAGUUUGCAAAAACACUUAUUUGGUAGGCACAAAACCUCUGGUGACCAAGGACGAGGGAAAAGUUAUCAUGCAUUUCAGGGUAAAAGCCAAAAAUUGAACUCCUCUCUCCAUCUGUUCACUUAUUUCUGUAACCCUCUGAUUUGUGACUUGUCCUGCGGGUCAUUUUUAUCAAAACUCUGUUUCUUCCUUGAAACUGAGCAUAAAAAUAAGAACUAAGAAUAGAUACUUUCUUAUGACUGUGGUGGAUCAUGUGUCUGUGGUUAGCAGUGGGGUACUUGGACUGUUCCAAGAAGCUUUAUAAAAUCUUCUCGCUCACUCGUGGAGAAAGUGUAGGAGUAGGUGAGAGUUCAGAAUUACAACUAGAGCUGAUCAUUUCUUUAAUCUGACAGCUCACCCCUGCUUAAAACCCAAAUAACCCCUCCACCUGUUUGAGACCAGCUGUUUCUUUAAGUGUGUAUAUGUGUGUGUGUGUUUGUGUGUAGUGUAGGAUAGUGUAUAGGCUGUGGUGUGCUUGACAUCGACAACAUAAUCGAGUGUCCUUCCUGUUUCUCAGUUUUGCUCCCCUCCUUUCCACCUACCAACCUUCCCCUCCCUCUUGGUGGAGAUUCAUUUUGGCUACAGCAGGAAACAGUGUGAAUGUCUGCAGAAAUAUUCAUGUGCCUCAACAAAGAAGUGGUUUGUUUCAGCACAGAGUUAACUUUGAAAGACAGAGCUUCCCCUGCUGUGCCAAAGGAUCAACAGAAGAUGUGGAAGUCAGAUUGGACAGUAGUCUGAGCUAGGCCUGGACGAUAUAGAAAAAAAGCAUAUCGAUAAAAAAUAAAUCAUAUCGAUCGAUAUCGAUAAUUAUCGAUAUAAUUGUUAUAAUUAUUUAACAUAUAUUUUAAUUGCAGCCCUGGAUGUUUUAUGCUAUUGCUUAAUGACCUACUUUAAAUAAAGAACACACAAGCACUGAAUUCAAAUUCAAACCUUUAUUCAACCACCUUUUUUUUUUUACCACAACUGAAAGUUUUUUAAAAAAGAACUAAAAAAAAAAGAAAUCAACUUAAGUGGCCUGAGUGACGUCAGUAAAUACUGACAAACAUAAAGACUAAAGUGACCAGAAAAUCUGAUAAAUAAAUAUUUAAAUAGUCUUUUGAUGAAAACAAACAAAUAUAUAAAUAAACAGAAUAGCUUUAGGUGGGAAUAGCAUACUACCAGUUUUAACUGUGUGGGAAACUGCCCACAGCCUGGUGUCUGAACACUGAAAUAUUUCUCCCGGGGUCGGGAGAUUUAUUUUUUUUAAUUACCAUGUGAUUGACUUAAUACACAAUCCAAGCACGAGAAGCAGGACUUAUCCACGCCGGUGUUGUGUCGUAGAAUGCACCCCUGCCGAAUGCACCCCCUGCUAGUAGCCAUGAUCCAAAUACUCGCGUCUUUGUAAAAUAUGAGCUCAUUUUCUUCCACUUUAAGAAGCUAAUGAGUGGACGGGAUGCAGGGGUGCAUUCUACGGCAUAACACCGGAACGUAUUUCCUCCGCACCCUUCUCACCUUUUCAACCCCUGACCCAUUUUCAUGCCUUGAAGCGCUGUGUUUGAGAAAUACUUGCGGCCGGACACUUCAUAUCGCGGGUCGAGAGUGGCUAGAAGCUGGUCGAAGCCAGGCUUUUCAACGGUAGUUAUUGGCAGUAUGUCCCUCGCUAUGGAGCAUGUUACUGCAUGGGUGAUGUCCUUAUGCCGCUCGGACGCUUUGUCGUAUUUUGGCAAGAAACGAAGUCCAGUUUGGUCUGCUUCACAUGCUUUGUGCUGGUGCUGGCAGCGGUUCCAGAGGAUUCCUCCGACGAUGACGUGGAGCCGCGGCGCGGCCGACACAGCUCGUACUCCUGCGGGUGCGAUCGGUUUAGAUGGUAAAACAAGUUGGUUGUGUUACCAGACUUCGUUUUUACUAAUUCUCUGCAAAUUUUGCAAACGACCGCUGUUCGCUUUUUGUCAGACUUCUAAAAACCAAAACAUUGCCAUGCUGGUGAACUACUGAAACCUUUUUUCGGGACAAUGUCCUCCGCUUCUCCUUGCUGUAUCAUUUUUUCUAAUACACGUGCUGUCUGUUGUGGUUUGAUAGGGGCUGGGCUUGGUGCCGUAGCGUACCUGGGUCUGCGUUUGUGAUUGGUUGGGAGGGAGUAAUGACUGUAGUAAAAGCUACAUGAUAGGCUAUGAUGAAAAAGAAAGGGAAACUGUGUUUUUCUAUCGAACUUUUUAUCGACCCGUUUUUUUUCUAUCGCACCACACGUCUAUCGAUCGAUAUAUAUUGUUAUCGAAUUAUCGUCCAGCACUAGUCUGAGCUGCUCUGGGUAUUUUAGCUCUCUGGGCAGAGGCCCUCCUCAUAUGUUUGGGUGACCAGCACCAGUCGUUGAAAGUACCUUCAGUUGAAAUGAAGACCUUGUGUUUUAAAUGUAGGUUUUAUGAUGACACUGGAAAGCUUUUGGACUGAGGACAAAACAAAAACUUACCUUAACAUUCACUCUUAGCUGAGGCUCAGUGGUAGAGUCAGUCGUCUCCCAGUCAGAAGGUUUGGGGUUCGAUCCCUGUCUAAAUGUCGUAGUGUCCUUAGGCAAGGCACUUGACCCUACCUGUCCCCUCUGGCUGUGCCCAGUGUUGCUUGAAUGGGAUAAGUCUAAAACAGAUGAGCUCUAUAGCAGCCUCUGCCACAAUCAGUGUGUGAAUGGGUGAAUGUGACAUGUAAUGUUGAAGAGCUUUGAGUGGACAGAGGGAUGGAAACACAGCCCACUUAUUCCAAUAUUGGCCUUUAGGAUCUUUCACACUGUGACUCAAAGACCUCUUUCAGAGACACAGAGACGAUAGAGGACUUUUUACUACAGCGUCAUUAGAGAAGUGAAAACAGUGCACAACACUGUUUGACAGGGUGUGAAGAGCUCCAGGCUUUGGCCUCAUUUGACAUUCAAGCUGGAGUUUCAAUUAUGACUAUGCUGUGUAAUGAUACACGAUUGCUGAGAAUCUACAAUGUGUUGGGCCUUCAACCAGUAUGGUAGAGUAAUCAAAGAGCAUGUAGGCCAGAAUAAGGCUCAGCAUUUUGGGUUGAAAAAUAAUUGCAACCCAGUGCACAACCUGCAGUUUGCAUAAUUACUUCUUAGGUAUGGAUCAAACCUCUGAUGCCCAAAUGUGAGGGGAAAAAAGCAUCUCAGGGAAAAGUCCAAAUCUAGAAAAUCAAAGUAGAAAAAUUGAAAUGGAAUUUGAGAAAAGGAUUGAAAUCUCAAAAUAAAGUAGAAAUUCAGCUUAAUGAAAAAGUUAAAGAAAAAAACAUAAGUCCACAUUUGAUUCCAGGCAUUGUGGACAGUUUCUAAAUGAACAGAUUAAAUGUUCACUUUUUCUGACUCUUAAUACCACCUUGUUUAUGGAAAUUUCCGCUUUAAUCUUCAAGUGCUUAUGAAGAAAAAGUUCCUCUUUCAUCUCUUCACUUGUUUCUGGCCCUGUUACUCUCUGAUUCAUCACUUAUCCUUCAACCAGUGUGGUGGAGUUAGAGGUUAGAGGCAGAGGAUGAUGUUUGGAAAUUUGGAUUUCUGUUCCCAUCAUGUGCUGUAAGAAAAAAAAUGUUGAAAUAAGACAAAAUGCUGAAAUAAAUGUAUAUAAAGAUUUAAUGAAUUAAGUCAAAAUGUCAAGAAAAGUUGUCAGUUUAAUGACCGAAGUCCAAAUGCCCAGACAACAAUUGAGAUUAAGUUUAGAGAAUAAAAUUGAUGGUUGCUUGGGUGACACCAUGUUUCCUCAGAAAACUGGUUGUGGCUCCAAACACUCUUUCACACAGGAGUCAACAGUCAAUCUCUCCUGCACUUUUUAUCAGUUUCCUUUCAAAUAAAAAGCCAAUAAGUUAUCAUUUAUCAGGCAUUUAGAAACACAACAUGUGACCUCCUCAUCUGUGCGGUCUGCAAUCCAACGUUAUUUUUUAACAAAAGUCAUCGAAUGCAGAGCAGUGCUGGUCCAUUUUGAAUUGUUUAGUCAUCAUCUUGCCACAACAACAUAUAAAAAUACAAUACAUGGUAGAGACAUGUAUGGAGAUGACCGUGAACUUGAGUCUGUGUGUGCCCAUGGCUGUGUUUGAGGUAAAAACUGAUGUGAUCAGACACAAAGCUGGCUCACUUUUAUCACCAGGAAGCAAAGAGUGUCUACACCUCAGAUAAGCAAAAACCUGGUCAAAAGUCAAGAACCAGUUGUGCAGUACUUUCCUGAUAUUUAGAGGGCGCUUUAGUACACAGGACUUCAGGGUUGACAGUGGGCUUUCCUCUGACUCCCACCCAUAGUUUAGUAUCAGUGUUUUAGCUGCCACUGACCAUGGUGCUCACACGUCAUAUCUAUACUGAAACAGUGUGUGUGUUAUAUCUAUGCAGAAACCACAAAUGAAAGCUGUGUAAUCCCGCAGUAAAUAAACAUAAGCAGCCUGUCUCUGAUGUAAAGCACACAGGAUGUUGGUUCAUCGUCUGAUCCGGUCUGCUCAGCAUGCCCAGAGUCCUAAUUUGAACUAAUUAAUGAAGUCAUGCCGCCGAAUCUUUGUGUGUGUAGAGGCAUUGAUUCAGUGGAUUUAAUGUCAAUCCAUGCAUUGACAGAACUCAUACAUUGACCUGUGAGUUUUGUCUGUGUUUGUCGAGGCACAGUAGAGAGAGGGAAGUUAGACAUGCCGAGGUAAGCCUGAACUAUUUAAGCAGAGAGGCUGAAAUCCACUUUGGAGAUGGCAUGUGCCCAUCUGCAGCACACAUGGAUCUUAAAGGAAAUGAGAGCAACGCACCCAUUUGUCUGGUUCAUGUAGUGCUUAUAACAAACCUAUGAAUAAUGAAAGGACUGAAUACAACCUCUCUGUGCCCUGCACCCCACUUUAUACCCAGAUCCUUCAGACAGGUCCCUGAAGCUGCUGCAGGACCGGACUCUGUAUGUGUGGUCUCAGCAUAACUUUCUCCUUAUAAUGGUAGUUACUGUCCAGCUCCACGUUGUUUUAAAUCAUUAGGUAGAGGAAGAGGGAGCAAAGAGGCAGAGGACUUUGGACAACAUGUGCCAAACCACAUCCUCAGUACAACACACACUAUUCAUCAGUUAAGCAUGGCGCACGUUUAAAAAGCCACUGAUUGAAGCUUUAAACAGAGAUGUUUUAAAACCACAGAAUCACAAUUCAGGCAGUAUCACAUGCACGCACGCACACGCACAGAUGCACCUGUCAUAGCGCACAUUAGAGUUAGAGAGGUGUCUCCUGUGGACUUUGGGUAAAAACCCUGCUCUCCACUCCAUAGUAUUGGUGGACACAGCAUCUGCCCUACAUAUUGUAAAAUCAAUAUCUGUUCCAAGCCCAGAUUUGUCAGUGUCGUAGUUAUGCUGUGCCAGCUCCACAGCUUCUACCUAACCCAAGUAGAAGGAACAAGUUAUUUAAUCUGCCCUAAAUGCUGAGGCGAACCAGCUUUGAUUUGAAGUGACACAUUGCUUUGACAUGUGACUCUUGCUGGGGGAGGUUUUAAUGCUGCACAAAGUAUCAAGUGCCCAAAUAUUUAGUCCUUGCGUCCAGCCCAGCAGGGUAUGGUUCUAUCUCUGGGGAAGAGCUUGGCUCAGGGAGGAUUAUGGGAUAGUGCAUCAGGAGGAGGGGAGGUUGAUUUUAAGAUGAUGCCAUUUGAAAGCCAGCGUUCAUUACAUCCAUAAUCCAACUGUUUGGUAAAAGGCUGGAAACAGCACUCACACACAUUGUUGUUGCUGUUGUGAUUGAUGUUGUUGUUGUUGUUGGUGUGUGUGUGUGUGUGUGUGUGUGUGUGUGUGUGUGUGUGUGUGUGUGUGUGUGUGUGUGUGUGUGUGUGUGUGUGUGUGUCAGAUCAAUCAGGACAGGGCGACAGCUGUCCUAUGGGGAUUAGCUGUGUGUGGCUAUAGAGUGUGUAUCCUGUGGUCCUGACUUUAGUCUGCUCUACAUACACAGACAAACACAGCAACGGGCUGAUUCUUGGCCUCCAGACUUUACACAUAAUGACAUGCUUUCACUCAGAUGUUUGUCCUGUAAGUUGUGAGUCAUAACAUAUCAUUUUAGCAAAGCCGUAUAAAGCCAAACAUAGAAAAAGCCUCUCAUGAAACAUAAAGACAUAAUGUUAGUAGAACUGGACAGUGAUGAGGCUAAAAGCAUAUGCUGGUGAUAGAAAUGGCAGGAAAUACGUGGCUGAGUGUGUAUAGUUGUGUUUAUAAAUAUAUUUAUAUUCAUGACAUACUCUGUAAAACAUGAUUGUUAGUCAGGUGCAGUUUUUUUCUGAUCCAGAUUGGCUGGUCUAAAGGUCUUUAUAUUUUGACCUCGUAACCCCCUUCACUGCCCAUUUUCUGAAGCUUGCUUUCUUUGGAUGCACUGAAUAUAAACUGUGGAUCACAUUAAUUUUAAUGGCUACACUUGCAGUGCAUGGGAAAGAGCUGUGCGAGUAACGGUAGAAUAAGUCACCAAGGGUUUGUGUCCUCUGUUUUUGAACCCAGCACAAGUUUGUGAAUCUGAAACUUUUUUACACACUGCAAAAUAAGAACAUCUACAUGUACUGACAUUAAACAGCUAACAGCUGGUGCUGAAUACUGAAAGUUAUCUUAAUAAACAUCCCUUAAUUAUUUUGAGCUUUGAUGAAGUAGUUAUACAUGGUUAACAGCUAUUCGUUUCUCCUGUUUGAAUGAUGCUAGUGUAUUGGACAGAGUCUAAGGGGGCUUUCACACCUAUGUCAUUUGGAUCAGACUUUAGGACUUUUCUGUUUAGUUUGAAUCAAAAUGAUAGGUGUGAAACCUGCCCAGGAUCUUGGUCUGGACCAAACAGCCAGACCUUGGUCCGACCAAAAGAGGUGGUCCUGGUCUGGAUCAAACUGAACCACGGUCUGGUUCAAGUACGUUGUGAAAGCAUUAUUUUGAAAGGUUCGGACCUUUGUACCAGAGACAGGCGCGAGGAGUAGAAGUGUCUGUUAUUAUGUUGGAUUGAGAUUGUCCAUUCAACAUGGAGAUUUUAUAAUAUUGUAGAUAAAGUUAUUCCUCACUAUAAUAAUAAUGCAUCAGAUUUCAUAUAGCACUUUAUCAGAGCCCCUCAAAGUGCUUUACAUUGGAUACAUCAUUCAUUCACUCACACAGUCACACUUCGGUGGUGGUAAACUUCCUUAGUAGUCACAGCUGUCCUGGGGCAGACUGACGGAAACGUGGCUGCCACCACACAACACUCUCAAUCAUACACCAGUGGAGGACACACACUGGGAGCAAGGUGGGUUAAGUGUCUUGCAAGGACACAACGGACAGACUUGGGAUAGGGGGGAAUCGAACCGCCAACCCUCCAGUUAUUGGACGAUCGCUCUACCUCCUGAGCUACUGCCGCCCCUACUAUUGACAGCUUAUCUUUUCAAGAGUUUUACUACACAUACUUUUCUCCUGAGCCGUUGUUGCAAUGACUCGCAGGAUUGCAUACUUUCUUCAACUUUCUUGGCGAUGUCGAUAAAGUUGUCCUCUAAUGAUGAAAUUCAUGAGACUUCCUCAGACCAGCCUCAUGUACAGCUCUUCAAGUUGUCGCUGUUAUAGAAAAUCAAAAAUAGUACGAUGGUGGGAAUGACGAUUUCAUGCUUUUCAAAGUGUUGACGUCAGACGCCCGCAGGCCAAAUGACAAGUCAAUGUAAACCACAAAGACACGCAAAGCACGUAGUUGAUGACAAUUUUAUGUAGGUUUGUCAUGUAGUCUGUUAGUCCGUUUGCAAUAAUGACAGUGUGAAGCUGAACCAAAUGUAUAUAUUUUCUGCCCCUUUGCAGUAGUAAUGGCAGUGGUAGUGGUGGUGGUAGUCGUACUUUAAGUGAAUAAUAAUGAGCCAUACAGCAGAGUUGUCUCAGCAUGAGGACAGAGAAAGUGGUUUUGUUGCUUGCUUGUUCAGACUUUUGCAUCCAUCAAAACAGAGAAAAGAACUGAAAGCAGGAAAAUGUCGACAAUCCAAGAAAUAUGGCAAAUUGGUGUGAUCACCUGCAAAACCAUACUGUACAGAUAUUUAACUACAAGGAAUUGAAAAUAUGUGAUUAAAAAUCUCCCAUUGAUGAUAGAAUAAUGCAAAAAUAUUUAUUAGUCAGUUGGGUGUUUCUUUUCAGAUGAAGCAUUGAUCAGCUGGCCUCAAAUGAUGUGACAGAAAAUAAUGAGCUCUGCAGGUCCCCUUAGCUUUACUGAGUUUUUAAUGUACUUUGUGCUGGUUGUUAUUUUUCCUGAAAGCUCUGCUGUCAUCAACUCCAUUUCCAACGCCAGCGGGCAGCUGUUUCCCAUGGAUAAACCCUGAUAUUACCUCUGUGAUAGUCUGCAGUCUCUUUGUUAGCGCUGAGGAGGUAGAAGGACAUGAAGUGCAUCUGACUGCCUACUGAAAGAGGACUUUUCCUUUUUAAUAAGCAUAAUGAUAGUUUAAUUUUGACCAAGGGUUUGACCUGCUUUGCUCUGACCUUCAAUGUACCUCAUCUGACAUGAUCUCUCUCUAACUCUAAAAGGAAGCUGUGACUAAGAAAUGAUCCUGUCAACAACAGAAUAAGACUACAGACGGGCAUUUCCACUGAGGACAUUUUCACCAGUGGGGUAAUAGUUGGGGUAUAGCUCUUGUAUUGUAUUGUAUUGUCUAUUCUUGCACUCGGGUGUGAAUGUGAAUAAUGUGCCAUUUCGUUCUAACCAUAAUGAUGAUGAGGUGAUAACUAUUAUGAUAAUGAUGAUAAUGGCAACAUGAUGAUGAUAAUGGGACUGUUGUGUUCACAGAUUUUCACAGUUGUUAAAGAUAUAAUCAGUAAAGCUGCACUGAGCUACAGCCUUCUUCAUUUGUGACGAGUGUCACCUUUGGACUCUUAUGAACCACAACGGAAAGGUUGGAAGGUUUCAAAUCUGCUGCUCCUGUGCUUUUUUACACUACUAAUUAUCUACCAUCGUUGACAUUACAUACAGUAAGGCUAUGUUGUUCACAAAAAGUCCUGCUCAAACCCCCCAGUUUAUUUUAUUUUAUUAUUAUUAUUUUUUUGUCAAUCCUGUUUGUUUUUCAGGACCUUUAUUCUUCAUGACAUUUUUCUGUCUUUUCCCUGCAUUUUGAGUCAUGCAGCAAGACAAGUUAACAUUUGGUGGAAAUUAAUGGUUUACUGUUAUUCCUUUUUUAAGAGCUGAUGCCAAUAAUUAGAGAGAAGGUCGUUCAGUGGCUGAUAUAUAAUAUCAGUGUCAUGGUGUUUUUCUUAUUUGCAGUUUUUACAUUUCAGAAAAAAAAGAUGACCAUCUUAAAAGGGUUGGGAAUCACCAGUGGCCUCACAAUAUGAUAUUAUCGCAAUACUUGGGCCACAAUACGAUAUUAUUGCGAUUUUUAACAUUGUGCAAUACAGUGAGUAUUGCAAUACGAUAUGAUUUUGAUUUAUAAUUUUUUUUUCAACUGUGAAUCUAAUUUAGCAUUUGUCUUUCCUUUAUGUUUGCUUAUUUACACAGUAUUUUAUUUUUAUGUAGCACAUCUUGCAAACCACAUAUGUCAGGUCCAUCUCAUUUGUGCCCUGCUUGCAUUCCUAAUGUCUUUCCCCAGGUGCUGCUAUAUUUGUUGUACUAACUUUCUCCUGCUCUAUGAUGUUAGCUCUGCCAACCUCACUGGACAAACAGUUGAUUUGAUUUUUCCAUUUUCGUAGAUUUUACUUAAUAUUAGCAAUUAAUUUGAAAAAUUGAUACUUGGUAAAUGAGACGAUACAAUAUAUCACCAGACAAAAUAUUGUGAUACUAUGCUGCAUUGAUUUUUUCUCCCACUCCUACACAUUAUCCAGUGACAUGUCAAAGGUAGACCUUUAGUGUAUUUACAAAAUACAACAUACAUUAGCUUGUACUAUAAAUUCCACAACAUGACUGGUAUUAAUUUUAGAAGCAGCAUUAAACAGCAUAAUUCUGCAAAUUUAUGUUAAAUACGCUUCAGUAACAAGUUUAAGUUUGGUGUGCUGCUUUUAGAAGGUACAAACCUGACAUGGUCAAGGGGACAGCAGCCACACUGUCAUGGCUGUCUGCAGUUUCUGCAGACUUUCUAUAUAGUUUUUCAUCAAUGUUGUGAGCACAGACAUCAUCUAAUGCUGAUUAUUUCUAAACUCUAAUGAUAGUUAUUUCUAAUCUCCAUUGACCAGCCUAGUUAAUUGGCCCAACCAGAUAAGCGGUCUGUCACUGUUAGAAAAAAACAAACAAACAAAAAAAAGCACAACAACAUCAAAUCAAUAUAAAUCUUAUUUCUGAAUAUGGCUGUAGAGGAGAAGAUUUGAUGAAUAUUAAUCCUCACCUCAGACCCAUGAGCCUAACUUGAUGGUCACUUGGAAAAAUAGUGUCUCAGUCAUACAGUGUGUCAUGAACAGACUAUCUGAUGAAACUCAGCCCCUCAGGUCCUCUCACAGUGCUUAUAACUAUGAUAAAUCCUGAGGUCUCAGCCCCGUAAGGCAGUGUGAUUUAUUUCUUAGAGAAAAUAGACUUUUUAUUUACUCCUUUAGGGGGAGGAUCAGUGCAAAAGAAUGGCUAUCAUAUUGCUUGCAUUAAAUAAUCUGAUAGAAUUCCUGAUACAACAGCUUUAGUUUCUACCUGAAAGAUUUCCCUGAAGCCUUUUCCUCAGGGAUACUUUAUGUGCAUGCUGUGAUGUGGUGGUAGCCCAGAGGACAACAGAAUGGAGGUCAAGAUGUUUGUAAGUGCUUGUGACUACUCUAAAUGCUUUUCCCUGAGCUGUGCAGAAGGUUUACUUCACAUCAAACUCCUUUUAGUCCACGAAUUCUGUGCUUGUUAUCCAGGGCCAUGUCAGGAGGAAGUUAUGGAGGGAAGCAGAGGAGCAGGAGGAGGGCACAGACCUGUGAAUGGCUUCAUUAACACAGAAGAGAUGGGUUCAUUAACACCCAGCAGCACUGCCUAAAAGGAGAGCCCCACUGGUAUACUAGGAAGAAACAAGGCGUGCUACGUGUGUGUGUGUGUGUGUGUGUGUGUGUGUGUGUGUGUGUGUGUGUGUGUGUGUGUGUGUGUGUGUGUGUGUGUGUGUGUGUGUGUGUGUGUGUGUGUGUGUGAGUGUGUGUUUUCACAGAUGCAGGAGGUGAUAAUUGGUAGUAGUCUCAUGUUUGCUCAGGCACAGAUCUAAAAGUGGAGAUCUUCACUGUCUCAUUGUUUUUUGGAUCCCAGACCCCCCCCCCUAAGUCUUUGUCUCUCCUCUUUUCUUUUCUCUGUUUUUUGCCUUUUUACUCUUUGCCUCCAUUCAUUUUUGUCUUGGAAUACAAAAUCUUUUGCUGGUGUGCAGCAUGUGGCGGGUUGACUGGAUCAGACUUAAUGUAACCAUGGAGCUGCGAUAAUGAUUUUAAUUCUUAAUCAGAUUAUCUAAUAAGGACGAUGUUAAAAAAUUAAAAUUGUCAAAUCGAUUUUCCUCUCUAUCAUGUAUCGCGCCUCUAGGCCACCGUAGGCUCCCCCUUCCUGCGGGAGCACUUCCCAGUUGCCACACACACCAGUGAAAACAAACAUGGUGCUUGCAAAAGGUGAUAAUUUUGUGGCUAAAUAAGGCAAGAGCAAGUCAGUCAUGUGGAAUUAGUACGGCCUCAGAAACUUUUUGAAAAUGGGUUGGAGAGUGCGUAAAUCUGUAAACAACUACUGUUUCAUCUCCGUGUGGAUGCCUAUCUGUAUCUUUCUUGAAACGAUUAUGUUACACACAGCAUAACUCUUAUAUGGCACCUGCACGUGUGUCUGGCCAUUCAACCUUUAUACGCAUGCUCUGUAAUCUUCUUCUGUCUCUUGUGCAUUUCCUCUGCAGCGUGACAGUGCCACUUACUGGCUUGGCAUGUGCACCACAUUGUUUUCAGUGGUUUCAUUUUGAGAGAUGAUUAAAAAACGUAUUAUUAAAGUGGAGUUUGGUGAAGUUGUCAGUGAAAAAAAAUCGAAAUCAAAAAUCAAAUUUUCAGGGAAAAAAAAUCUGGAUUUUAUUUUUAGCCAGAAUUGUGCAGCCCUAAUUUGCAGGUAGAAUUCACUCUUGAUUUGACUAUAUCUGGUAAAAUCCUCCAAUAUUAAACAUUAUUAGAAAAAAAGGGUGUCGAAAUGUUGGUGUUGGCAUGCUGUGUGGAUUCUUUUCUGUCAGGGCUGAAACCCUACUGAGGUUUGAUUUACAGCUGUAAAGGCAUAAUAUUUAUGGUAUGUCAUCCACACCAGCGUCACAGCUCUGCAGAUAUUUUUUAAUGACGAGAUGUAUUUUCUGCAAAGUGAGAAAACUCUGAGUCUUAAGAAAACAGGCAGCAGUGUGAAGUGUGUUUGUUCAGUACACAGGUCCACAACUGUGAGAAAAUGACUGUGUUUAAGACUCUGUGUUCCUUGUCCUUCCUGUGUUUGUUCCAAACCAAUGAACUAUUGAUUAAAGACUGGUGACCGGGCAGGUGGAUCAGCCUCAACAUGGCUGCUCUGUGCUCCUCUAAGCCACUCGGAUAAUCUAUCAGUGUAUUUGCAUGUCUGAUGUGUGUGUGAAGUGUGAUUAGAGGCAGAUCAAUGCCUGGGUUGAUCUCAGAGUCGUAACAAACAACAUUAGGAAGAAGUUGAUGUGAAAGCUGAUUGUUGUAGGUUAACUGCACAGAGGACCUCGUCUGACCAGAGGCUUUCAAUUUUUACAGAUUCACCAGGGAGAAAACUGCAAACAUGCUCACGGCUGUGUCACUGACUUGUGCUGGGAUCUGCAUUGAAAACCUCUGAGGUCAAAAACAUCUACGGUCCAGAAAGCAGUGGUAGCCAGUCAAAUGAUGUGUAAAACAGUAUGUCUCAGAUAUAAGUCACCUGCAGAGUAAUUCAGCAGCCUCUGUGGUGCUGCUCUAAAUGGAGGGUUCCUGGAAUGGCCUUAUUAAAAUGGAAUUGGAAGCAUACUUUGUGACCACAGGUCCAGUGCCCAGUAUGAUUCCUCCUGGGGCUACUUUGUGGUUUCAUGCUGGCACUAUUACAAUUAGAUGAAGCAGAAUAAUGAAGUUAGUCUCAUUUAUCAGUGAGAGUCCAGCAGGACAAUCAGCAGUUGUCACAGAUCUGUGCUACAGAUAUUGAUCGUCUGUCCAACACUACAGGAAUAAUAGAUGGGAGCCCAGGUAAGGAUGAGGCUUUCCUCAAACCUUUUCACUGUGGAAUCUGCAGGCUCCCAAGUGAUUCCUGAUUAUAAUGUGUGUGUGUGUGUGUGUGUGUGUGUGUGUGUGUGUGUGUGUGUGUGUGUGUGUGUGUGUGUGUGUGUGUGUGUGUGUGUGUGUGUGUGUCCUAAAUAGAAACUAAAUUGCAGAGCAGAUUUAUAUGCAUUCAUGAAGCAGAUUUAUAUCUGUGAGCAAGUCAGCAUUUCGUCAUUGUGUUAAUUUAUGCUGAUGCACAACAACAAGAUGCAGCAAGAUACAAUAAACUAUGAUACAAAACACUGUACCAAGGAAAAACAACAUGAUGCCAUAGAAUAUAUAGAGUAGCACUUAACAAAAUAUAUGGUAGAUACAGUAUAAUAAAGUGUAGAUGCAUGGCAGUGGGUCUAAUCACUUAAGAGGCGGUGGGGCAAGGCUUCGCCAUAGAGCCUCUCGAACUCCCAGCAUCUCACUGCUGUAUUGUUUAUGUGGCUUUUUAUCUUUAGUUUUAAUCAAGCUCACUGAGCAGAUGGAUGUCUUGGUCAGUGGAUUUUUAUUCAGGCUGCCACAUGUUGACAAGUAAUAAAACAGAGUUUGUAGUGUUUCCAUUGAGUUGAAACAGUUUGGUUUAAGACUGUAUUGUGCUGUACUCAAUGACACAUUUUGUCUUAUCCAUCAUAUUUGGUGGUAUUUACCAUACCACAGGGCACUUGCUUUCUUCUGCAUUAAACCUGCACGGGGUGAGUAAGUCAUGUGUUCAGAGAGACGAUCAUUACUGUGUAUUAACCACAGUGCUGGUUAGGAUUGGUGACUAAUACACGACGGUUUUCUCCUCAUAAAACUGUCUCUUCACUGUAAGGACCCAGGACUGCUAAUAUUUGCGCUUACCAAUGGCCAUAUGCAAGGAACCGAUUUGGCUUCUAUGAAUGUUGUUUCUUAUUUUAAAGUCACAGUAACAGGAUGAGUUAAACACUUUAUGAACCAUAUAUAACCUAACAUAACCUAUUAUUCAAAUUAAUCAUAAAAUGCCAGUAUUAUACUGUAUAGUAAAGUCAUAAAUGGCAGGUAUUUGCUAAAAGACUUAUUUCAAGGUUUUAGGGAUGGGAAUCACUAGUGGCCCCAGGACACGAUAUCAUCAUGUUACUUGGACCAGGAUACGAUAUGAUUGCGUUUUUAACAUUUUGCAAUACAGUGAGUAUUGGGAUACAAUACAUUGCGAUCUAUACAAUUUUUUCAACCGUUUAGCUAAUUUAGCAUUUGUCUUUCCUUUAUGUUUGUCUUAUUUACACAGUAUUUAAUUUUUAAGUGGCACUUCUUGCAAAUAUUAUGUGUCAUAUAUUAUGUAAUCUCAUUUGUUCCCUGCUUGUAUUCCUAAUGUCUUUCCCCUGGUGCUGCUAUAUUUGUUGUACUAACUUUCUCCUGCUCUAUGACGUCACCUCUGCCAAACUCACUGGACAAACAAUUGAUUUAUUUUUCCAAUUUCAUAGACUUUACUUCAUAUUAGCAAUUCAUUUGAAAAUAAACAAUACUUGGUGGAUGAGAUGAUACGAUAUAUCACCAGACAAAAUAUCCCAAUACUAUGCUGUAUUGAUUUUUUCUCCCACCCCUACAAGGUUUAGGGACAUGAAUUCUAAUGAAAAAAUCCUCCCAGUUUUAAUGCCUAGGGAAAUGAGAAUGUGAAAUGUGAACAUCUUCCAUUAAAAAGGGAAAAACGUAUGCCCACCCUGUUUCUUUAAAUUAAACAUAUUGCAGUUAUUAUACGGCCCCUGAUGUGAUUAAUAAUGUAUGCUUAGCAGCAGUGGAAAACAACCCAGUUUCUUUGCAGUCCACUAGACAGGCCAUUUCACAGCUGUGUGUGAGGUGUAUUUAAGAGGAGAUUUUCCCUUCAACACAUAUCCAAGUGCAUUAAGCCCACCAGCUCUGCAGCCAGGAGACAUGGCGGGUCAGUAAAUGGAUAGACCUGUGAACAGCAGGUGAUGAUAGUGGUCCAGCAGUGGCCUCUCAGAUGCUGUGAGCCCUUAUUGCCUGUGAUUCAUCUAUCAGCCCAGUGCUGUCUUCACAUGGUAAUACCCUUUCAGAGUGCAAGGGAAGACAACAACACAGCUCUGACUCUUUCUGUCAGACUAACAGCUCAGCAUUCACUCAGCCUGCAUGUGUGUUUAUUAGCAACAUAUUGCUCUUUCAGGGCCAUAGCUGAUUGAUUUUGCAUGCUUCACAGUGUAGGGAGGGGGCUGAGGUGACUGAUAAAGCCCUGCCCACAGAGUGAGAGGAGAAGACUGGCUCUUUAAACAAGGGCAGAUGCUAGAAGAAAGAAGGGCUGUUGCCAAGGGAAACUAGGGUGGUGCUGGGAAACCAUGGCAUUCUGCUAGUGAGGGAGUAUUGGUUUUGACAAAAAGGUUUUAAAUUUGAAGUGGGGGAACUCUGCAUCCCAUUGUUCAUCACUGAGGUCAUUUCUGUCUGAAUGCUUGAAAUGUAGUGACUGAUGUUGGUGCAGAUCCAGCUGAGGAUAGGGAAAUAAUCAAACAAAACAGAUUAGACGCCUAUAAACCCAUGCUGCAUUGUUCAGAUUUAUCAUACUUAGCAAAGAGCAAUAUAUUACAGAGACAGCCAGCACAGUGUGUACAAGUUGUCCAUUUCUAAAGUCUUGCAGUAAAUAAGUUGAACGACACCAGCAGGCUUGAUUGAAUUACAUUUCUGAAAUUAUACUCUGCAUUUAUCUUCUGUCUGCAUGGGCUGGCUUAAAAGCAAAAAGAGGGAAGUUGGCCUCUGGCUUUGCUCCUAGACACAGUUUAUCUAGCAACACCCAGCUGUCACUACAAGACACACACUCCCGAACACACGUGCACACAUGCACACACACACACACGCACGCUCACACACAAAGUGCCGGAAGCUUCAAAGUUCAGCAGUAUUUGUGAGAAUUUAGUAAAGAGAAAAUUGUUUUGGAAGAUUCAUUCUUUGGGGGUUUAAUCCUUUUUAGCUCUUUUUGUUGUCUCUUAAUCUUUGUUCGUGUUUGUGUGUGCAAAUGUGUGUUUGUGUGUCUACUGGUUCACAAAGGCCUUCAUACUUGAGUGUUUACUUAUGUUAAUUUUUGACUCCUUUAUCUGAAAGUAUGUGAAGACUACAAAGCAGUGCCACAGCUUGGCCUUCGAAUCAUGUCAUAUGAUUAUUGGUUUGAUGGUCUUACUGUUCUCUGUUAGAGUUUUACCCAGAAGGCUUUGAGAUAAAGUGUAUAUACAGACUGUGUGUGUGUUUGCUGAUCAACCUUUAAAGCUCACACAUCAGCAGUUUGAAUGAUUCCUGUGUUUUCUUGAUCAGUAAUCCUAGUGCACUUCCUAAAUCUGUCAGAUUAGACAGGUUAAAUCCCCGGAGGUCAAAGUCUUUCUGCAGACUACUUAAAUUAUCGAACUCACCCUCAGCACCCAGCAGAGACUAUCACAGCCUUCCUACACGUGUCACUCUCUGUAGGGACAGCACAACAGUAUCAUCACUAGACCUGACAUGACAUAACUUCUGAUAUGAUCCGGUGCCACAGAAGUAAAUACUGAGUGGAUAUGAUCAGGCGUAUCCAUAAUCCAGGUAACAUGUUGAACAGCUGAGUUUUGCUCUGCAAAGAUCUUUUUGAAAACAUAAGGGAGGGUUUACUCCGCAGCAGAACUCAGGAUGAUAGUCCUAUUUGUUCUGUUAACAGUAUUUGCACAGAAUAAUCUCAUGUGGUCCUCAAGAUGAAGUAUUUGAACAAAUCAAACACUGUUUAUUCUCAUCAUCUUCAGCUGUUGGUUUUGUUCACAGCUUUGCAAAUGUUAGUAUGCCAACGCAAUAAAAUGAGAUGGUGAACAUGCAAAACAUGACACCUGUGCAGCAUCAGUGUGAUGUAGACAACAUUCAAAGGAACUAAGUGAACAUAUCUAAAACCAGAAUCCCCAUGCACAGCCUAAAUUGUAAAAUGCAGGUAGGUAGCAGGUCCAAAGCAACCAUAAAUUAACAUCACUGAAACUUUAUUGAAGCCAACAUCAUGCCAUGUUUGUUCCCAAUUAAGUUUAAGGAAAGUCAAGUACAGAGUGCGGCAGAUCUUUUUAUCUAUGAUAAGUAUUUAGGCCUCAGUAAAUUUAUCAAGGGACAAGACAAACCUUGCAUCUGACCUUUUUUUGAUUUGAUUACAUGUGCUACAUGAGCUUAACUGUGCUGCAUGAAAAUACACAGAUUCAAGACUUCUCAUAUGUUGAUUACUGUUAAUCAUGUCAUGCACAGAAACUGUUCAGUUUUUGUGUGCUAAGUUUACCUCGUAUGAAAACUUUCACACCACUGAGUGACUCGGGUCCUUCUGAUGUCUUUCUAAUCAAAUAUAUGAGCAGUGGAGUCGUCACUGAUCCGCGCUGUAGGAGGAUUUUUAAAGAUGUGAAAUGAAUCACUCUCACCAGCCCGCAGGCUCCUCUGACUCCUCAGACUGGCCCAUUAGUCUGGGUGUCAGAGGAGAUUUUUUGGUGCCCCAUUGUGGCCUCAAUCUGAUUUUUCAGGGGUUUUAUUCUGACAUGACAAACAAUUUGAGGAAAACAAUGCUGUUAUCCCUUCAUGAGGCAUUAAAAACUGAAGGGUGUUGACAGUUUAAGUCCAUCAAAUUUUCAAUGGUUGUACUUUUUAAAAAUCUGUGUGCUGACCUCCAAAUCUCCUGUUUAAGGAUAUAACUGGGGCUUAUACCAGGAAGAUGUGUGUGUUUGUGUGCAUGAAGUUUGUAUGUGUUGUGUUUAUAAUGUCUAAUAAGUUUUUAGUUUCGCUUUUUUUUUUACCACGUUUAUUGAUGUCAUACCAUUCGGACAUCGAUCAGGCUGUGGCUGUGUGGCACGUUCACAAUGACAAAGGCUUUUUUGGGAAAUGCACCUCUGCGCUCUUCCAGUCUCUAAAUGAACAUUUUACAUACUAAUGAAAAAAGACAUUUCAUCCCUAUCAAUUCUUUCCCUAUCAGAAUUUAUUAUGGACCAGUGGUAAUGCUUGGAGGCCCAUCAUUCAUGAUGAGCAUUUAACACGUCUUUGUAAAAAUAUACUCAUUAAUGCAUUUAAAGACGCUCUCCAAUAAAAAUCAUGUUUUUCUAGUUGUCUACAUGUUCAUAUGGCAUUUUUCUGAUGCUACAGGGCAUAUCAUGAGAAAAGUAAGUACGAAAUUCUAUUUCUGAGUAUUUCUGUAUUGAAAUAGUUGUGAAUCUCUGGCAGACCCAAACAGAAGGCUCAGACACACUGGCCCUCAUUUAUCAAGCUGGCGUACGGCAGAAAACUUGCGUACACCUUGCGUACGACAAUUUGGACGUGAAGAUUGACAUUUAUCAAUCUGUACGUGAGCGUAUGCUAUGACCAAAUCUCACGACAGGUCUGACAUUGUGUAUGCAAGUUUGAGUCAGUGUGGAUCUGCGGUGCAGCAAAUAUCUGUCUCAAAAUAAUUGAUAUACAAACCUCCAACCUGUCACCAAGCACAAUCAGCCAGAUUUUCACUAAAGAUUAAUAAAAAAAAUAAAAUUUAAUAAAAUAAAUUUAUUAUGUCCUUGGUGAAUAGGUCUAUUUGAUAACUCUGCCCAGAAACACUGCCACAGAGCAGGAGCACCGUUUUAACAUUGCGUGCACACGCACCACUGUGGAGCGCUGCGUUUGACUCCUAAAAGGCAGGUGUCUCUGUCUCUGUCUUGGCCCAGCACCCGGGAUGUUGUUGUACACUCCUGAAAGGGUGUGGGACAUUAUUUGGGCCAGUACAGUUUAGCACAAUGUUGCACUGGCGAAUGGAGUGCCGUUGUCUGUGCCGGUGCAACGUGAGGACCUGAUGCCCAGAGAACAAUAACAAGGAGAGACUCCACAAAGGUGCUGUACAGAGGAGACAGGACCUUAUCUGUGGAUUCUGACAUAUUAAGGUUAAGUUCAGAAAGUGCUCUUGCUAUUUGAUCAGUGAUAAGAAAUCAAAUAGAAAUCCAUAAAAAUGUGCCUCAUGGGCAGCAACACACCGUUUGGUGAGGUUAAUAAUUAUUUUUGUUCAGCCUCUGUCAGACUCUCCAGUCUGCUCUACAUUACAAAGACGCAACAAAUUAAAACUAAAUACUUUUAAUAAUAGGAGCCACCUACCCUAUGUCAUGGCGAUAAACAAAUAUGAGGCAUGUAUGAGAUAUGAUCAUUAUGAGCAAUUUGAUGACUAAUGAUUUAGUCAAACUUCAGCCACUGUCCACUAUUCCGUGGCAGCGCUGUUCACCACCACCAUAAUCCUGCUCCAGACAGGAGAUUUCUGGACUGCUUAAAUUCCAGUUUUGAUGCUUCCAAAGAGAAAAUCUGUGUUAGUUUCCACCACAGAUGUGAGGAUAUCCACUUUCAGCUCAGAAAAGUUUAGAAUCUUUGUAACAAUUCUCCUCUUUCACGUUUGAUCACAGUGGGAGGGGCUUCUGAACCACAAAUAUUUAAGGGCGUGACAUGUUGAUGACGAUCGAUUUCAGCCGCCACAUUUAUCAAGACCCGAUCAUACGUACACUGGGAUUGGUCAGCUAUGAACCCUUUCAUAAAUCUCACGUGUGUCCUGUCAUACGAUGAAUCCUGCGCUCAGAUCUGCGCAAGAUUGAUAAAUGAGGGCCAGUGAGAUUUCGUAGCAAAUCCAAGCUCCGCCCCCGGAGCACCGCCAUGCAGACCAGACUGAAAAGUAGACAGGACAAUCACAGAACAAGUGUAUACAUUAGUAUAUUGCAAUGCUUGUAAGAAAGCUAAUUAUGAUAUUAACUUUUAUCAUGCCCCCAGAAACAUUCGUGUCUAAGAGCUUUCUAGCUCCUAUGUUACCUGCUACUUCUACUACACGAGCAAUGUUAGGCAACUAGCUAGUGUGAAGAGGAGUGUGAAGAGGAGUGUGCAGAGCAGCGCUGUCACCGCCCACGCUCCAGAGGUGAAUUGCUAAUGAGCUACUGGAACUCUGCAGAAGAAAAGCCCUUGAAAAUGACACAGGUAAAGGGAUUUUGGCUAAAAAUGUCAUCAUCACAUUUUAAAGACCAGUGAGGACACUUUAAGUAGUAAAAAAAAAAACGAUCAGAGUGGGUGAGACUUAAUUAGCAAUCCACUAAACACAAACAGGAACUGUAAAGCUUGUCACCAGCUGCAGAUAUUGAGCGUGCAUGAAAAUCUUUUUUUUAAAUCGCAGAACAAAAGUCUCAAGCCAUAAACAGACAGAUUUAAUCAAACCUGUUUAUCUACUGAGAAUAUUCAGAAAGACUCCUUUAGCAAAUCCGGUAGCUCGAUGAAUCCAUGUUGUCGUCUUCAGACAACAGAGGAAAUGAUAUCAGAGGAGAGACAAAAAGUUUUAGAGGGAACAAAAAACCUCUCAGAAACAGUUACCAGACUGAUCUCAGAUGUAUACCUGAUAUAAAAUAGUGAAUUCUCUGAACUGGCAUCAUAUCAAUCAGUGUUUGAGGUUUUUGACCUUGGCUGUGUUCAUCUUCUGUCAUGUUGGUGAGCUGUGCUGUCUCCUUGGAGCCAGCAGCACUUGAAAGCUCCAGUUCCCUCAGCAUCUCAGGUGGGGGUGGGCUGGGGUGGUGGGGUGUUAGAUCAGACGGUUCAAACAUCAUGUAGCAGCACUGGUGUUUUUGAACAUGGCCAUAGAUUAUGUAUGAGCGUUUACUCCAGGCUGGUGGAGAACUUCAGAGAGGGGAGGAUAUUACAGCUGGAGGAGGGUUUCUGUAUAAACAUCAGGAUUUUGGAGACAAAUAUGCUCAACAUGUUUGGCGUCAGAAUGACUUAAGGUGCUUUCUCACCAAAAGCUCCCAGAAUGUAUAGUUUUAGGUACCUCUCUGUGAGGAACUUAAUGGUUCCUAUGACUCAUUGGUGUCUAUGUUUCUACCUGAAGUUCAGGGUAAAUAAUGCAAAUCAGGCCUAUGACAUCCAGGGUGGUGUUUGGAGCUGAAGUUACUCUUCAAGCUCUUUCCUCAAGUCUGUUGAAUUUUCACAAAUCACAGUGAAAGCAGAUAAAGCGUAUUUGAACAUUUAACAACAUCAGUUAGUGGAAUAAUCAGCUACCAGAUUAUCCUUCUCUCUGCUCAGCUGGUGUAAACCCAGCAGAUAGCAUCAGGUUAGGUAGGUCUCUCUCUCUCUCUCUCUCUCUCUCUCUCUCUCUCUCUCUUUCUCUCUCUCUCUCUUUCUCUCUCUCUCUGUGCUGCCAGUAUUUUGUAUGUAAAUGAAGGACCUUUCAGUUUAAGACACUGGUCUUUUUUGUCAGCAGCGCCUUCGGGUCAGAUUGUACUUAUUGUGCAGUAAAUGUAUGGAUCACAAGGACAUGGCUGAUGAAGAAGGUACUGAUCACACCUGAGUGGCCAAACUCCUGUCGUCUAUCCCCCCAGAAUAGUAAAAAAAAAAAAGGGACCCAGCAAUCCCAGGAAAAAAAAAAAGACGUUAUGUCAGUUUAAAAAGCCUCAGUUCUUUGCUAUGUUAUUAUACAAACCAAAAAAGUCAGUUCAUGUGAAUGAUUGCCUCAUGUUUAUCUUUUUCUCCAUGCAGCCAUCAGGUUACACUGAACUUACUAUAGAUGAACUUGUUAGCCUCAGUCUUUGAGCUCAUAGUGAAGAUGGUGAUAAACGGACUUUUAAAAGGGCAGAAAAAAACAGGAAAAAGUCAACAUGCUGUAAGUGAUAAAUCAAAGGUCUCAUUGGACAGCUCUAAUUGAAUCUGCUUCCUGGAAGGAAGAUUAAGGGGUACAGAAUAAAAGGUGUGGUUUAUUAAUAGGUAACUGAAAGUUAAUUUUUCUUUUAAUUUCUUGUCCGUAGGUCAGCUAAUGACCUCUGUUUUAAUUUACUGAAUAUUCAGCAUGUUUGGGUUUUAGACCGAUAAAGUGGGACCAUAAUAGAUGUACCUCAGGCCCAGAGAAGUUUGGUAAAGCAUUUAUACUUUGAUUUUUAUGGUUUCCUGCAACUGACAAAAACUGUCUCUGUAGUUUUGGCACCACACAAACGUGGAGGUUUUUUGUAAUGAUCAGAGGAUGUUCUUUGGUAAAUCCCAGAUGUAGCCUUUGGUAGCAGACCCUGUCUCUCCUCUGGCUGAGGUGGAGGAGGCCUUUCUGAACACAUUGACUUGUUGUUAAUAUGCUGACUGUGAUUAGCUGACAUUUGCUGUUGACGGCUUUGUUCUGCAUGAGUGUGCCGUGUCUGCUCAAAUCACACUGUACACAACCUUGGGAUGAUUUCCAGUAAAAUGCGGCCAGGGGUUUGCGUCCCUCUCUCAGGCUUUACAAAGAGCUAUUUCUUCACCGAAGGAAGGCUUUACUUGUCCAACAAAUAAAGAGGAGAAAAUUGCAGGUGGAGAAAAUCCUGCUGUUCCUGCUGAAAUCUGGUCUGAUUUCUGCCUGUUUAUGGUUUUACUCCUGCAAAUCAUCCCUCAGCUUUGGGAUUUCCAGGCAGGCUAAACUCUCUGUGGCCAGGUCCAUUGAUCUCUCCUCUAAUGCUCAUCUAAAAGCAAGACAGGUUUAACAGGACUUUUCUUCACCCUGUUACUCAAGCAUCCAUUUUAUUUCCCUCUACCCCUAACCCAUUUUUCAGCUCUUAAAUUCCCCCACAGCUGCUGUUAAGAAACAGAAACUGCUUCGGAGUUUUGUAUUCUGUAUUUCUUUGUGCCUUGAUGUUUUUUUUUGUUUUUUUUUUGUUUUGGGUUUUUUUUUUGGUGGAUUUAGAAAAAAAUCUGUAUAUUUUGGCAUGAUUUGGUGCUCUUUUCACUCUGACAUCGUUGGUGUUUCAGGGCAUUUUGGUGGUUUGAUGGUUUUUGGUGAAAGGACUGGUGAGAAAGCUGUCAGAGACACCACGAGCAAACCUGAUUUUGAUGUGAGAUGUCAAUCCUCUCAUUAGCUCCCUUAACUUACAGAACCUGACAUGUUUUUUUUGUCAAUGUUUAGAAAUGUCUUCAAAAGUAAAAUAUGGAUGAACUGAGUGUUAAAUAUCCUCUGAAUGUCUGCUGAGACAGCCAACCUUAUUAAAACAAAGCACACUCCCACAUACAACACAUACACAGGUGAGUGACAGAAUGUUCCACCUGCUCUGACAUCCGUCUCCAUCCUUCUCUCGCUCUCUCUGUCUCUUUCAGUGAGCUUUAUGGACUGCGGUGGAGGGAAAGUGUGGUUGGAGGUUGGAGAUUCUUCUGACUUUAGGGUGAGUCAGGAUGGUGUGGUCUACACCCUGCGGCGCCUCAACCUGAUAGGAAAAGCCAUGGUGCUGGUCUAUGCUCGGGACCUGCAAUCGAAACAAAACUGGAAGACCAGAGUGCACCUCCAUGUCCAUUCAAAAGGACAGAGUCCAGGACCUCCAAAGGUAACGGGAGAAAAUGUGAACACAGUAUUUCUGACAUGUGGUGGGCUCUAACUUUACUUUAGAAACCUUUUGUGUAGACCUGCUGAGAAAACUCCUUUCUACCAUACCACAAAAAUCUCCCCUGUCUACAGUGACUGUGAGGGCUGAAUGAUGUAUUGUGAUGAUGUUGUGAUUGUGAUAGUAGAUGGUAAAUGGACUGUUUCUCCUGACCACUCAAAAGCUCUUUUACAUCACACCACAUCCACUCACUGAUGACAGAGGCUGCUAUUGAGUCCAUCGGUUUUUAGAGUCCACCCGUCAAGUAGGGCUGGGCGAUAAAACGAUAACAAUAUCUAUCAAAAAUUAAUUUCCCUCAAUGUCAAUAUAAAAUAUGGUCAAUAUGCUUUUCGAUAGUCAGCAUUCUGACGUGUUUUGGUCCAAUAUACAAAUAGCCAAUGAAAAGGGGAGUUUCUUCGGGUCCGCUUCGGGCUGAACAAUCAUGUGCUGAAUCAGAACCAAGUAGCAAAUAACUGCAUAGUAGCAGGCUGCAGCUACACAGAACCAUAGCACUUUAACACGUGAAGCCGACAGCACUGUCAGUGAGAAAAAAAGAAAAUGAGUGCUACCCCCAGCAGAAAUGUAGAUGAAGGCUCAACAGAUGAUGACAUCAUCAACAACACUGGCACGAAAACAUCGUUGGUGUGGAGGUAUUUUGUUUUUUUGAGGUUGGACAUGAAACUGAGUAAUGUGCACUGCAAAUUAUGUCGAGUACAUGUUCUAGCAAAAUCAGGGAAUACCUCAAAUCUUUUUUUUACCGCCUGAAGCAGUGCCACGCGACAGAGCACACACAGAGCAAAAGUUUAAGUGCUAAGCAGCCCACGGUCUCUGUGCAGCCGAUAAGAAUAAGAACAAGAAUAAGAAAAACAUAAUUAAACUCCGAAAGGAAAUUCAAUAAAAUUUAAAUUCAAUUCAAUAAGCCUAACCACUCAGUCCGCUUUCUCUUGCGCAACGUCUUACGACAAAACGUUGAAGAGACACAAAGACCUCACAGAUGCAGGAGCUUAUUGUAUUGCAAAAGACAUUCUACCAAUAUGCACUGUUAAAUUUCAUUUAAGAGUAACAGGGAAUAUUUAAGAUUGAGAAGUAAUUCUUUUAUGUCAUGAUAUAUAUUGAUAUCGACUGAUAUGAAAAAAUAUAUCAUGAUAAAUUUUUUUCCCAUAUCACCCAGCCCUACAGUCAAGUGUCUUGCUGUAGGACACCUCAGCAUGUACGCAGCCCUGGGUUCAAACCCCUGACCUUUUGGUUGGGAGACCACUUACUCUCCAACUGAGCCCAAAACCCCACAGGGUUAACACUGGCCUGAGUCUCAGGCUGAGAGCACUAAUGUUUGUGAACUUUCUCUGAGGCAGAAUUACAUUUUUAGACAAACAGAAUCAUUGAGCAGUUUGGAAAUGACAGAUUUUAUUGCUGUUUUAUUUGUUUCAUUUCUCUGAGCUACCACAGGCAGACAGAGACUCAGCUCUAACAGCCUAGCAAGCUUCAGAGGUUGGCCAAGCUCUCGUUGCAGAGACAAAGGAAGUCAAACAGCCAUCUGUCAGAUUGUUUUCAUGUACAGCAGCGAUAAUAAGAUAUUUAGACAGGACACUGGCCUUGAUUGGCUGUUCUUCUAAACACGUCCUGGAAUUAGCCGACUGCCAUAUGCUUUCGCUGCUCUCAGCCUCACAAGCUGUAAAAAGGAGAAUCACACCGAGUGAAAGAAGCUGUCGACAUUUAUUCAUUAUGUUUAAAUUAACACAUACAAAGCAGCCAUGGUAUUUAAUAUCCAUAGGAGCCCUGUCAGAUUGGUGAGCUUUAACUGAGAGGUUCGGGAUGAUAUUGGAGAAAAGUGAGGAGUAAGACAGGCAGGCAUUACACUGACAACCCUCCAAGCUAUAAAUGUCAGUAAAACUCAGACAAUAGCCUGAUUCUGCCACCUGUUGACUGCAUGCCCUCUGAGCUGUCCUGUGUGCUGAGUCAUGCUCUCUGCUUGUCUGGAGUCAUUGUGUGGAUUCAAUGGCAGAAGUGUUACUGAAAAUCAUUUUAAAACCUCAGUGCUGAUCUCAACUCAGGCUCCUACCAAAGGAAAACUCAGACCUAUCUGUUGACUACCUCUGGGAGGGUUUUGUUAAUGACUGUGAUCUUAUUUAUUGUGACAUUAGGACUGGGAGAUUUAGCAAAAUAAAUGAUCAUGAUAUAUUUUCUCAUAUCGUCUGAUUGCGAUUAUUAUCACAAUAUUUUCUGUAUUUUUUUAAACUGUCGGUUUUAAGGCAUUUGUACAUAAAACUAAAGAAACUAUAGAUGAGUUGAACAUUUUAUUAACAUACAAAGUCAAUAACAAAGCAUGUUGAAUAAGAUAAACUUAGAAAAAUAUAAAAACCAUUUUAACUCAACAAUACAACAAAUGUAGAAAAAUACUAAAUAAAACAGUGAAAUAGUUUACAGGCUUGAGUGUUUCUGCAGGUAUGCAAGACCCAAAAUAAAUAAAUAUACCCCUCAGGGAUAAUGAAGACGCCUUAAAUUGUAAACAUUAGAUGAUGUAAAUGUAGAUGAUACCAUUGAUUGCUGCUUUGGCCUGGUGGCUGCACCGCUAGUUGUGGCUAAACUGCUAAUGCUACUAGUGUCGUCAGCAGUGACAGGCUGUGCAGACUCCGCUUGCAUUUUUGUGCUUUCUGCAUAAUCACUCGGGAAGUACCUCUUCAAAUGAUUAAACAGAUCUGUUGUGUUGCCGGUUUUUUGAGGACACAUACCUUGCUUAUCAGCUUAAUUGCUCGACAUCACCUUGGGGAUACCCAAACUACCACCACACAACCGACGUUAAAUAACUUUUCUCCUCAACAAUGGCAUCUUCAGAGGAGGACUCAAAGUCAUGGCUGACAUCAAUUUUGCUUCCCUCAGCUCCAGGUUUAGCUCCAGGUCAUUCUGUUUACUUCUCCUGUCUACUUCUCCAGCAACUCACAAAAGUGAGCAGGAAAAGUAUGGCUCUGAUUGGCUGUUGUCAGACACAUUUCCACCAGGUUAGAUUCAGUAAAUAUGCUCAUAGCUGAUCACCGUAAUUGAACUGAAAUUUAUCACAAUCAUAUAACCGCCCAGUCCUAUGUGACACUCCGAGUUUUGUGUCUUGCUGUUGUCUUUGUGGGGCAACAAGAGCAACUGGACUGCCAAAUUUUAACAUGAAGUAUAGCUUAACACACAUAAUUGUAUCACUGUUUAUAUUGGUUCAACUGUCUUUACUAAAAUAUCUAUUUAAGUGAGGAUUCAGCAGUCAGAGAUGGUGGUAAGGGGAUCAAUAGACUGUCAGGCAAAAUGAACAAAUGAACUUACAGUGCAGCUGUGUUGUGACUGUGAGGAGGUGUAGAAACACAGAAACAACAAGGAAACAGGUUUACAGACAUGUCAGAUAUUCUCGUUAUAAGAGAAGAACCAAGACUUCACCUCAUCAUGGCCUGUCUUCUUCGUGGCUAUACAGUUUAUCAUUAUAAAACAGACAGUCACUGUCGUAGUUCACUGAAUACCAGUUAAUUCCUCGUCAUUACAAAAUUACUGCUGAUGAAAAGCAAAUCCACAUUGUGAAAGACCAUUUGAGAAAGACCACUGUGUUUUGUUAAAAAAAAAAAGACACAGAAUUGAGCUGGACAUGAGUAUUAUUGGUGUUGUUGAAAUUGGCCUUUAACAUAUUUUUUUAUCAACAGAAAAUGAUCAUUUUGAUCAAGGAGACACUUAAAAGCCUGUCACUUUAAGUCUGACAUUCAUUCAUGUCCUGAACAUGCCAUUCAGAUAAACAUCCUGUUUGUCAUGUGAAACUGUGUUUGCUGAGUCAUGUCAUACUUCAUUACCCUGGAAAAGUCCACUGCAGAUAUCCAAAGAACAGUUUUAUGUGGAGUCCUUUUUGCAAUAGCUGUGUUAUCUUUUUUAUUUUCAUUUCUUAACAAAUGAAAAGCAACUGAAUUCGAAACUUUUUAAGUCCUUCAAAAAAAGCAGAAGUAACCCAUCGGGACUUUAAGGUGAACAGGGUAGUUGUGAUGGUUAAAGUAAAUGAGAAGCUCUUCUUUUCCUUAUCAUCCUCUGUUUACCCUGCAGUGUAGCUGCUCCAUGACCAGUCAUGCAGAUUUGUGGUUGCAUAGGACAGACACACACACACACACACACACACACACUCACACAAGGUGACAGGUGGUGGUCAUUUAUCAGACUGCCUAUAAUGAGAGCAUUAAUCCAAGCCACUAGAAUGAGGUCAGAAAUACCCUGAGUCACCAAGCCUUCCCAGCAGGCUGGCUCUGCAGUUCAGCCUUUCUUUGUGCUUUUGUGUGUGUGUGUGUGUGUGUGUGUGUGUGUGUGUGUGUGUGUGUGUGUGUGUGUGUGUGUGUGUGUGUGUGUGUGUGUGUGUGUGUGUGUGUGUGUGUGUGUCUUUAUAUUGCCCAGUACACACUGCUUGUUUACUGUCUCUUCAGGUAAAGCCCAGUGAUGCAACACUGACUCAGCGGGUACAGGAGAUCUUGUUUCCAUGGCACAGCGUGGUUGUCAGGGGUGAUGGUACUCUGAGGCGAGUGAAGAGAGACUGGGUCAUUCCGCCUAUCAACGUCCCUGAGAACUCACGGGGACAGUUCCCUGAGGACCUCGUCAGAGUAAGACACACAAACACACACAUGUACACGCACACACCACACAAACACAAACAACAGCAGACCUGUCUUGGAGAAGCUGUUUGGACAUGUUAUUGACUGUCCCCUCAGAUUACAGCAGAUUCUAUUCAGGUUCAGUCUCAUUGCAAAAACAGUGUAGAGACAUUAGAAUUCAAUUAGGCACCCAACCAGAAGUGCAAAUUACAGCCAUGCGCAAGAUUUAUUAAAGCUAAGAGUAUAUGAAAAUGCUAAGUUACAUCGGAAUGGUAAUAAUUAAUAUAAUAUAACCAUAAUAUAACACUAAUAAAGGCCUCAUCAUCAGUCUCCACCUCAUAGGGUAGAAUUGAACACAGGAAUUCAGAGAGGAUUUCAAAAAAUCAACAGCUUCACUAUAUUAGGUAUCAUGAUAUAAUAUAAGAAUAUCACUCGUUCUCUUCAUCAUAGGGGUGUUGGUCUUUAUAUCUGAAGAAAAUAUGUGUUAAUCAAACUCAACACUUUGAAAUAAAAUGUGAACUGAUGUCCUUUUGGGAGGACAGUUGGAUAAUCUUGUAAUACGCUUGUUUUAAUGAUUGAGACAAUAGCACUGAAUGGGUAUACUAUGUUUUUUGUAGGAAGUGACCAGCAGGGCUCUGAAGUACACUAGUUUCAUGAAUAAGUUGUUACCCUGACUGAUCGAAGUCUGUUUAAGACUUAUCUACUGUUAACAGGUGUGUAAAAUUAAGCUCAUAACAGCUCAUAAAAGCUGGGUCACAGAGUGGUGGACGAGACAAACACGCAGAUGAGGCCAAAUGAGUGCUGAAAUACACCACAUGUGUAAAAAUCUCUUAUCAUCGUUCGCAUUAGUCAUAAAAGAGUUUCAAAUGGCCUCUGGAAGCAACAUCAGCACACAAUCUGUGCAAUGAGAGCUUCAUAAAAUGGAGCAGCUGCACACAAGCCCCACAUCACCAUGUGCAAUACCAAGCAUCAGCUGGAGAUGUUUAAAGCAGGCUGCAACUGGACUUCUGAACUGUGAAUUCAUGCUCUCCAGGGUGAAAAAUGACCCUGUAACUUUCAGUCCAAUACACCAAUCCGGCUUUGGUGGUUUCACAGGAAGGCACAUUUUAAAACGCUAAGUGCCAUAACUUAGGUAUGCUGGAGGGGGCGGGAUAAUGGUGUGGGACUUCUUUCCAUAGUUUGGGAUUUGCAUGGACUUUGAAUUUCAGGGAAGCUUUUUCUUUCAUUGUACAAGAUAAAGGACAGUUUUCCAAAUGAACUUUUCUUGCUUUGUGCAUCAGCUCUAGAAAAUGUCAUCCUUGCUUGGAUGAGAGGUGUUAUUAUGAACAGGGUUGGUGAAGUUUAUUGUGGAGAAACUUGGCUAGUCUGCUGUUGGCCUUGAUUAACAUCCACCGAUGUGAGAGUGUUAAUAUGCACAUCAUCAGAACUUGACACACCAAAAGAGUUUUUAUUUUUAUUUUUUUACUUUAAAAUGUGAAAGGAAUUAAAAUUCAAACGAAUUCCAGCAGUCUGGAUCUAAAAUCCUGUCAGAGCUGCAAAAGGGGGCUUAAUGAUAUUAUGAUGCUCAUGGCUUGGAUAUCCGAAAGCUCUUAAGCCGUAAGCCCAGGUGUCUGCUUACAUUUAGAUACAUAGUGCAGUGUUUCUGUUGUUCAGAUGGAAGACGGCAGAGAGCUGAUGUCUGGUUAGAAGGGGGUCAAGUUCAGAUGAAAGUCUAAGAUGAGUCAGAGUCAGCCACUCAAAGCACUUCUUGAUGGUGGAGCUGGUUCGCUUCAGUGUAGGGUUCUGGCCCCUGAGCAAAUGGAUGGAGUGUGACGCCGUUGUCGUCACUGUUAUAUCACACUUUUGCUUACUUAGGCUCGGUCUCUUGCCUUAUAGAGGUAACUCAGGACACGUCAUGGGAAUACAUCCUUAAAGUUGGAGUGGGUUAGCUUAGAGAGCACAGCACAUUGUUUGUUAAUGACAGGAUGUAAUUCACUCAUCACAAGCUAAGCAGGUGCAACAAGUGGGAUAAAUAUAAUGUAGUGUCAACAGCAGAAAAACACACAAAAUUAAACUGUCAGGGAAAAUAGAAAGGCCCAUAUGCAAGGCUUCAUAAGGUACUCUAUAGUGGCAGAGACAGGUCAUCAAGAUUUAUUCAUAGAGAUAUACUCUCUCUCUGACAGUGCAAAAUAACACUUUCAUCCUCAAACCAAAAACCUACAGGAUCCAUGUGGAGCACGUUCUGUUAGCGUUGCAUCUCUGCUCCGUCUGGCAUAAUCUCAUAAGUGGGCAUGUCAUCACCCACUGGAAGCGUGUUUGCAGUGCAGCAGCAGUGUUGUGCAGCCCUGGUCAGCUGGGGUCAGUAUACAGAAAACAACAUGCUAACAACAGGUUGUUUUGCCUUUCUGUGGUCGAUUUCCUGCUUAUUUAGAUUCUAUUCCAUGACUAUUGAGCUUCUACUGUAUGUGAACAAGCAACAUAAUUUUUAAGUUUGGAUUUUUGCAGGUUUACUUGUAUUUAAUGAAGUAAACUAUGUCCCUUUAUACUGUGCUGUUAGCUUCAGCAGCUAAAAGUCGUGUUGGGGUCCACAUGGAUCAGGGAUUGACCUUGGGGUUGUUCUGUAAUACAGAUAAAUCCAUAACCAGGAAGUAUUUCUCAUCUACACAAACUGAUAAACAGUAAGGAAUCCACAUAUGGUGUUUUAUUUUGGGAUUUACUGGAUUCACUACAUCCUGCUUGUGUUUGACCUUCCUGUCUGAUACUAUCUGCUCUGUGUAGAUUGAUGUAUGUUGGAAAUGUAUAGCAGUGAAAAUAAACUCUGUACUUAUCUUUAGCUGAGCAGUGCGUCGAGACGUGACCUGAGAUGGAGCUGAGACACUUCCUGUGUGCGAUGCUGCAUUGAUUAGAAUGGCAAAAUGUUUGCUCUGUAAAAUGUGACACUGACUGAAUAUGUUCAAAGCACACACAGGUUUCAGGCGACAGAAAAUAUGAUAAAAUUCACAAACUCACAAAAAAAUCCAAGAAUAUAUAGAGGCACACCACAAGAAGCCACAACAGUAGUGAAAAGACUCACAGGCAGUUAGAAUAAUGUUGGUCCACAUGCAUUCACUUUACAAGUGGAAGAACUGACUCAAUACAACACAAUAUUAUAACCACUGGGAGCAUAUCAACUAAAAGCAGCCUCAACUUUGCGUUUCAUCCUUGCAUCACCACUAAAAGCCCAAACACCAGGGCCUAAGAGGUCCACUGAGCCUGUCAGGGAUGUGCUGUUGAAAGAGGGGAUACAGGGUUAAGAUAGAGUGGAAUCCUCCGAAUAAAUGGAGGCUGUGAAAGACAGAAGACACAUAACAUGAUGAAAUGUACUCUCACCUCUCAAACUCCAGGGGCAGCAUUCACUCCAAGUUCUGUGCAGAAAAGUGAUGAGGGCGCACUGCUAUUCAGAGUUUGAGGUGAAAGCAUGAACUGUGUCUUGUUCCCUGAAGAAAAGCUUCUUACUUUGGAAAAACCUAAAGAAAAUGUUCCUGGAGUGAAGAGGCUGACAAAGCCUGAUAGUAUGAUUGCCCUGUGAUCCACCAAAGUCUCUCUGCAACGUUUUAGUGACCAACAGAACAACAUUCAGCCUCAUGAUUGGCAGCGUCAAGAGGGACUAUUGUUUUAUGCUGUUGGAGAAUUGGCAUAGGCGACAUAGGUGGUUUGAGUAAUUUUGCCUAGGGCACCAAAAAGGCUGUAUUGAAUAUACUAAUACAGCCCCUAGAGUCAUUCCAGGGUUGGUUUUACUAAGUGGUCUAUAAAUCUUCAUAUUGCGGGACUUCAGGUUCUACUUUUAUGAUGUCUCCUCCAUCCAGACCUUGUCCUCACAUUUAUAUAGUACCUGCUAGUAAGUUUGAUCUGCAUCUGCUGAGCCUGUAUCCCUCCACUUUGGCUGAUUUGGUGCUCUUGUAAAAAGGUGUUGUGGGAUUUCUCUGUGGGGGAAAUGUCAAAACCUUUCAGCAGCUUAAAUUUAGAGACAGGCUUUACAAGGUUUAUCAAUUUUUCCCUCACAGGGUUAAUAGCAUGUAGUUCAGUGCUUUCAUUAUUAUUACAUUUGUAAUUUUAUCAGCUCAGGCUUCAGCAGGACGAGGCUGGUCCACUGGAUAAAGAGAAACCAGUAGCUGAUUUUGAAGUGAUGUCAAACAACAUUAUAAAGAGGUCUUGAUCAGGGAGACUACUAAGACAAAUCAACCCUUGGUGAUAGUGAUGGUGGUGGUGGUGAGGUCCUCUGAAAUACCCUGACAUCCACAGACCCAUGAGAGUAGAGUUUGGUUUAUUUUGUGCUUUGAAUUUGAUCAUUUUGAAAGUCACUAACCACCUGAACUGUUGUUGAUUUUCCCUGAUCUCCUUUUCCCUCGUCUGUCUGUGCUCUAGAUCCGCUCAGACCGAGAUAAGAAUCGAAUGCUGCGCUACAGUGUGACAGGCCCUGGGGCUGACCAGCCUCCUACUGGCAUUUUCAUCAUCAACCCAAUCUCUGGCCAGCUCUCCGUCACCAAGCCUCUGGAUAGAGAGCACAUCUCCAACUUCCAUGUAAGUCUCACUCAACUGGAUACUAAAAUAAACAGUAAAGAAAACUAAUGAAACUUACUUUUCAUUUGGGUUUCAUUGAAAUUCUGUGAGUUAAUGUUUAUAAAUACAAACAAGUCUUCAAUUUUAAUAAACCUUUAUGUAGGACUCAGCGCAGCUUUAGUAGUCCUCUGUGAAGAGGACUGGAAAACAUGCUCAAAGGAGUGAACCAUCAAACUACAAGGUUAUUGGGUAUUGAGUAUAUUGGGUUAUUUCUUCAUGUUUUCUACAAGUAACACUGUGCUGAGCUGCACACAAAAAAUGGUGGUCACAGUUUAGAGAAGAAUGACCAAGAGGUCAAGAACAAGGCUUGUGGAGUUUUAUGCAACUUUGGCACUGAGAUGAAGUUCAACAUUUUAGAAAAUAUAGUUCAUUGCUUUCUUACAAAGAGUGAGGUGAAAGAUUACGUUAGCUUGAGUCAGGCGAACACUAGCUUAGCUUAAGAGGCUGAAAAGGUUCGAACAGACCUUUCUCCACCCAGAGUUCAAACUUUACCUCUUCUGAAGAACUAAUAAAGGGAUUCUGUCCUUUUAAUUCAAUCCCAUCCCUCUGUUCCUGUGGAGUUUCAUUGGAGGACUGUUCAAACUGCAUGACAUGCAGCUGAACACUUUGCCGUACGCUCUAACCCUCUCUUUCCUGAGAAGUCUAAAAGUACUUUUCUUUUGCUUCUCUUCCUGCUUCAGUUGAUCGGUAAACUGGCUCAGGGCUGCCUCACCAUCUCUCAGGUUUUCAUUUCCAUCUCUGCUGUCACUCUGCUGGAUAUCUCACAGAGAUGAAGAGAGGAAAUUUAAAGAAGAAUCUCGAUGUUUGCUCGCUGUAUCUAAUACAGUCACACACACCUCGGAGAGCAGACUCUAACCUUUUGAUCUGUAGGAAUGCACACACACCAGUCACACAGGGGAGUGGAAAUCUGGAGUCGCAGCAGGGUAAUUUGCAUUUAAGCUGUCUGAUGAAUAUUCAUUGGAUAGGACGUAGUUGUCAGAGCUAGGAGCCGGCAUGUUUAUUCAUGAGGGAGUCUUUGGCUCUUUGAGAGCCUCAUACAGAUGCUUCAUACUUUGUAAGGAAUGGUUUAUUAAGGUUUCAAGGCCAAUCAAUAGAUAUAUUCAGCAUUUCUGACUAUUUUAUGUUAAAUAAAUACACGCCUUAGGCUGGCUGUUUCAACUGGGAACAUCAAAGAGGGCCAGAAAUGCUUGUAUGUUUUCCAGCAGUGUAGUAUUAGUCUUGUAUGCUAUUGAUAGUACAAAAACUUAAAUAAAAACUUUAGUAUCUAUUCUCAAGUUUUAAUGUGUUACAUUUAAAGGCAGCUGGUUAAAACUAAAAAAUUCACUUGUUUCCAAACUCAAUCCUGCAGAGUAAGGCUCUUCUGCUGAUGUAUUCUUAUUCAGGUAAAAAAAUCAGGAAGCACAUCAAUAAUAAUCGGUCAUAAAACAUAAAAGUCCAUAAACUACAAAUAUUUGUCAGAUCAUCCAGGUUUUUUUACCAUAAUCAAUCAAUGCAGUUUUAUUUAUAUAGCGUCAAAUCACAACAAUCCUUUUCCCAAGCCGCUUUUCAGCAGAGCAGGUCUUGACCAAGCUUCUUGUUUGAUGUAUUACAAAGACCCAACCUUGAGAUGGGAAAGAUUUAACCCAGCUCAACCCAACAUGAGCUAAGGUACAAUGGAGAGGAAACACGUCCCUUUAACAGGCAGAAACCUCGAGCAGGAGUCAUGUUAGACAGCUACCUGCAGCCACUGAGUGAGAGAGAUUGUUGUUAUUGUUGUAUUGAAAUGCUUUGGCAAUUGAAAUUGAAAUGGGGGGGGGGGGGGUAGAGUCUGGUCUUGCCCAAAGUUUCUGCCUCUUAAAAGGAAGUUUUAAGAGGCAGUUUGUGUUUAGCUUUAAGUACAACCUCACAGAGCUUCUCCUGAGGUCGUAGACAUCUUAUUUAAGUCUCAGUAGUAUUUCUUUUAAGAAACCGCUCCAUCUCUCAUUUUAUAGCAUUUACUGAACUGUUUCCUGCUCCACUGCUGACCAGAAGAACAGCUGAUGGAGAGUGUGUGUCUGUGUGUCUGUCUGUCUGUCUAAAUAUAGUUGCGUGCCCAUGCUGUGGACCUAAAUGGGAACCAGGUAGAGAACCCAAUCGACAUCGUCAUCAAUGUCAUUGACCAGAAUGACAACAGACCAGAGUUCACACACACCAUCUUCAAUGGAUCGGUACCAGAGGGAUCAAAACCUGGUAAAAACAUACAUGUGCAGAUACACAUGCCAGUAGAUUGUUAAUGUUACAUCUUCUCAGGUGCAUCUGUGUGAACUCGUUCUGUGUCUCCCUGCAGGAUCCUUUGUGAUGACAGUGACAGCAGUUGACAAGGAUGAUCCAAAAACUGCCAACGGGAUGCUGCGAUACAAGAUCCUUUCCCAGAAUCCCCAGAGUCCCUCCUCCAACAUGUUCACCAUUAACAACAGGACUGGUGACAUCAUCACAGUGGCAGCAGGCCUUGAUCGUGAGGUGUGUUUGUCUUUGUGCGUGUGGGUGUGUUUGUGCACAGGGAUGGACACUUGCAAGGCUCAUCUCCAAACCCAUAUGGAGCAGCUGCUCUCCAGCCUGUGAGGGUCUGUCCAGCCUGCAGUGAUUCCUGCAGGAGAAAGACAGCUUGCAGCUUUUUUUCUGGUGAUAUUCUUACAUCAAUAGAUGCUACAGAAUUGUCUGUCUUUUAUACAGCCUUGCUAUUUUUGUCCUUGAGUACAGAUAUAACAUUUAUCAAGACCUUUUAAUCAAGUUUGCCAUCGUCAGUGUUUUUCUGAACUCAUGUUCAUCACAUUUUUACAUGACAGUUGUCACGUCAUAAGGAUUAAACAGUUCUUACAGAUGUUCAAAUGGUAAUACUUAUUUAAUACAACUGCAGUGAUUGGUCAGGAAGAAACUCUAGACUAGGGUUUCACUUACCACCUUUUUCUGGAGCCAUCGGUCCAGUCUGUGUUUACCCCAUAGACUGUAUAUAGAAUGGACAGAGUCUGCCUCCUCGCUGGGUGAAGCCACUCCACGAACAGCACCCUCUGUUGAUGGGCUGCAGUAUAGGUCAUAAAUCCCGCCUCUGCCAGCAAAGCUUAUGGGACUGUGGACCAACUUUAGAAAUUUAUUGCACAGAACAUAAUUUUUUCUCCCCCCUGCUUGUGAUGUUGUUGAAGUUAUUAGGGGGUUCAUGUUGGCUAUGAUUGAAACCUGAUACAGCCUAUGGGCGUUCAGGGAUUGCGUAGCUCUCCCAGGGGAUACGCUGUUUGAGCUGAGCAUCAUCACAGCGACUCUCUGCGACUGCACGGCCGAAUGCGCGCAUCGCUACUGCGCAGCGCUGGUUUCAGGAAAUGAAGAAAAAUCCCAGAAUUACCGAGAGCUAUUUGGCUUCAAAUCCGUAAACAGGCGGAAGGCGGAACCAAGUUGUCCAUAAUAUAUAUUCAGUCUAUGGUUUACCCUUACACCUAACAACAUCUUUAGGGGCUUUGAAAGUCACACACUAAAGUUCUUAGUUGGACAGAAUUGUCAGAGUUUUGCUCCUGUGAUAUUGGUGGUUUGGUGUGAGGGGGUCGUUAAACUCCAUCUGAACCAUUUGAGGACAUCCUUUUCUCAUCUUGGUGUUAAGAUUAAACACACACAUGCAAUAUCAUCUCAGGCCUUACUCUUGACUUGUGAAGUUUAGUGACAUGAUCAUUUUCAAAACAACCAAUGGGUGCACACUUCCAAACAGGAAGUUACAAACUUGUAUAAGAAACAUGAUAACAAGGUCUGUGGAAACAAAGGAGGGAGUGUUGUAGUUAUGGGGGGAGCAAGAAUGCUUCAGACAUGUACUCUAACAUAGAGGAGAAGGACACAAGUGGGCAGGAAAUGCUGCAGCCCUCAAAAACCCUGUUGACCUGAUUGGGGCUGACAUAACUGUUGGCCCCAAUCAGGGCUGAUAUUAGCCAACAACUUUUCCAACUGUCGGCCUAAAAUGACCAGCAUCAGCCAUGUAGGGCUUCUUUUGGAUAUAACAGAGGAGUCCUUUUGUCAAAUCUCAUAGAAUUGAACCCAGGCUGUCCGCCUCAGGACUGUUGUCUCUAUAUGAGGUCUCAACUCGACUUGCUUGCAAAGAAGAAUUGGAUAACUAUGACCUGGAUGAAUGAGAACCGACAAACACCUAUGGCUUUUAAAGUCUCACUCCGAUCAUGUUUUGUAAAAUAUUUUUAAGUGUUCUCAGUGGUCUCCAAACUGUGAUAAUGAAGUUUUUAGCCAAAAUCUUGUUUCCUGUGUAAUUUUCAAGGGCUUUUCUUCUGCAGAGCUCCAGUUGCUCAUUAGCAAUUCACCUCUGAGUUGAGGGCAGAGACAGCGCUGCUCUGCACACUCCUCUUCACACUAGCUAGUAACCCAACACUGCCAGUGUAGUAGAAGAAACAGGUAACAUAGGCUAUUCAGCUCUCGGACACCAAUGCCUUUAGGGGCAUGAUGAAAGUUAAUAUCAUAAUUAGCUUUCUUACAGGCAUUUCAAUCCGCUAAUUCAUUUGUUCCAUGACCAUCCUCUCUAUUUCUCUGAGCCUGGUCCGCAUAGCGAGGCUCCGGGGGCGGAGCUUGGAUUGGUAACGUACCAAAUCUCACUGUAUCUGAUCCUGCCGUUUGGAUCUGCCAGAGAUUCACCGUGAUUUGAAUGCAAAAAUACUCAGAAAUGCAAUUUUGCACUUCUUUUUUUCAUGAUAUGUCCUGUAGUAUCAGAAAAAUGUGAUAUGAACAUGUAGACAACAAGAAAGUGGGUCUUCAAAGAAGUUCAGCUAUAACUGCUUUUCAUUGCUUAAAUCACUUUGUAUUCUGUGUGCUUCCAGAAAGUCACCCAGUACACCCUGAUCAUCCAGGCUACAGACAUGGAGGGAAACCCCACCUACGGUCUGUCCAAUACAGCCACCACCGUUAUCAGAAUCACUGAUGUCAACGACAAUCCCCCCGAAUUCACCACGGACACAGUAGGUCUACAGCACACUGCACAGAGAUAACAGAGAGUGAUUGAAAACGUGAACUACAGAGAUUGCCUGCUCCAGUUUUAGAGGAGUGAAAAACCAGAGAAACAGACACUGGCCCUUAUUUAUUAAGCUUGCGUACGGCAGAAAACUUGCGUACACCUUGCGUACGACAAUUUUGACGUGAGGAUCGACAUUUAUCAAUCUGCACAUAAGCGUAUGCUACGACCAAAUCUCACGACAGGUCUGACAUCGUGUACGCAAGUUUGAGUCAGUGUGGAUCUGCGGUGCAGCAAAUAUCUGUCUCAAAAUCAUUGAUAUAUAAACCUCAAACCUGUCAUUUAGCACAAUCAGACAGAUUUCAUUAAAGAUUAAGAUGUAAAUAAAAUAAAAUAAAUUUGUUAUGUCCUCAGUGAAUAGGCCUAUUUAAUAACUCUGCCCAGAAACCCUGCCACAGAGCAGGAGCGCCGUUUUAACACUGCGCCCACAUGCACACACGCCACUGUGGAGCACUGCGUCUGACUCCUAAAAGGCAGGUGUCUCUGUCUUGGCCCAGCAGCGGGGACGUUGUUGUACACUCCUGAAAAGGUGUGGGACAUCAUUUGGGCCAGUACAGUUUUGCACAAUGUUGCACUGGCGAAUGGAGUGCCAUUGUCUGUGCCGGUGCAAUGUGAGGACCCGAUGCCCGGAGAACAAUAACAAGGAGAGACUCACAAAGGUGCUGUAAAGAGGAGACAGGACCUUAUCCAUGGAUUCUGACAUGUAAAGUAUAAGUUCAGAAAGUGCUCUUGCUAUUUAUUCAGUGAUAAAAAUCCAAUAGAAAUCCAUAAAAAUGUGCCUCAGGGGCAGCAACACACCGUUUGGUGAUGUUAAUAAUUAUUUUUGUUCAGCCUCUGUCAGACUCUCCAGUCUGCUCUACAUUACAAAGACGCAACAAAUUAAAACUAAAUACUUUUAAUAAUAGGAGCCACCUACCCUGUCAUGGCAAUAAACAAAUAUGAGGCAUGUAUGAGAUAUUAUCAUUAUGAGCAAUUUGAUGACUAAUGAUUUAUUCAAACUUCAGCCACUGUCCACUAUUCCGCUGCAGCGCUGUUCACCGCCUCAAUAAUCCUGCUCCAGACAGGAGUUUUCUGGACUGCUUAAAUUCCAGUUUUGAUGCUUCCAAAGAGAAAAUCCACGCGAAUUUGCACCACAGAUGAGAGGAUAUCCACUUUCAGCUCGGAAAAGUUUCGCAUCUUUCUAAUAUUUCUCCUCUUUCAUAUUUGACCUCAGUGGGCGAGGCUUAUGAACCACAAAUAUUUAAGGGCGUAAACAUGUUAAUGACGAUCGAUUUCAGCCGCCGCAUUUAUUAAGACCCGAUCAUAUGUACGCUGGGAUUGGUCAGAUACGAACCCUUUCAUAAAUCUCACGUGUGUCCUAUCGUAGGAUGAAUCCUGCACUCAGAUCUGCGCAAGAUUGAUAAAUGAGGGCCAAUGUCUGCUAUCCUUAGUAAAGUGAAAGAAGUUUAACAGGAAGGAGAAGAUGGAUGGAGAAGCACUUGUUUUUGUUUCAGAUAGAGCCAUUUGUUUACUCUUUGGUCAUUGUUAACAGGAAUAAAGCGAGGUCUGUCUGAUUUGCUGCAGCUACAUGUCUCUGUUCUUUCUGUUCGUGUCUUUCAGUUCUUUGGGGAGGUAUAUGAGAACAGGGUGAACGUGAUUGUCACUAACCUAACUGUGACCGAUAAGGACCAGCCUCACAGUGCCGCCUGGAGCGCUGUGUACCGCAUCAUUGCUGGAGAUCCCACCGGACGCUUCUCCAUCCCCACUGACCCCACCACCAAUGAGGGCCUGCUCACUGUGGUCAAGGUGAGAUCUGAGCUUCACAAACAAAUCCCAUCAACUUCAUUUAUACAACACAUAAAAAACAGGAAGAGCAGCGAAGGGACUGAACCGGAAACACACAGUAAGAAUCAGUGAGAGCUUAACCGUGUGUGGUCUGAUAUGUGAUGAAGCUGUCAGUGUGGUGGUCUAAGUUCAAAUUGUGUUAUAAGCUGGCUGAAGGUGUUUACACACAGUGGAGACACAGCUGGGGGCACAAAGUCGUCACAGGCUGGUUUUAUGGAGCAGUACACAACAGACACCACUACAGAAACAGAGAUAGAGAAGAAUUUAGCCGGACACCAGAGGUGGGUGCUACCCCACCUGCUGGUUAAAAGACAUCUAAUUCUGGGAACUCAAAGCCAUCAAGAUUGUUUCCCAGGCUGUGGUGUCUGUGGUCCCCAUGGUCAGCUGCUGCCAGCAACAACCACUCACUGUCUGAAACCAUCUCCAAGGUUUCAGACCUGGUAGUGCCUCCUCCCUCCCUCACACACUAGAAACAGCAAAAACAUUUUGAUCAUAAAUGCAGUUUUUAGGUGCAGAGGGAUGUCUGACAAAGCUGGCAGAGCUUUGUCGCUCUUAUUUGGUCUUGACUGAGCAUUUUCUUGUAAACUUCGAUUCACUGAAUGAUCAGGUGAAUAGAAGGAGCAGGAUAGUUUUCAACAUUAAAAUGGUGGUGAAGAACUUCAGGGUGCUGGGUCUUUAUGGACUUCUUUUUUACUAAACAUUGUUCCACGGGGGCAGCCUUGUUACAGUAGAAAGAGCAAAAGGGGAUUAUAGGGAAUUAGUUUUUUAUCGUCAAAAACGGAGCAAAGCCUGAGAGCGAGUUUAGAUGGUCAACUCCAGCUGCACUGAUUUCUUACUUGACAUGUCAUACUCACAAUUACAUGACAAACAGGAUCCUACAUAGGGGAUCAUUUUGAGCUACAAGAUGUUUGGCCAUGCACUCACAGCCCCACCUCCAGCCCAGAACCCACCUGCAGACCCUGACUAGGAGUUCUUAGAGUUCUUAUCAUCUCAUCACUCCUCAGUUUCCGCACAUAAAGUAAAGCGUGAGGACUGUAGAUGCCAAACAAUGAUCUCUGGCUGUGUCUGCAGUACAUGGUUCAAAGCUGAAAGGUGUUUGGUUGGCUGGUAGCCGUGACGUGAUUGGAUGAAAUGGAUGUUCAGUAAAAUAAGGAGUUGCAUCAUGUGGCUUUGACAGAGAACUUUCCAGAACGCCAAUGUGCUGAGUCUAGAUUCAGCUGAAGAAACCCUCUGCAGAACCACUUCAGAGGAGCCUCACAGAGAGACAGAAUUAAGUCACAGCUGCACUAGUUUGAAUGCAGCUCAAGACCUUGAGCGAGGCAUUGGAUGGAUUAAGUACAGGGGUUCACAACAUUUAACCUUCUCAAGAGGCACAAAAAUGGCUGCCUGUAACACAUUUAAGGCCAACCGUUCUUAAGUAUGUGGAUUUUCAGUGUAUCCUGUCAUUUACAUCGUUUCCCUCUUUUCUCUGAUCCAGCCAAUAGAUUUUGAGCAGACACGCUCCUUCACGCUGACGGUGGAGGCGGAGAAUGAGGUCCCACUGGCUCGUGGCAUCCACCUACCUCGUCAGUCUACAGCAACUGUCUCUGUACGAAUCCUGGACCUCAACGAGAGCCCUGAGUUCAGCCCCAACCCAAAGUCCAUCAAACUGGAGGAAGGUCUGCCUGCAGGGUCUCUCCUAACCACGUUCACUGCACAGGACCCUGACCGCUUCAUGAGACAGACUGUUCGGUAAGACUGCCCCUGCUCCAACUUUAAGGCUGUAGUUUCCUGAUGGUGACGGCGUCUGUUGGCUGGAAAAUGUUAUUGCUAAAGAAAUAAAGGAAAAGAUAAAAACAGAAAUAUUGAAAUAAAUAGAUUAACUAUGAAAUAAUGAGCAGGGUAAUACAGUGAACUAGUUCAAUGCAACCUUGGACUUGGUUACAGCGUCGACUCAAACAAUGCACAUCAUCGUAGAGCUGAAAUAAAUAGAUCCAAAGCAGUGUUACCAUGAGGCUCUUCUCUCUGACCAUGCAUGCACAAACCAAGGAUAAUAGUGUUGACAACAAUGCCUCUCUAACAGUUGUACAACCCAGCAAUCCACACAGCACACUUAAACACUCACACACUCUAACUCCACACACAGCCCAGCAUAUGCACACUAGUACGCUGCUGUACACAUUUUCAAGCACAGCAGGUUUAGAACAAUCAAGUUAAGAUGGUCUUGGGAUCAAAAAUGGUCCCUUACCUGAAAUAAGUAAGGACUCCAGAGAUCAAGUUGCUUCUUUUGUCUCUCUGAAUGAGAUGGUCUUUAUUUCCGUGAGUCCGCCUACAAACCCAUAAAGCUAUGGAGAAAAGCUCCUUUUCUGUCAUCAGGGCUGGUUCCCCAGACCUUAAGUGGGCUCUAUGUUUGUAGAACUUUUUCUUUAGCCUCUUUGCAUCAGCACUGGAAACUCUGCCAUUAAUCUCUUCAUCUGCUGGCCAAUUUUUUUGAACAGUUCACCUUUCCAGUCUUUGUGUCUCAAUAAACAUCAGGGUCUUUCCAGUCUCCCACUUCUUUAAUGUCCAACUAGCCGUCAGGUUGCUUAUGGAGCCCCCAGAUCUCCCCCUCAACCUCUGUCUUUGAGAGUAGAGCCCUGAUCCCUGAAAAGGUUCUGGUGUGGAUGGGGGAGAGAGGAGCCUCCAGCUUGCCUGUGGAUGAGCUAACAGCUGCCAUAUCCACAUCAGCUCCAGUUGUCCCCGCCCUGCAGUCAUCAUCUGAAUUCAGCUUGUUGAACUCAAAGUAAUAAAGAAGGAUAAAGAACGUUACCCUCAGCAUUCAAAGCAGAUGAUGCCAGAUGUUAGCUCUGCUCCUGCUUUUGACUCUACCAGUCUCACCUUCGCUAAGUAUCAUAUCAAACACGUUUCACUUCAGCUAAUGUUUCUGCAUAUUGGAAGUUUUUCCCCCCUUCAACGAAAUUAAAGCUUUGCAAGUGUUGCAGGUAGCCCCAGUAUCAUCUUUUCAUGUGAAAUACAGCCAAACUCUGGUGUGCUUUUGCUUCGACACCAUGCUGAAAAGUUCUGAACCAAAACACACUUCUCGUGUACUACGUCUUCACGCAGAGGCAUAAGAGUAACCGAUAAGCAGAAUUAUUAAGGAGGCAGACAAACAAUUUUUAUGAAUCUAAUCACUGGGAACUGGUUCUAAAAAAGAUCCAGUUAUUGAUUCUCAUCCCUACCAGCCAACAAUGUGUUUCAUUGGAGAAUACUUUAUGUGAACACAGGGGUGGUUAAGGCUGCACGAUAUUGGAAAAAAAUAAUAUUGCGAUUUUUUCAACCCUGCGAUAUAUAUUGCGAUAUUAAAAAUACAGUAUUUUCACCAGAUGACCUGAAUAGCACUUAAUGUUAUGCUGCACUGCUGAAAUCUUGAGGACAGUUAAUCUGCUCUGAUCUUACCUCUUUUUGUGAAUGUUAGUAGAACGGCUUCUGUCUGUCUCAGAGAUAUUUUUAGCUUUUAUUGUGCUGGGACGUUAUUGUGGCGACAGAUGAACACAGAACACGUGUUUUGGUCGACAUCAUCCUUCUUUUAACCGAAAUAAUUCCAGAUAACUGACUUUCCUUUUCUUUUUGGCAACAAAUCUUCAUUUUCGGUGGUUUUCGCUUGUUCGUUGUUCAUUUUGCGAUCGUUGUUGUUGUUGUUACCGGUGUUGUGCCGAGAAACGCAUGUCCUCCGAGAAUUGCAUGCACCUCGCAAAACGCGCACUGCUUAUAGUAGAGUGGUCCACGGAAAUGUACAAUUUAAAACCCAUACAGUUCUUAUUUGUUGGGCUUAAUAGUCAUGAGUAAAGUUCCGAAAGUAAUUCUCAGCGGACACACGUCUCCCUCCAUGUGCAGAACAUGUGCAGGGGUGGGUUUUCUCCUCCCUGAUUUUGAUUGACAGCUGGCAGGGUAGUCUGAUUGGCAACUGAGAAGUGAGUCUGAUUGGCAACUGAGUUAAGGACGAAGGCGAUUGGUGGAUCGCUGCACAGCACAUGCAGAGUCACAUGGAGUGUAUCUCAGUCAGUUACCCUUGAAAUUAAAUGAGUUCAUUCACCUCCAAUAUCGCAGGCUCUGCGAUGUGACUAUCGCACACACGUACAUCGCGAUGACGAUAGUCAAACGAUAUAUCGUUCAGGCCUAGGGGUGGUGCUUAUUGAGUGUUCACAAACUAGAUGCAAAUCAGUUAGAAGUUCAAAAUUAAGUCACAGACAAACACCUUGCGCUCUAUUUUCGUGCCUCGCCAGAGACGUGGCGCAGGCGCGGCGUAAGUCAGGUCCGCCGCGCCGACAAGGCGUUCCCAAGCACAAUUUGGCAUUUUGGUGAGCUGCACAGCCCGGCGUAAGUAUCCCCCCUCCCUAACUCAGCUCUUCCCAGCAGCGUAAGUCGUAGGGAGGGAGGAGAGAGGGAGUGGAGUAGGUUGAACACAGCUGAGACCUGUAUUGACGAAUAACAUCAGCUCCUCUCCUCGCCUUUAAAUCCGCCACCGCCGAGGCAUAUUGCAAUUUUCGUGAAGUAGUCAAAGAGAUCAAGAGAUGUCUGAAGACAGUAAUGCCACAUGAUGGUGACAGAAAGCAGCUCCUCAACAAGUGUCACUGUAAGCGCUGCAGAGGGUGUCCUGCACACUGUCUUAUAUGAGCACAGAUGGAUUUGGUGUGUGUAAUGUUGGAGCCACUAGUAAGACAAACACCCUUUUCCACAAAUAAAGACACUCACAUAAAGUUGCAUUUAAAUUUUUUAUUCAAACCUCACAUGACAAAGGUGGGUUGUCAUGUAUGAACCAUCUGUGCGUAAAGGACGCAUCACGCUCCGUGGCCUGGCUCUUUCUUUCAUAGAUGUUGGCAUAUAAAAUAAAUUUGGCUCACAAAACUGAAUAUUAUAAUAUUCGUAUGUGGGCCUAACUGCGGAUUGAAUAUUUACAGAAUCUUAAUGAUGUGAGAAAAUCAGAUAAACAGUUAAUUUUGAGUGAAAAUUCAUUUUAUUUUAUUUUUUUGUUCAAAAUUUCAAAGUAAAUAACUCAUCUGAUCACCAAAAUAAAUCAUCUGGUCAGCCGUGCCACCGCUGCCGCAGCAGGACGGAGAGAGGACACGGAGACACGUCAGGUGUUGUGCCAUAGAAUGCACCCCUGAAAGUACACAACAAGGCGAAAUAAUCCAAGUUUUCCUUACCGUUGGACUAAUUCUAAAGUGUGUGCCUUUAAUGAUUUCAUUCAGGCUAUUCAGAUAUGCCAAAAACAAUAGCCUUCUGAUUCUGAAUAUUUGCUGCCCUGAAAAUAUAAUGUUCUCUACUUUAACAACUUACUGUACAGUUUAUGUACCCAAGCACACCUCUGUAUGUGCAUUUUUUAAAUACCUAAAAACAGAACAAAUGUUUGCUGCUCCAUUUGACAUGUCAUGAUCCAAUGCUUGUGUUUUUUUUAAAUAUGAGGUAAUUUUUUACACUUUAAGAAGCUGAUGAGUGGAUGGGAUGCAUUCUAUGGCGGGGGGUGCAUUCUACGGCAUAACACCUAUCGAGCUGCAUGAGGAAGAAGGAGGAUAAGCGGGGAGACGAAUUAAAUAUCUUGUUAAAUUCAUCAUGUGUAACUGUUUACUGGAUAUUUAAUUUAAUGCGGUUUCAGCUGUGUUAAUUCGGUCAGGUGGAGUGUCCAAACGCGUGCCAAACUCACUCAUCAGAUAAGAUAUAGAUCAGAAUAUAUCUAUAUAGAUCUAAAUGUAUGUGCUGACUCAGAAUAUUAGUUGUUGCUGAUUAUUUAUUGCACUUUCGGCAAGCUUUCAGCGCACUUUUCAUGUCACCGGCGAGUACGAAAAUGUCACUGCGCCAGCUGAUUCUGUCGACACCUCCCCCUUACACGCAUCCACGCGCAGUAUGGCAGACCUCAGUGUGCCUCAGUCCGCGAAAAUACCAAACUGGCUGUGCGCUGGGCUCCGCCAGACAAAAAUACCACUGCGUGGGGUCCGCCACUGUCCGCCGCGAAAAUAGAGCCCCUUGUCUUUAAUGUGGCUCCACAGUGUUUCCCUCACAUACUUAGGUUGGCUGCCCUGUUAUAUAAACUAGAGUUCAUUAACCAGUUUUAGCAGUUCGUCAUUUUGUCUACUUGUCCCAAGUAGCCUUUUCUAAACAUGCUUAUUAAACAGAGACAUCCACUGGUGUGUCCUUCAGUUAAUAUGCAGUAGUCUAAGUUCAAUAUGGUCUGUUUUCAGAGUGAGUCUGAUUGGCUGUUAUUUCAAGGUUUUUUAUAUUCUGUCAUCAACAACAAGCCUAAUCAGUGUGCAAUUUACCUGCUGUUGUGAAAUCAGGAUUGGGGGCUUAAAAAAUAAAUGUGCUUCAUGUUGGACUCCAUAUUUAACUUUGCUGAUGAGGAAAGUCAAUGGAUCAGACACAAAGAGAAAUCUUCCCUGGAUCCCAAAGCCCUCCACUGCAGUUUUCCCUGUCCUCGGCCGAACCGGAGGUACUUACAGACAUGCUAAGCAGUGCUCCAAAGCUCUUAACACUGUUUGGAGGACAGAGGAUUGAGGACAGAAAUCAGAGGAGCGAUGAGAGAGGAUACACAAGAGCAGCCUUCGAAGAUGUCUUUCACUGGCUUUCAUGCCCCUACCUUCAAUAUUACUCACUGAAUAGAAGCUGCAGCAGCCCAGACUUCACAGAAACUUUACAUCCCUAGAGUUUAAACAAAGAGAGAUGACAUCUCUUUAAACAGUCCCUUUAAACAGAUGAUAUAUAUACAUAUAUAUGUCUCUUAACAGCUAUGUGAGGAGCAGAGCUGAAAAAAAGUGUCUGGCAUGACAGUGAAGAACAAAUUCUUGAGCAGAGCUGCCAUAAAAACAAUAAACGUGGUUUCACACCAGUUUUCUGGGAAAUCUGUUUUUUUUUCUGAUUCACCAUCUAACUGAAGUCAUGUAGUUUAAUACUAUUAGAGUAAUAGAUAUUCAAAAAAUAGAUAUUUUCUCCCCAUAACCAGUGAUUUCUCAUGUUGAAUCUUUAUGAUGAAGAGAGUUAAAGUCUGGCCCUCCAAGUUUUUUCUGUCAGUGAAAAACAACAUUUACCAUCAUCCUAAAGUUUGACAUCAGGCUGAUCAUUAAUGUAUGUCAGACUUCAACAGCAUAGAUUCCAAUUGUCCUGAAUUUUUGAGCCUGUACAUAGAUUACCUCAGACAUCACACAUGUAGGCUCUGUGAGAGGUGAGAGUUGAGUUGAAUCCAGACACAAACAGCUGUUAAAGCUGACCCACAGCUGAACCAGGACUGAGGAAAGGACAGCUUAUGUCUCUCAGGGAGGGACUGAGAUGCAGACAGGGAAGUCCUAAGUUCUUUAAUUGUUAAUAAGGGAUGAAUCAGAGGCAGCCUGGGGAAAAAUCUCACACAAGGGGUCUUCAAGUCAAAAGUCAAAACCGAUAAGCCUAAGGUUUGAGUUUCAUUACAAAUAUCAACCCAGUGACAUAUGCUGUUAGGGCUUUAAUACUUCCCUUCAGUGAUCAUGUUGAAAAUUUCAGCAGCUCAGCAGGAUGAAAAUUUGCCAUCACUUCAGCAUCAUGCUGUUCUGAGUGGCUGCCCUAUUUUGAGAUAAAGGCUGAUAAGACUCUUUUUUUCAUAUUUUUCUAAAGACGUCUUUCUUGAGGAAAUGCGUUUUUUCUCUGCAGAUCCUGCAGCUCUGAGCGAACAGCUUCACAAUAACCAGACUGGAGCACAGAAAGCCUGCAGGACUGCAGCGUCUUGUCCCCAUCCUUCUUUCUUUUACAUCCCACUAUUUGUUUCUAAAUGUGGUGCUGAAGUCUUUGUAGCCUAGCAACAGCCAAUGGUGGACGCAGACUGUGUUCACAGAAACACGCAAGCGCACAAACACACACACACACACACAAACACACACACACACACACACACACACACACACUGAUAAAGGAAGUGUAUUGUGCACUAUAGAGUGGGCCACGGAGAGCAUUUUAGUGUUUUAAUUUCCCUUUUUUGUUUCUUUUUUUGUCUGCUGUUACUGCUGCUUUGCUUCCACAUUUGUUCAUGACUGUGCUUUCAACUUUUUGUCCCACCAAUUACACAAACACAGAAUGUACAGUAUUUCCUAUUUAUGGGUUGCAGUUCUGCUUGCCUUUAUUGAAAGCUGUGCUAUUUCCCUCUUUAUUCACAUAAUUUGUCAAACCUGAUCUCCAUUUUAAACAUGACUUUUGCUGUGGUGUUGUUUUGCAGCAAAGCAGAUGUAGAAUGAACACCAGCACAUCUUUUACAUUUGACAAGACUGACAGGGAUUUCCCAAGAUGCAUUAUGUUUAUGGGUAGACUCUAUGUUAACCAAACAUGUGCAGUCAGGAUAAUUGAAUGAGUCUUGGUGGCUUCAUGAGAGUGCUGCAGCCUGCAUGUAUCAGCUCAGCAGUGACUGCUUGGCCUGCAGCCAUAUAAGCAGAUAAAGGAGCCUCUCGGUGCUAGAUUCUUAUGCUGUCUCUCUCUCUUACUGAAUUCAGGUACUCCAAGAUGUAUGACCCUGCCAACUGGCUGGAGAUUGACCCGGUUAAUGGUCGGAUCUCUACUAUUGCCAUCCUUGACCGAGAGUCUCCCUACGUCAAGAACAACCUUUACAACGUUACCUUCAUGGCCUCUGAUAAUGGUGAGACAAGAGGGCAGCACUGGUGUCCUGCAGUAACCCCAUCCACCCACAUACAGAGGUGGAUUGUGCUCACUGUGCCUCUGUGCUCUUUUGCUAAUCACUGUGGUGCUUUUUCCUACCAAUAAUACUGCUCCUGAAGAUCCAUGAGAAGGAGUAGAACUCAUGCUAUGUAUGUUUGAUAUGUUGUAGUUAUGUUUGAAUUAUGUAAUCUGUCCUUCAUGUUUACAGCCAUGUCACACUGCUUUACCCGUUUUCUCUGUAGAUUUGGACUUUUCUAAAAAUUAAAUUACAGCCUGUGUCAAGUUUUGAGAAGUGACCAUAAAGUAAUCAUCCGUGGUCUUAAAUAGUAAGCUUUCACAUCAAUACUUGUGUUAUACACCGGCCCGACGGACACUUUUCUGACAGAAAAUAAGUGGUGCAUGUCUUGACUUUUGGACAAAAUUAAGUUCCGAUUUCACUGGUUGAAGAGAGGAGACUCAGGGGACAGCAGAGUAUCCUGCCCACUUUUUAUUACAUUCCAGGACUUUAGUAAUCAAAUGUCCUGAUCAGGAGGACCUGUGAGAUAACAGUGAUUAUCAGGGAACAGUAACCCCAUUGAAUUGUAAUGGAGAUGUUUUUACUUCAUUUGUAGUUUGAAGAUUACAGAAAUCUUCCUCUUGCUCUGAUCAUAACUUAUCCAUAUUUUAAUGGACAAUCUUUCAAGAGGUAUAUUAUUCAGCAGCAGCAGCAGCAGUCACUGCUGCGCUCUACCCUGCACCCUUCCUAUACAGAGACCCUUCUGUGCUCCCAGCUUCCUGCGAGCUGACUGUCUUGGCAUGUUCUCUGCCCUGGUCUGCAAGGAACUCACAGAUACAGAUCAGCAGUCAGACACAAGGACACACAUAAACAUGCUUGUCCAAGCGCGCCUAUGUCUGCAGAUUCUGUUUGAAAUUGUCACCAUAAGCACACUGUGUGCUUAUGGUAACCGCAGAUUAACAAAUAUAGUGGAGAUGUCAUAGUAAGCAUGUAUGUAUUAGUACACGUAACUGUAGAGAUAUACAUGAUCUGCUGUAGUAGUUGGCCAGCUUGCAUCUACUAUAUCGUUAGAUAUGUCUCCCAUAUCAUGCAUCCAAAAACCCAACAGAUGUGGGGGGUAGAUUGGUGAUCAGAAACUGAACCUUCUUUUCUGUCCUAAAAAUAUUCAGUACUUUAGUUUUGAAAGCUGACAGUGAAAGAUUAUGAACAGAAGAUGUUCCUCUCUCCCUCUCUGUACUCUCUUUAAGCCUGUUGAUUCGUCAAUCCUUAAAAUCAGGUCAAAAUAUGUAUCAUUUCAUUUCUUAGAGGCUCAGUCAUUUUCUAAAACAGCUGGCCACAGAACAAAGUAAAUUUAUUUGUUCAUUUGAUUGGGACUAAAUUUAGGGGCGGAUUAAUACACACUGCAGGCUCAAUACAAUAUUUGGGGCAACAGGAUAGAGAAUGCUAGAUUAAAGGACAGUUCAAACCACAGAGUGUGUGUGUGUGUGUGUGUGUGUGUGUGUGUGUGUGUGUGUGUGUGUGUGUGUGUGUGUGUGUGUGUGUGUGUGUGUGUGUGUGUGUGUGUGUGUGUGUUCAUGGUUGAGAAGAAUCUGAAGAAUCUGUUUGUGGCCCAUCUGUUGUUUUUUUUUCUUUUACAGUCACCUGAAGGUUCAGAGGUUCAUGGAGUUAAACUCUUUGGCCUGCUAAGUAGAAAGACAAGAAUAAAAGGGAGAGCAGAAAUGGAAAAAUAUCUAAAGAAAUCUAUCUUCAGAUUAUAAUGUGGUUACAGAGGAAGACAGUCCAGUAUUAGUUUGAAUCACUUUCUGAUCAACAAAGAAUCCAGCGACAUAGAACGAUAAACUCUCUGUUUGCUCUUGUCUGAAGGUAUCCCACCUGCCAGUGGUACAGGCACCCUUCAGAUGUACUUACUGGACAUUAACGACAAUGCACCUCACGUGUUCCCCCCUGAAGUGGAAAUGUGUGAGAAGCCAGAUCCUAAUGCCAUCAACAUCACAGCCAGUGAUCCUGACCUGACCCCCAAUGCCGGACCCUUUGCCUUUGAGCUGGCCAAUCGUCCUUCAGAUGUACGCCGAAACUGGACUCUGAGCCGCAUCAAUGGUCAGUAUGGGGUUAAUCCACAGCUUUCAUGUUUCUCUGCUCCUGUUUUUUUAUCCUGGUGGGUGGAAAGUUUUCCCCCAAAGGCGAAAUUCGGAUGAUUUAUUAAGUCACCCAGACAAAAAGAAAAUGACUACUGUGACUCCAGCUCCAGUGUAUAAACAGGGAUUUUUUAUCUUUGCUUGGAUCAUUUUUUUUUUAUAUCUGGAGUCUGUAUUUUAUAAAAUUCACCGUGUGGAAUUUGUCAUUAAUGCAGCUCCAUCCUGCAACUUAAGGCCUUGUUCUGACCCCCCCCCCCCCCCCCCAAAGACUCUGACUUCGGUUUUCUGCAAAAUAUACUAAAAAGGAAGUUGGUGUUAAGUAUUGUCUUUGUAUAGUACUGCUCUACGGUUUGAAGUAGUCCCAGUGGUGUUUGUCUUCUAAAUUAUUGUAGAGCGCCUCCCAGAGCUCAAAGCCUUGUUCAGUGAACAUAAAAAAAGAAUCUUUACCAGCUUCAUAAUGUGACAGCAGCUGGUCACUGCAAAGACAGGAUGUGAACUCUUUCAAAGUCUCACCUGUGUGUUGCCUGCUCAGGUCAACUUUCAUCACUGGUUAUGGCUGCAAUCUUAAUUUUCAUUAUACAACUCCAGCUUAAUGUCACAUUAACAAUCUUAAUCCCAGCUGUUUUGGCGACAGAUAUCACUCCUACUGUGUGUUUUUUGUCACUGUCCUGUGGUGAAGUGUGAAUAAAGGUUUUCUUUGUGUUGCUGACAAUAUGAUUAUAUUAUAUCAUUUUUUUUAUAUGAUAUUAUAUUAUGUUAUAACACCAUGAAAUAAUAUGAAAUAAUACAAUAUAAGUCAUCAUAUUAUAUUAUAUUACAUAACAUAACAUUAUAUUAUAUAAUAUCAUAUUAUAUCAUGUUAUUUUAUGUAUUUUAUAUUUUGUUAUGUUAUGGUAUGUGAUGUUGUGUUAUGAUGUUGUGUUAUGUUAUAUUGUUUUGUUAUAUUAUAUAUUAUAUUAUAUUAUAUUAUAUUAUAUUACACAAGGAUAAAACUAAUUCAAUGCCUUUCUCACCAUAAGCACCUCAUUUUGAAAAGCAUGCCCAUUAGCAGACUCUGGGAGCACCAGGACUCCUCCAGUGUUGUUGACUGAGAGUCACAAAGCAGAGUGAAGCAUGUAAAUGAUGAAUUUCAACACUUUCCUCUUUCUCUGUUCCUCCAUUUCUUAACCCUUUAUUUCCAUCGUAUCACACCACAGGCGAGUUUGCCCAGCUGAGACUGAGGAUCGGCUCCCUGGCCAGUGGUAUCUACGAGGUUCCCAUCAUGAUCACAGACUCUGGCAAUCUGCCCAUGUCGAACACAUCAUACCUGAAGGUCAAGGUCUGCCAGUGUGAUCACCAUGGAGACUGUGUGGACAUGGAGCGAAUCAUUGCUGCUGGACUUGGCACUGGAGCCAUCAUUGCCAUCCUCAUCUGCAUCAUCAUAUUACUAGGUGAGCCUCCCACACAGAUACAAAGAUACUUAAAUCAUUGCUGCAGCUCCAGAGACCAACAUAACACACAAACUUCAAUGUAAUAAACUGGAUUUGUAUUUUACCAGCAAAAAUAGUUAUCUAAAAACAUUAUGACUGCAAGACUUUUACAACACAAAUGGAAAGAUUUUCAAUUUAUUAUGCAAGUCAUUUACAACAUUUCCCACCAAGUAGACUUUGAAGCUACUUUGCUGAAUUAUUAUUAAAAGUGUUUCAAAUCAGAAACAUACAAGGCAUCUUUUUUUCUGAAGAAUGUAGACAGAUUAACCACAGCCCCAGAAAAGGAACCCAGAAACUCUUACCAGCCCAUUGCCGAGGUCUGGAAUCCAGGUAGAAAUGGAAGCUGCGUGAAGGCCUCAGAUAACCAGGGUUUGUCAAGGUCCAAGGUAGAUCCAACACUUGGGUCUAGAGGGAAGCCUCCAAGAGACACUGAAAACUAAUCUGGUGCUUCCUGGACGUGACUGUUUGUACUUUUGUGAUCCUCUGCUGUUAAAUGUCACAAUUUCUACAUUUUCCAAGGAGACAACAGUCAUAUUUCGCCUCUGCCCUUCCUACUUCUGUAUUUCUGUCAUGGUGAUCUCCAGUGCCAUGAGAAAAGGGUGUUAUUUUAUCCACCUUUUUAAAUUUCAAAACUGUACUUGUGUGUGCAGUGAGCAGGUACAUCAGUCACUAGAAAUGAAUUGUUCUUGGUAAAGCAGAGGUCUGCCAUGGCAAAGAUCCCAGGCUCUAGUCCCAAGUGUGAGUGUCAAGCUAACUGCAGUUUUUCACAAAUUAUGUGCUUGUAAACAAGUAGCACUCCAUGUGCUUGGACACUGUGAAUGGUCCUUUUGAGUUGUGUGUGCAUGAAUGUUACAAAGCAAAUAACUGAAGAAGCUCAGCUUUUGCAGAGUGCUCAAAUGGAGCAAGAACUUAUGAUAAUAAGCAAGUUCAAGUACUUGGGAGACAAGGGAGGAGUUUUGGAUCCAAUCAUUACUCUUGAUUAGACAGAAUAAAACAGCAUUUGCCCACAGGGCUUAUUUAAAGCACAUCUUCCUUCUCUCUCAGUUCUCUAAAGCUGCAGAGCUCUAGAGGACGGCGUUAAACAAGUUAAACAUGUGCUAAAAGGAUUGGAACUGUCAAUCUGAUUUACUAAAGAGGGGAAUAACGGGUCAUUUUAACAUGGCUAGUUGGAAGUGUCAGUUGUUGUGACAGCGCUGAAUGGGUCAAGAAGUGCUCAGGGUAUAAAAGCUGAAUUACAGUAAAAUUUCAUUUUAGGUGUGAAAAGGGAGCUGAGAUAGAUGUAAAAGAAAGAGCUUUAGGUGAACUGUAAGCUGUUGUUGUUUACAGAAUAAUUCUUAUUCUUGUCUCAAGAUGUUGCAAAGUCUUUACAGAAACAACACGGAUGAACUUCUGGGCCUCUAAAAAGAUUCAGAUAGCUCCACCCACAUACACACCAACACAAACACACAAAGGCACUGGAUCACAGUGGUUACAAGAGUAAGCUGAGCCUAAGAAUUUGAACAUUUUUAAAGAUCCAUAAACCAUUCUGAAGUUAUCAUCUGUCAUGAAUUUUAAGCAUCAUAAGAAGCUGUGUAAAAACUAAGGCAUUUUAGUUUUUAGAGAAGAGGCAGAAGAAUUAAUAAGCUACCGUAAAAUUCCUGCAGAAGCUUUUUUCAGUAAUGUUUGAGCUUAUCAAGUCAGCUGGUAGGUCCCAAGGGCCAUGUGAAGUAACACUAUCCUGUCAGUUUUUGAACCAUGAACAUCGAUUGAUCUACAAAACCAAGAAUUCUGCUACAAUGGCUGAACAUGCAAAAAGCUCUCAAGUAUGGCUACAUGAUAGGGAUGAAGCAAAAUGCAGUUGAUAGUGCAAAACAUUUUCUUGCAAGGGGGGAAACGCAACAAACACAUAAGCUCUGUGCAUCAAACCCAGCCAAAAUGCAGAGCCUUUGACUGUCUGUGGCCAAAAGCAACUCCAUCAACUGUGGCUGCUGCUGCAGGGCUACAGUCCUCCUCUCCACCCAAUACAGCCAGACUUCGGAGCAGGCCCUGUUAGUUGAGAUCAUAAUCUAGUGUUAGAUAAGGUGUUGAAAUCAGCCAGUUAGCUAAUAGAAUAGUUAGCUAACCAGUUCUUCAUCAAAGAACGUUGCCUUUCUAUGAAGAACUCAAUAACUAUGACCUGGAAUAAAGAUGCAUGCGUCACCAUUGAAAAGGGAAGUAUUACUACCAAGAAGCAUCAUUACAACGAAGCAAUAAUCUACCAAACUCUGUUUUCUUUAAUUUAAGAGCUAAAUUAAGACCAUGGUAUGAGUAAACACUUAAACCAUUAAGAAGUCUCGAUGACAGUAUCAGUGUUAAUAAAAAGUAAUAAUCCCCGUCUGUACUCUUGAACCCUGUUAAAAGAUCGAAAACUGAAUCAAAGACUUUGUAUUUGGCACAUUGACCACUUUAUUGAAUAAUGUCUGUUCUUGAGCAGGGCCUCAGCAGUGGUUCUGUUUUUUUCAUAGACCAGAUGUUUUGUUUGUUGUCUCAUUGAAAUGCCAGCAGCCUUCCCUGUUGGUUUUACAGAGAACUCUUACUAACGGUGACAAGCCAUUUUUCAAAUGGCCCCUCUAGGGUUUAAAUUGUCUUCACUUAGAAUUCCUCUCAGCCUCUUAAGUGGUUCUGGCUCUCUCAGGUACAGCAGCACAGGUUCACAAACAUAGACACACCAAAGCUCCUCUGUCUCAUAAAUCCACCCAGAUUAGUGUGAUCAAAGAAGAGAGAUUCACAUCAGGUUCAACACACUUCAGUCUUAAAAAAGAGUCACUUUCCAGGUGAGUCCCAUAUGAAAGGAUUUAAGGUGAGAUUUAAACUGAGAAUCUGAGGGAACAACAAGGACUCUGAUACUGUGACAUCAUUAAAGAUACAGACAAUGUCUCUUUAAAAUAUGCCUGAAAGUCAAUCAUUCUCCUGAUUCAGAGGCAGUAUAGAUUACACCAAACCAGCACCUUUACUGUGAUACUGGACUAGAUGUUUCAUCAGUGUGCUGGUUUCAUUUGUUUGACUAAAUUCUAUGUACAUCUGAGAAUAGUAAAAAACACGGAAAAAUCAAGAAGAUGAAUGUACUGAGUUGUUUUUAUCACUUUAAUAAUUGUAUUUAGUCCCUCUGGUAAAUCUGUGAAAUCAUGAGGACUUAGCAACAUCUAAUCUAGGUCCACAGGGCAGUUGGCAGUGGCUAAGUUUUGUUGUUUUGCUUUGUGAAUAAAUCUUAACCAAGCUUGAUAGAAAGAUACCCUGAUGAUUGCUGUUAAUCAUUUAGACCCCCCUGGGCUCCCACUGCCCACCCAUACAUAACUGCAGUACUGUCAGGUCUUGUUUUCCACAUGUUCUCUUUCACUUAAAGGCAACGUGAGGACUGUCCUCUCAAGUCUGAAGGAUAUUGUUAAAGAAGCUGUUGGACAUUUGACCAGGGAAAAGUGUAUUUGAUCUGAUAUUUAUGAUCAUAAGGCGUGUGAAGCCACUGUCCUCCAUUCAGCCAUGCAUUGAAUUUCACAACCAUUGACAUCCAGUAUCCAAAGUGGUGUUCAAAUUCCAGCUUCAGUAUUAAAGGUUGGUCAGGUCCUGAUGUCUGGAAGUGAACCCCGCAAAAGGACUUUGGAUAAUGUUGAUUCCAUCAUGUUGGAUCAGACCACUUUUGACAAACUGUGUAGCAUUAAUUACUGUUAAAGCCCUAAUGUUAUAGCUCAUUUGAAGGGGUUACAACUCUUCACCUCCAGAAAACACCUCAAACAGUAGAACAAUAGAAGAACUGUUUAUUGCUUGAUAAUCAGCUAUCAAGCAGAUAACCGAAUUCUUAGGCAAAGAACAGCUAGGCUACAAUAACAGGACAUUACAGUAUGGUAGAACUACAAAUCUCUGUGGGAAGGGCAGCAGUCCCCACACUAAAAGCCUCUGAGUGCAGCGGCUGGCAUUUAAGUGUCACAAAGACCUGGACCCAGAGGAGAAGAAAGGACCAACAAACAGGGAAACAUACAGCCAGAACACCCCCAAGCCUAACACAAUGAAUAAAUAAUAGGCCAUACAAUUAUACAAUAGACAUCAAUCAUGUUUAACAAUAACUUAAACUCUGUAAAUCACACUGAUUCAUUCAUCAGAUUUAGGCUGGGGCCUCUUCCGUCUGCUCGGGGUCCAGGUCCACGCACACCUGGACCUGGCCCUUUAAAAAAAGAGGAGAGGCUAAAAGAAAAGGAGCUGCUGCCUCUCAGUCAGGGAUCUGGUUGUGUCAUUGCGCUCUUAUGAGUUGAGUCGUUGGCUGAUUCUUGCGUUUACGGUAGUAAAUCCUUUGUGUGUUCAGGUGUUGCAGUGUUAUUAUAUUAGGUCAGAGGGUCACCUGAAGUUGGGGAUUAUCACUAAAUUUGAACAAAUGCUGGAGGAUUUAGAUACUGCUGCUUUAGAUGGCUGCUUACAUCUGAAUGUUUGUACUGAACUGAUGAGCUGCAAAGAAGGAUAAGCUUCGUCUAUUAGAUUGGUAAUGAUUUCAGGUAAAAUAGUCCAUAAGAGUAGUUUCCCCUCAGGAUGUCAUUCUCCACUGACCAAGCAAUCUAAUGUAGCUCCAGGUAAGUAAGUUAGCAUUGGCCAUAGGAUAACAGUCAAUGAUCAUGAAUUUAGACAAUGAUCUGUACAAUUGUGUUUUUUAACCCUAUAACCUCUGGCAGCCUCUCAUAAUCGUGUAUUGUCACUUUGGUUGAAGUCUUCUUGUGUCCCACCUCUCCUGCAGUGCUGGUGCUGAUGUUUGUGAUGUGGAUGAAGAGGAGGGAUAAGGAGCGUCAGGCCAAGCAGCUUCUCAUAGACCCAGAAGAUGAUGUCCGAGACAACAUCCUCAAAUAUGAUGAAGAAGGAGGUGGAGAAGAGGAUCAGGUACACAUGCAUACACACAGUGUGGAGGGUUAUUAAAGGACAAAGACAUACUCAUUAUUACUCAUUCUUCCUUGGUUUGUCUCUCCUUGAUGGGCUAUGUCUAAAAGGACAAGCUGACUGCAGCCUGUUAUUUACGCACACUUAACCUUGACCAUACUGAUGGUUGUGACUCAAGUUUUCCUGCAGCUGAAUUUACAUUUACCUCGAGUAAAUAUAUACACAUGGUUUCUAAAGUUCAUGCUAACAGUCGCCUCCUCCUUCAGCUCAGGAACAAACACACACUCUCACUCCUAUCAACUUAGACAAACAUGUAUUCUUCAAAACAGCCUGAAAUACACAAAAUGUUGCCACACUGACACACCCUGGGCUUCUCUACAGUUUUCAAUCAUCUGUCCUCCAGCUAAGAUUAAGUGUACUACAAAGAGGACCUCGAAACAGGAUUAAUUGCUUUCUGUUGGAGAACAAUUUCCUGUGUCUCCCCACACAGCUCCUCUAUUGGUGCCAAGCACAUAAGCUGCUCGACACUUCUGCCGGGAAAAUGUUUAACCCUCAGUUACCCAGCAGAAUUUUGAAGAACUGCCGGCCAUUGUUGUGGCUUUCACUAUGUAAAUGCAAGUUUGGCUGCAGUCAUACAAAAAUAAAAAUAUGUACAGGAAUGUUCACACAGCCCUGUCCAGAUGGGGAUUCAUCUGCAGUAGUGCAACAACCUGUGAAUGCUCCCUCUCUGCUGUUCUUCCAGCCCAGUCUUUGACUGAGUUUGAGCUGCUCUGGCUGUGCUUCAAACACAAAGAUACAACUUGACCUGGUUUGGGGGUUUUGGGCUCACCAGAAUUGUUUACAUACCAAAGUAAGUCCGUAUUCCCAAGGCUGACCAGACCAGCCUGUGGAUAUGAUUCCUGCUGUGUCUUCAUACUUACUGAAGACUCUCAAUGAUACUUAAAUUACAUUUCAGACCUCUGCCUGUUGAAAGUUGCUGUUCUUCCAUACUAGAUAACCUUGGAUUAAAUCUUAAAUGAUGUAAAUUUCAACAGUGUGAAAAUUUCCUCACUAAGUCAUCAUGAUGCUUAAAAACUUUGAAGCCAGUCAAUCAUGUAGCUUUACUCGAACUCGAAAUUCACACACUAAUGGACUGCCCUGUACUGUAGGUAAACUUGCAUCCAUGGUGUCGGUUAGGCCUUUUCCAUACCCAGAUGAAAACAAUAUAUUGCUGUUUGGUUUUGAAAAAGUUUUUCAUAAAGACUUUCAAGAAAUAUCCACAUUAAUAUGAAACCACUGAAAACCCCUGAAAAUUAUGUAGUGUAUAUGCCAAGCUAGUAAGUGCCGCUGUAACACUGCCCCAGAAAUUUGCCAAAAGACAGGAGGAGAGUAUAGAGCAUCUGCAUAAAAGUUUACAGUAAAACAGUCUGUGAAGACACCAGAAAAGGCUGUUUUUGCUGGUGGUAAAGGAGCAUCAAGUUUUGUUGUAAAUGUCAUAACAAGCUUGGCAGCUUCUGCAGCAUUAACACAACCCUGUAAUCAGCCAUUGUUGUUUUUGACAGACCCGCACAUGCGUCUUAAGAGAGUUAUGCUGUGUGUGACGUAAUCGAUUCAAAAGAGGUGUGGAUGGGCAUUCACACAGAGACAAAACAGUAGUCUCUCUACAGUUCACCAAGGACAUACAGCUUCUCCUCAGGGUAUUCACACUGUGGUAUUCUCUUGGUUGUUGAGUGGACACCCUCUUCCCUCAGUGUUUUGCCAUUGACUCACCUGGAAGCCUAAAUGGGGGGUAUCUCUGACCACUUCUUUCUCCAGCAGCUCUGGAGAGGUCCUUGGUUGUUUGCUGAAGGGCCUUGCCUCACAUCCCCAGCUCCCAGAGAAGCCUCACUGUUGAUGUGGCUACCAAGCCUCUGCAGCUCACUGCACUGGUCAGAUCUUCGUUUUACAGCCUGAUGUAAGCUGAUGUAGUCUUGCUGUACUGCAUCCUCCCAUGGCACUGUGAGCUGGACUAUGCAGUGAGGCUGACCACAGAACACGAUCUGGGUCUAGGCUGGGGCUGUGGCCUCCAACAGGGAGCAGAACCUCUGGUUUAACUCCACCACCACCUUCCAGUCACAUGCCCUUCCGAGCUGUCCAGCAUUGACCUGCAGGGUUUAGCUGACAGACACUGUCAGUGGGCAGUGAGGUGAAGCAGGAGGAAGGGUGUUUCAUCUUCCUGCUACCCAGCGAUGAGCUGAGACUCUGGAGCCCCUGGUUGUGUCAGCAGGUAUACCAAUCUUGAAUGAGGUUGGUCUUACAGCCAACAGCUAAGAUGUGUUUCAGUGUUGCAUGUGUAGGGCAGAGAGAGUGUGUGGGGUCUCAUCUAUACCACUGGCAGAUGUUUUAGGAGGUAGAACAUCUUGAUGGUGACACCUUGUUUUGAGAUCUUUUCCCUGUCUACUCCCUGCCAACUCAUUCACUGCUCUUGCCCUACCUGUACCAGGGCUUUUGCACACCUGGUUACCCCCCUCUGCUGGUGUAUUUCUAAAUGGAGACCAGCCAUUGUUUGUGAGGACUGGGUCUUGUGCUUUUGUUGGCAUUAUCAGGUUAUGCUGUAGUUAAGUGUAGAGUUCAGUUAACAGCAGUCAUGCAGGAUCAUGUCAUGUCACACUCUCAUACACACACUGCACAAAAACAUACAUGCUUGCAACACCUCAAGUCACUGCUGAUUAGGGAUGGGCAAUAAAUUAUCAUUCAUGAUUUAUCGUCAGAAAAAUUCCCCACAAUAAAUAUUUGCCAUCUCACGAUAAAUGCGAUAAAUGCAGGUUGAUGAUAUAAGCGCGACAAAUGGACUCACAGCCAUAGCCUACACAGAGCAGAAUAGCAAACAAACAUGGCCAGAGGUAAAGAAGAGGACGUUUCUGAGCGGCUCGUUACUGAACGAGGCUCCACAUGAGGGAUUUCCUUCAAGAUUAGGGUUUGGAUGAGUACAAUCAGGUAUGCCUGACAUCAGACAGUGGAUCUGCUGCUGCUGUUCACUCUGUGCAAUAAGAGUUUUCAACAAAUGUUGAAAAUAUUUUCACAUUUCUGAGUUGUUUAAUGUCACUACUUUUCUCCAUAACCAUAAAUUUGUAGUUAAGUAUCUCAUUAGACUAUGCCAACCGGUAAGUGCAAUCCAAGAACAAUGAUUUUGGGGUUCUCAAGACAGAAUGAGUCGAAAACAGAUUGGAAUUAUAAUAUUUUUUUAUCGGGACUUUAAUCGUUAUUGGCAGAAUGGCAAAACUUAUCGUGAUACAUUUUUUAGCCCAUAUCGCCCAUUCCUACUGCUGAUGUUUAGCAAACUGAAGUCAGUGUUUUAUACCCUGGGCGGGGUUGUAGUCUAGUCACUAGACCUCUAGCCAGAGUCAGGUCUGUCAACCCCAGUGUUCAAGUUGGACUUACCAAAUAUAAGUCCAUUUCUGAUACAGACACACACCAAAGUCCUGAUAUUCACAUAUAGAGCUGUGCAAACAAGUUGACCCAUGACAGCAUGUUCUGGUGGUGAGAAAUUAUGUUGAAUAUAAACGUCAGUGUGGAAAUGAGAGUACACAUGAUCAAGUCUUUAAAAAAAAAGUGAGGAGAUCCUCUCCAGGAGGACAUGUGUUUUUUUUAUGCUUGUUAGUGUAGAAAUACAAGAAGUACUGCGUGUUUCCUUUCUCCCUGCUCAGCAGCUCUUUUGCUGGUCAGUCAUUAUCUUGAACAAAGCCCAAGGUCAGUCCUCAGCAUGCUGUUAUUGUCCUGAAAAGGCUGCUUUAGUCGAUUUCCCUGGAGACCAGAAAGCAAGGAAUGGUUUGUGGAUGGGUGCUGCAGUGACUCAGACAAUACCAUUCAACAUGAACAGACUGGAAGCCGUGACACACACUUCCCCUCUGCAUGCUGACAGAGCUCAGGUGCUAGAGGAGGUGACAGAGACGUGGUUUUUCUAAGUGGGUACUAAUUGGGUGACAUCAUAGACUGUAUAUAAGAAUGGACAGAGUCUGCCUCCUCGCUGGGUGAAGCCACUCUGAGAACAGCACCCUCUGUUGAUGGGCUGCAGUACAGGUCAUAAAUCCCGCCUCCGCCAGCAAAGCUUAUGGGACUGUGGACAAACUUUAGAAAUUUAUUACACAGAACGUAAUUUUUUCUCCCCCCUGCUUGUGAUGUUGACAUAUAGUUACAGUAAGACUGGUUUGUGCCCAAGUCCUUUUUUUCUGUACAGCUCAGUUUUUAGAAGUUAUUAGGGGGUUCAUGUUUUCUAUGAUUGACACCUGGUACAGCCUAUGGGCAUUCAGGGAUUGCGUAGCUCCUCCGGGGGAAUACGCUGUUUGAGCCGAGCGUCAUCACAGGGACUCUCGGCGACUGCACGGCCGAAUGCGCACAACGCUACUGCACAGCUCUGGUUUCAAGGAAGUGGAGAAAAACCCGGAAUUACCAAGAGCUUUUUGGCUUCAAAUCCGUAUACAGGCGGAAGGCGGAACCACGGUGUCCAUCUUAUAUACAGUCUAUGGAUGACAUUAGGACAUGAUGUUAGAGAAAUGGUAGAUGUUGAAUCAGAGGCGCCACUGAAAUCCUCACAGCAUCAACUGUGAACAGCUGGAGCAUAAAAGGAGCUGAGGCUUUUCACUGUUUAAGGAGGAAGGUUCUGGUCCUAGCAGGGCUGUUACUAUCAUGAGUCAGAUAUUGAGGAGCACCUCUGCUCAUUUAGUAUUUAUCCUCAGGGGCAUGUCAUGAACCAAGGCUUUAGAGAAAACAUGAUUCAUUUAAGGGUUUGUGUGUGAAGAUUCUUGUUUCCCAUUUCGCUUGAAUCCCAAAGACUCUCUGUCCAAAACUUUUGAGUGCUUUGAGGUUGAAUCAAUCUGGUGUUCUGUUAGUUAGGGGGAGUUCAAAGUUUUAUUUGGACAUUCUUGACUUCUUCAGGGGAAAAGAGUUCACCAAAGAAUCAAAGCAGAUCUGUUUACAGUUUCUGAUGAGGGUUCGGAUUUCUUUACAGUAUUUCAGGACUGCUUUCAUAUCAGCCUCAGAAAUAUUCAUCUGUAAUUUUUCUUCAGGAGAAAAGAAUUGAUCAGUUACUCUUCCAUGGCCAUUAAACUCUAUUAUAUACAACACAUCUGACCUGUUAUCCUGAUUAAAAACUCGUGUUUUUAAUGUUCAGCCGUUCAUGUUUUAACGGGGGGAAAAAAACUAAACACCUUAUGAAGAUAUUUUAAACAUUAAUAUCCUGAAAAUAAAAUAAGUUUUAUUGUGUUUUUUUGUUAAAGUUAUUAAGCAUCUGUAAAAGAUUUAAACAUGUUUUAAAGGGGACCUGCCAUCAAAAAUGUAAUUUUGUGUGUUUUUUGUGUCAGAUAAGGUCCAUAUUAUGUUCGUCUUAUGUUGUAAAUGUGAAAACAAAUCGUUACGUUGUUUGCAUUCUGUAAAGGUUUAAAAAAAAAAUGGGGUAAACCAGGCCAAUUUAAAAAGCAGGUCCUUCUGAUGUCACGCUGACCUUGCUCAUUAUUAUUCAGGAGCGCGUCCUCUGUGAGCCGCGCCCACUCUCUCGUUCUCGUACACAGUCACAGUCAUCAUCACUCUCCAGCCAGAGCGAGACCCAGCUACCACUGUAUCGGCAAUGGGUCUCUUCCAAACGACCGGUGUUUCCUUGGGUUCACUGCCGGGAAAAUGAACUUAAAGCUGGGCAGAAUGAAUGAGAAAACACAGCUGGAGCUCUUCAACUUCCACCUCCUCUUCGGACUCGGGGUCUAAAAUAUAUGGUUUAAUACCUGCCAUUUUUAGCCUUUAGCAUAAGGUGACCAGACGUCCCCGAUUUCCGGGGACAGUCCCCGAAAUGGAUGACCUGUCCUCGGGAAAAGCUGUCCCCGAAAAUGUCCCUGAUUUAAGCGUUUCUGAAUGAGAGCAAAAAUGUUGCAUGUGGGCUCGAACAACGGUUAUUACAAUAGCCGAAUAGGUAGGAAGCACAAGUAAGCAGUCCUGAACAACAGUUCUUACGGGGGUUAUUACAAGGGGCAUGCGCUGCUACUAAAUAGUACCGAGAUUUUGUCUGUGAUCACGCAGCCCCUGCAUCCUCCCCGCCGCCGCCACACGGAAUAUCCCCGGAUAUCAUUACAGACAUCUGGGCACCUUACUUUAGCACACAUUAGAAAAAUGGAUAAACCGAAAUCCGAACCUCCACUGCUGAGCCAAUCAGAGCACAGCAGGCUUCACAGCAGUGAUCCAAUCAGAGCAAAGCUCAUUAGCAUAAAUGUUAAUGAGCCAAAAUCAGUUGGUUUUCCUGUAAGGUUUUUUAGGCAUACUAAAACAAACCAUCAAAUAACUUUUCAGCUAAAAUUAUGUUGCAAACAUGAUAAGAGGACAUCAAGGAUUAUAAAAAAAUGAUAAAAAUUGUUGUUGAAAAGUAUGGAAAGUGUCACUGGCUGCUAGGGGAGAUUGAAGAGGAGCUAUUAUACAUUUAAUUCGGACUCUAUACUUCCCCUCCAAUUAUGGCGUUUGUCUGUAACGCUUCAUUUUAUUGGCUGUCUCUUCAAGCCCGUCCCCCUCCAUGAGCCUUUCUUCUGAUUGGCCACCUCCCUGAGGCCGAUCAAAGAAUAGAGCUUUAUGUCCGUCCCGCCCCGUGUGUUGUGGUUGUUAGAGCAAUAUUACCUCGCUACACUGUGGGUGUCACCUCAUGUUGUUGGCCAUUCAGAUGAACCAGUAAAGAGAGACUAUUAUGAUGACCUCAUUAGUGUAGUGAGUCUCAUAGAGGAUCAGUGAGAUCUUGUGAUCUCCCAAUGAGUCCGUCUAAGCAAUUUUUUCUAAGAUUACGACAACAUAUAUUUACCUCAGGAUUUGAAAAUCUGCAUAAUUUAGUAUGGAAACCAAACUUUGUAACUUAACAGUUUCUGUUAUAAAUGAGACCCUAAUCUUCCCCCUCUAAGAAGCCAUACCAGUACAUGAAUGCUGAGAUAUAUAUAUCCAUAAAAAAUAGUAGUAAUUAUUCCAUGAAAAGUUUUAAACCUGAAAUGUUUUCUUUUAUUGGUGCCUGUGUGAAAAAUCUGCCUGUAUCUGUGUCUUAGAUAGUUCUGUUAGUUUAUGACUGAAGUCUGCACAAGUUCUGUUUCUGUUAGACCUGCAACAUUACAGCUCUGUUUUCACUAAUGUUAUUUCAUGCAAGUUUUUUUUUUUUGGUGUCAGUCUUACCUGAGAGUAUCUGCAACAGCCCACAGUGAAAGUCCUUGUACAAAAUGCAAUAAGCUAUUUAUAUUUAUUUAUCCAUUAGCAGCAUUCACAUUCCUUUACUCUAAUACUGCUUUUCAGGGCAGUGAUGAAGGAAGGAUAUUGAGCUGUCUGAACUCCAUGUGUAUUAAGGACAGCACAGGCUUAAAAGAUAGAACUCACUUUACUUGACUCCCUUAAAUACCAGCAUGUUGAUGUGUGGUUUGAUGUGUGCCUAGGACUACGAUCUGAGUCAGCUGCAGCAGCCUGAUGCCCUGGAGCCAGAGUGUAUCAAGGUGGGGAUCAGACGAUUGGAUGAGAGACCCCUCCAUCAUGACCACCAGUACCCCCUCCGCUCUGCUGCCCCCCACCCAGGAGACAUCGGAGACUUCAUCCAUGAGGUACUACAACACAUAAUCUGUUGGAGUAGACAGAUACAGCUGGGAUCAGUAAAUCUCAUGGACUAAACCUUAAUGGUAAUAUCCUCAUGUAAAGUGUCAGGACUCUUGUCAGACUGGACCAGCAAGUGUGACCACAGUAGAGGGAGGGGGGUCUCACCCUCCCAAACUGACAUCCAAUCUGUUUGCCAAGAUUAUAUUCUGGUGUUGGGAACAUGCACUUGUCAGCACACAGGAAGUGAUGAAUCACAACUUGAGUGAAAUACAAACUGUCUGUUUGACAGCAGUAAGCAAACACUGUGUCCAGAAAGAGCUGGAUUUGCCAGCCUUAGAUCUUAUGCUUCUCUCAUCCCUGUUUUAUCCUUUCGUAUAAACCAUCAAAGGCUGGCCAGGAUGUGUGCCGUUUACCUCAUCACCUUACAGGAUUUAGGAAACUGAAGAUGAAACACAUUUUUUCAAACAGCUCUGAUUAGUUGCUAUUCUGAGCCGCUGCAGUAGACACUUCUCCACUGCAACAUUUGAAGACUUUGAUUACUUCUCAUUAAAACAGAAGGUGAUGUCUGUGUCACAGGAAUCACAAUAGUGAUAUGUUUCAGUGAUGGAUCAGAGACAUUUGAUCAUGUUUGGUGGGAAUCUGCACACUAACAGCAUUAAUAUCUGAAGUAAGCAGCCAAAGAAACAGUGUCUCUGUAUUUCAUCAUUAGACUUGCUAAUGGUCUGGAUUAGCUAGCCUCAGACAUAGCCUCAGCCUGGCUACCUAAUUGGAGGUAAACCCGUUGAGUUUAGUUAAUCCCGCAGUGUAUGCAGUAGUCCUGAGCGCCCUGAGGCACAGUCUGGAAGAUUACUACUGACUAACACAAGAUGAAUCAUUUGAUAUUAAACCAUUGAGUGCCUUUACUCACAUCAGACUUCCUGACAUACAGCAGAUACCGGUGAGCAUGUUCAGUUUAUAGCUGACAUUGUCUGGGUGUUUUUCUUGCUGGAGAGAUGAAGGGUGUGUAGAACCAGGUGACUGAGACAGAAAACAGUUUACAGAAAGAUGCUGUAGAGCUUCACUGAGCAGCAGAACAGAGCUAUUUCUCACCAUUGUCAUCAGUGAUACUUCCAGUUACUCUGUACAUCCUAGGUAUUGGAAUAAGGAUUUCAACAGAACAAGUACAAAGACUGUGAGAAUUAAGUAUGCUUUUUAAAAUGUAUUAAUAAUUAGUAUUAGUAUGAUAACUCUGCCACUGGCUUCUAUUUUCACAGUUUUAACAAGUAAAGAAAAAUGUCCGUCAUCACAUCCUUAAAGAAGCAGUAAAACAGCUCUGGUACUAAGACUCUGCUUCAACAUUUCCUCCUGAAAGAAAAGUUUAAAGUCCCACUCCGGUCGUCUUUUUUUUUUUCUUUUUCUUCUAAAAAUGUUUUCAGUGAUCUUUAAGUUGUGAUUAUUAAGUUUUUAGACAAAAUCAACUUAUCUGUGUCAUUUUCAAGGGCUUUUCUUCUGCAGAGCUCCAGUAGCUCAUUAGGAAUUCAUCUUUUAGUCAUGGGUGGAGACAGAGCUGCUCUGCACACUCCUCUUCAUGCUAGCUUGUAGUCUAACAUUGCCGGUGUUGUAGAAGUAGCAGGUAACAUAGGAGCUAUUCAGCUCUGGGCUGAGCUUGGAUUUGUGAUGUACGAAAUCUCACUCUGCUUGAGCUCGCCGUUUGGGUCUGCUAGAGAUUCACAGCGAUUUGAAUCAGAAAAAAUGCCAUAUGAACAUGUAGACAACAAGAAAACAUGAUUUUCAAUGGAGUGAAUCUUUAAAGGAGUCCUGGAUUCACUGGGAGCAUUUUAAUCUGAAGCAGACAAAAUCUGAUGCUGUCUUAAAAUGCAGCUUUUGACCAAUCCCUUUCUUUUUCUUCUUUCUUUAAAAUAUUAUGUAAAUUGUACUUUUUUACAUUAUUAUCUGUUAGAUAAGAAUAAGGAGAACUUCAUUUAUUCCGGAAGGGAAAUUCAAACUGCAGCUUCACAGCUUUUUCUUUUUCCCAUAGUUUCAGUGUUUACUGUAUCAAAGCUCUUCUUUGUUAUAGUAACAUGUGGGAGUAAAACUCUUUCAGAUUUUGUUUUAAAAAGUCUAAAAGACAAAAAAAGUUGUGUACUGCUUUGAGUAAAUUAACCUUCAGGUCUGGUUUGUGAGAUUUGGGGCAGCACCACUCCUUCAGAUGGGUCAAAAGGCCGCCAACAAAGCUUCUGCCAGGCUCCAGUCUUCUGCUCUCUGACCUCCUCUGAAGAUUUCUUCUUUAUCUUUGCGAUGGAGAGAAUUGAACUAACUUUUAUACCAGUAGACAGUCUGUCCUCAAAGGACUAAAUGAGGAUGUGUUUAAUCUUAGAAAUGAAAGGUAACAGAAGUGGUUGUGCAGAAAUUGAAAACAAAAAUCAAAGCCUGCCUACGUGCAGCCCUCAACACAGUUGGCCAGUUACAGUGUGGUGUGGAUGAAACUGCCAGAGUGUGUUUGGAGAAUUUAAUUCUCCAAUAAAGUCUACAGAGACUGGACUCAAUAUUUCACUGUUAGAAAGUCCGGUGAUAGCUCCACACACAGGCUGGGCCCCAGAGGAAAUUGAAUUGAACUCAGAGCCUGUGUGUCAGCAGUUCAAAUCAGUGCUCUGCAUUUGAAAGCUUGGUAAAAGCACUCUUUCAAAAGGAUUAACAACACAACUCUCAGACUUAAUCAGAUAGACCACACUCUAACAGGUCUGCAGAAUGUGUGGCAGCCAGGCAGCCAAGCAUCUCAGCUGUGAAGACUCAUCAUUGUUAAGCAGUUGAUACAUGUCACUGUGUGUAAACUACUUCCAUAUUGUCGUUAUUGUUUUGUGUGUGUGUGUGUGUGUGUGUGUGUGUGUGUGUGUGUGUGUGUGUGUGUGUGUGUGUGUGUGUGUGUGUGUGUGUGUGUGUGUGUGUGUGUGUUUGGUAGGGCUGAAUAAAGACAUCUGCCAUGCGGAGCUAUGAAUAAUGAGAGGGAGCUGUCAGACAUGGUGAGCUGAUCUAGACAGCUUAAUCCAAAGGACAUGACAAGCUGAUGCUUCUGGUCCUGCCUCUCCCUCGCUGUGUUAAUUCUCUCCUCCCAUCCAGUUCUAAAGAGACAGGAGUGUCUUGAGUCAGACAACAGACGUGGUCCAAAUUUUAUUUCCACAGCUUAUCAGAUUUACAGCUUUCAUUUCCAGCAUUCUGGAUAGCUGUAAAGAGGCAAAGACAAGUUUCUGUUCAGCCUGUUAGUUUAGGUAAAUGUUUUCGAUGUUAAUUUUAGAACGUAUUUAUUUCAUUUACGAUACUAUUUUUGCUCAGAAGUUCUUUGUAGAAGCUCAUAAAAACUGUGUGGGCACAAAGGGGAGGUGCUUUUAAGUUCAGGCUCUGCUGGGUAAUCUGCUGAAUCUCUUCCUGGAGAUGGAGGCAGCAUCUGUCCAGUCUGACCCAAAUCCUUCUGUGGUCUACUCUCUGCUGUAAUCCCUCCUUCCCCCCUUUCCUCAUUCCCCCCAGCACUCCCUGCUGUCCAUCUCAGCCCUGACACAGACACACAAACACAUACAUACACACAUACACACACAUACACAAACACAGCCUUUCUCCUGAACACUCUCUCCCUCCUGUUGCCUCUCUGAUUUGGUUCAUAUCUCACAUUCUUAUACAUCCUGCAGGGGAUGAGAGGGGGUAACGUGGGUUUUACCCUGCUCUACCGUGGUAUGAAAGCAUGAGCACAGGUUUGGAUAAGACCCUUAGGUUUUCUUUACAGUUACUAAAGAAAUAUUAUAGGAUUACUGUAAUCCUGCACUGGACAUCGUCAGAGUACUGAAGCUCUCUUAGCCGUAAAUUCAGCUUUCCUCUGACUCUGACUGUUGCCUGUCUUGUAGGUAAAACCUGAUACAGUUAAUUUUUAAUACUUAACUUAAAAAGUAAAAGCUCUGCAGAGCAAAUACUCCACGCAGAGCUCUCUUUGGCAGCAGCGAUAAAUACAAACUUCAGGGUUUGACCGGUGACAUGAGUCUGGUCUGAAUACCUCUCAUCAAACUCUGGUUUUGUGUGCUAAGGCUGUGUCAGUGGUUCUCAUCCCCCCUUGUCUCAGCAGCCACUGAAAAGGUUCCAUUAAGACACUAAAAGUACCCCUGGAUGAAGGAUCACAGCUGAUCUGCGAUCUCUGAUAAGCAGUAUGAAUUUUUUAACCUUGGUACACAGUUAAUUUACAGUCACUGAAUUACUGUGUAGCAUCCUCAAAGUAAAAGCAGUAUCCAGAAUGAGAAAAUGGACACAUGGGACCCAAAACAAAUCCCUGCUGCUUCAGUAUGCAGCCAGUGCUAACAAUCAUGGAAUUCAUGAUGAGGAAAAGAUGUUUUUUUUUCCAAAAUGAAGACAAAGAAAUGCCAGUCUAACACAAGGGCACAUUUCUCAGCUGUAAGUGACAGAGAUGGCAGUGUUGGGCAAGCUACUUAGAAAAUGUAGUGAGCUAAGCUACAAGUUAUUUUACAUUAAAUGAAGCUUCGCUACACUGAAGCUACCGACCAUAGAAAUGUAGCAAGCUAAGCUACCAUAAAAUGACCAAAGUAGCUAAACUACAUUAAAGCUUCUUUUUUUUUUUAACAUCAAACUUACUUCAUUCCAAGUCAGUGCUACCUAGUGAUCAAUGAAACUGCGAGACAAACAGAUCAGAUCCGUUCAAUUAUUUAUUAAACUCUUCUUCUUCACACACACACACAACUGUUGAUAUUUGCUGGCUGAGUUGUGAUGACUAGUUUAGCUGGUCAUUGUGUUAACACAAUCACCAGGAAUUACCUUCAGUGUGUCCUUAAAUUUGUGUUGGACGUGAUAUGGCCAUGGGGAUUCACAAGGUGAAAACGGCUCCCCCUCCAUUGUCUCCAGCUCCAUCCCGGCUGCAUCAGACAAUUCUCGUGGGCAUCUUUUUAUACAUAUUCAGGCAUCAGCAGGAUAGGCACAUGACAUUACUAGGAAGAGAUGCGUUUAAGGUCUAGGAAUGCCAGAGAAAAUGAAGCUUUUGUGGAAGCUACCUUGGCACUUGACCACGAAUGCAGCUUCACUACUGAAAAGCUAUUUGAUGUAGAAAACAGUAGUUAAACUAAAAAUGUAGUUAAACUAGUAACGCCACUACUUGUAAUGACUGCCCAAAACUGAGAAAUGGAAAAGGUGGAGACUUACACAAGUACAAACUGGUCACUCUGGACUGAGGCUGCACACUCGCUCCAUUUAAGCUCGCGUUGUAAAUUUCCAACAAGACACUACAGAGAAAACAGUUUGGAGACCUGAGUUUUUUGUCAUUAGUAGAUGUAUGUAUGAUGUAUAAAUGUAAGUUGGUGCCUGGAUGCAGGGAGGAUCCAUCAUAUAUGUUGCAGGUGUAAGCAGGAGUGGAUUCAUGAUGGGUCAUGAUAGUAAUGUUGAAUAGUUGUUCUAGGUAUAUGUUAUAUUUAUAAUUCAUGUUCUCUCCUGCUCAUGUUUGUAGAUUAGUCAUAUUGUUUUACCUUUUUUGUGCAGCCAGGCAACAUCAUGUCUGUUUUUCCAAACUGUUGUGUGUCUUUCUCUAACCUCUGUCCUUUCUGUUUUCUUCUUUCAAGGGCCUGAAGGCAGCAGACAACGACCCCACCGCCCCACCAUACGACUCUCUGCUGGUCUUUGACUAUGAGGGCAGUGGCUCAGACGCUGGCUCCCUCAGCUCCCUGCACUCCUCCUCAAGCUGUGGAGACCAGGACUACGACUACCUCGGCGACUGGGGGCCACGCUUUCGCAAGCUGGCGGACCUCUAUGGCGGAGGGGACGAUUAGAACCCUGACAACAGCAACCACACCCUCCCCACCCACCCUUGCUCCAAGGCUCAGGUGGUGGCUGAGGUUAAUGAAGAAGAUAUGGGAUGAACAUGGGGUAUUGAUCGGCACUUCUGUAUUACCAGGUGACAGCUUGUAAAGAGACUCGCUGCCCCUUUAUGACAGUUAAUGAUACUUGGGACCAUUCUGACUCCUGGCCUAGCAAGGUCUGACGCCCACUAGCAUUAAAGCUAAUGGAUGUUAUCAUUGGAGCAUUAGCCCCUGCGCUAACAAAUGUGAGCAGCUGAAACGGUGCGAUCAGAGGGAAAGAGCUACAACAGCCAUGCUACAGACGCUCAUUUACACUUGAAUCUCACAGUACAGGAGCACUGGGGUCAAAUGUGCCUUUUUGUACAUUCUUUUGAUUGUGUUCAGUCUUGAUUCUGUGCGUUGCUUUAAAGCUCCCACUGUUUUACAACAGCGACUGGAGGAGCACUUUGCCAUGAUGGUGUGUGUGUGUGUGCGUGCGUGCGUGUGUGUGUGUGUGCGUAUGUGUGUGUGUAUGGAUUCCAUCUCAUAACUGCGAGGAUGUAAGUAAAAGUGUGUAUGAGUCAUUUCCACAGAGACACACUGGAUGGACACUAAAGGGCAAAGCCUACUAUGAGAUGCUUUGGCUAAUUCAAACAGCAGAAACACGGCUUUACUGUGCAGCUCAUCUAACAGUCAGAACCUGAUAACAGCGGUCCUGAUCUCCGAGCUGGUUUUAACAAUCAAAGAGGAAACCUGUCAUAUGUAUUAGGCAAUGACCACCUGCAGACAUCUUUGUGAUAUCGUAUCCACUGCUUUAACAUGUCCAUGUGCAGAAACCACAGUCUGAUUUUCCUGCAUUGCUCAAGUAUUAUUGAGACCGAGAGGUUUUCAUUUCCUCUCUGCUCUCCCACACUGACUUACCUCUUUAAACUCAAGAUCAUUCAGCACUGUAUCACCUCAAACUUUGGAUUGCAAUGUCUCAAGGAAUGUCUGCUUUGAGCACUCCUAGAUAGUUGAACACAUUUAGUGCCACAAGAAAUAUGAAUGACUUUGUUUUUAGAUCUUGGGUUUGCUGUUGUUUUCAUUUUUGUUUUGUUUUUGUGUUGUUGUUUUUUUACUUUUAGUGCUCUUUAAAUGUUAUGAUUAUGUCCUUGCAGCCCCGCCUCACUAAUAGAAACCUAAAAUGGGAAGUAUUUUAGUCUAUUUGCUGAAUGACAUAAACAGUUGCCAAAGGGGGGAAAUACUGUGAUAAAAUAAUUUCUGUGCAGAUGGAAGAAAAUAUAGUCCAAAAGAGCAACAAAAAUCAAGGUUUUAAGAUUUGAAGUCAAAAUCUAAAAUCAUUCAAAGUAGUUUUGAUAGCAGAGAAAGAUCCCUAAAAAUUCACAUCAUGGAGAAAUUCAAAGAAAAACUUUCUAAGGUAGGGAAACACUGAAUUUUUAUUUUUUCAUCUGUGUCUCUGAUGAUACACAAAAUCUCUAACAAGAGCAGGAGUGUGCUGUGAAACCCCCCACUAUGUAUUCUGGUUCCCCUCAACUCUGUAUUCUGCCCCUGCUACCCCUGGUAGGCUCAUCCUGAUAAAAAGACGACUCGUUUUUCAUAGCUCGUUUUUACUGCUAACAAUAUCAAAGCUAGUCAUUGGCAGAGCUCGCCCUGCAGUCUGCCUCUUUUUCUCACAAAAGUUGAAGUCGUAAUGUAUCAGCAAAUGCCAAUCUGUGGUUCACGUCCUCAGUUAUUUGAAUUUCAACAUGCUGUUUGUUUUGGUUUGGGCUUUUAAGAUCAACAGAAACUUUACUCUUACAGUUAACAUGCUGCACCAGCUCCCCAGUUAAAUCUUUGUUGGAUCCACCCCAGAUUUAUUCCUGCAGGUAAAACAUUUCCAGAUUUCCUCACAGUAACAGGAACUUGAUAGAAGUUGGUAGCUUGGCAACCAUAAGCCUACCAACGGAACAUGGUGCUUCAAUUCAGUCAACUCAUUCUGCUGAAGGUGGUAGCCGCUGCAUGAAGAGCAUACACAUCUUUCUCUCUUGUAUGGAAGAAAUUAUCAGGACAAAAGUGGUCAUAAUUAUAACACUAAAACACUAUUAUCAGUUCCUUGUACCUCAUGAUUAUUAUAAGAGGCAAACUGCCUUAAAGAUUACAGGAUCCUCUAUUUUUUAAACUGGAGUCAGGCCUCUUGUGUGGUUGUGGGAAUUAGUCAAAGCAUUGUGGUCAAACUUGGAGCUGUACAGUAGAGCUACAUAUUUCUGCCAGUUUGGGGUCCCAGAGCUUGUGAGAAGACAUGUACAGUAAUGCUAGACUUUAGAUAGAUCCCCUCUGUUUUGUUUUGCUUUUAUCACAAUGUAACUUAUGCAGCUGAUUGCCAAUAAAGGGAGACAUCAGUCCUUGUUUUGUAGCAAAGAAACUUCUUGAUACUCUGCUGUGGUGGUGGUAACAAAAAAAGGCAAUGUUUCCUCUGUCUGCUGAUGGUUUGCCUUAGUGUUCUCUGGUACUGUCCAACUGGCUACUCACUGUAAACUGAAAUCUGUACAGAUUGUAUUUUUUCUCUCGUUGUUCUUUUGGCCGUGGUCUCUGACAAUGACAUGCUAAUAUCCUGAAUCCUUGUAUAUGUGUAAUUUGGAUUACAAAUUAAAACAUUUUUGCAUGUUUUUAUCUUUUCA